GCGUCCUGGUGGCGGAGCUGCAGCCGAUUUCAAAAGCUGCGCGCUGGCCGCGGAGGAGGCGGGGAAGGCGGGCGGACGGGCAGCAGCAGCAGCAGCAGCAGCAGCAGCAGCAGCAGGGCUCCCCUCGGCGCUCCUUUCUGCAUGGGCUGCCCUGCGCCCGCGGUGGGCGGUGCAGGCGGGGGAUGCCAAUCCCCAUGACCAUCUCCCCGAACAUGUGGCGGAGGAGACGGGAUCUCCCGCUGCACGUGUCUGCUGCUGCUGCUGGAGGCGGCAGCGGCGGUGGCCGCGACAGGUAAACCCACCACACCCCCACCCACCCCACACUCCUGGCCGCCCCCUUCCCAGAUGUACCGAGGCGAGAGGAAGAAUCCAUGGAUUGCCUCCUGCUUUUCCUGUGGACUUUACCCGUGGCGAUCGGCGACGCCACCCCGAUGCACUCGUUCACCAUCCUCUGGCUCGGCAGCAUUGCAAAGGUAAGUGGUGGUGGGAGCCAGCGGGGCCAGAUCCGAUUGAGGUUUCCCCACGUAUCCCUGAGAUACCCCUCUUCUUUCUCUUCUUUUUUGCAGAGUCUGCAGCUGUGCUGCCUCUGUUGCGUGUCCUUGGCGGCCGCGUUAACUGGUGACAGCGGCGGCAUCGGCGGGUUUAACCACGGUUCGUAUCCUUUUCGAUUACAAUGCGAAUGAAUGAGCCUCUUUCUCGCCUGUGCGGGAGCCCAUGGGAGCAGGAGGCGGGAAACUGUUAAUAUUCUUUGGUUGGGAGUAGUUUCACCGGAGGCCACUGUGCAAACCAUAGUUCAGCAGGGAAGGACUAUAGCUUAGGGGCAGAGCACCUGCUUGGCAGGCAGAAGGUCCCAGGUUCAAUCCCUGGCAUCUCCCGGUAGCGUUAGGAAUGGCCCCUUCUGAAGUCUUGCAGAGCUGCUGCCUGCCAGUGUGAAUGCUCUUGAGCUAGAUGUACCAAUGCUUUGAUUCGGUCAAAAGUAGCCAUGACUCGACCAUUGUGGUGGAUUGAGCGCUGGAAGUUGGACUUAAGAGACCAGGUGUGUUCAAAUCCAGAUUUGGUUAUGGAGUCCAAUUGAGGGUGUGAUGCUAUACAUACCUUCCUGAGAGUAAACUGUACGCAAAUCAGUGGGAUUUAAUUCUGACUAGAGAGGUGUAUAGGACUGCACUGUGCGGGGAGGAUUGGGCAGGUGACUGCCUCAGUGUGGCUCAUCUGUAAAAUGGGACCGUUUGAGGGUUGUGACAAGUGAGCAAUGCAAUAAUUGCAAUGAACUAUUUCUUUGCUGAGACAGAAAUGAAUAAGAGGCUAAACAUUGUGAUGGCCAGUUGUGUUAGUGGUUUGGUAAGAGUUGAACAAUUUUGGGGAGAACGGCUUUGUUAAUGGCUAUUGCCCUUGAUGUUUAAAUAAUAGAAUCAUAGAAUUAUAGAGUUGGAAGUGACUGAAAGGGUCAUCUAGUCCAACAGAAAGUUAAAACGGCUAUAGAAUCAAUAGACUAUAGGAAUAGUCUGGAGAAAUUGGUAGAAGGAUUACAGAACAGGUACCCUGAUAGCUCAGACCCAAUUUAGCUGUAAUAAAAGUUCCAUUUGUUUCAAGAAGGGCUUGCUUCUGUGUAAAUGAAAUAGAGGUGGAGAUCAUUCCUGAUGACUGGUGAACAAAAACUGGUGAAUAUCAGUCUCUUUGCACAGCUCUUUCAGCAAUAUGGAAAGAAACCAGCCUGAAGUGCAAAAAGAAAGGAAGACAAUAAAGAAUACUGUAUGUGCUUAAGGAUUUGUAAGAAAUAGAUCAAGUCUCUCUCUCUCUUUGAAACAUCUCAGUAGAAAGAAUCUUUACACUUUCAAAGCACUUCCAGCCUUCUGCCCAAAAUGAAAGAAAGAAUGAAAUGCUAAUGUAAUGUAGCAGUGUAUUAAAACGUGUGUGAACAGGCAGGCAAUGAUUCCUAGAUUUCAAAGGGAACAGGUGAUUGCAGGCAAUCAUGGACUGAAGACGAAGCUCCCAUUUUUAAAAAAAGAUAAGUUAAUGUUACAAACAAUUGCAUGGCAUGCUUUAGCACUCCGGCUCAUAUUGCAGAAGAAUACAAAAAAACCCUACUCAUGUUCUGUAUGGAUAUCAAUAUACAAAUAGAUUCAGCAGGAUGUCCAGCUGUGAAUGUUCUGUAGCUCAGGAAGAUCGAAGCGUGAUGCUCUUGCUAGCUGGGAGUGUUAACAAGUACAGUGCGCACAGGACUGGGAAAGGCAAAUCCUGGUGUGCCUUGUGUCUGUUCGCUGGGGAAUUCCUCCCUCUCGCAGCUGCUUGCAUUUUUGGCUACCAGCCUGUUUAGCAUCCUGAACUUCUGCCACUGAUUAACACCACUGGAAAGUGAAAGGCUUGUGAUAUAUCAUUUCCACUGUCUAACACAAAGGCAACCUAUUGCUGCUUACAUUUAAUGGAGGCAUAGAGCUGUAGAGUUGGAAGAGACCCCAAGAGUCAUCUAGUCUAACCCCCUGUAAUGCAGGAUGGGCUAGUUAGCAAUUCUGCACCGCUUUAACUCUAUCUCUAGCAUUUGUCCUGCCAUACAAAUUUGGCAGAGAAAGGUGCUCUGCCAGUUGCUUUCCUUGUUCAGAUUAUCAUUAAGGAAAAAAGAAAAGCAAUGGAUUGUAUCCAACUCAAUUUUAUUCAAAGUAGAUCCAUUGACAUUAAUCAAUCUUCACUAAUUUUAACAGGCCUAGCUUUGGAUAUAGUCCAUUAUGAUGAUGGCAUGUGGAAACAGAUGUUGCUGAAGAUCUAGAACUCCUAGGAAAUCUGGGAUUUUUAAAGAAAUGCUUUAAUUGGAAAGGCAGAAUUUCCUACAGAGGCAUACUUAUUAUGACAGAUAUUCUCCCACAAUGUGCAACCACUGGGGAGCUGGGGGCAUAUUCCAGGAAAUGUUCUCAGUUCAUUUAGAACUAAAAUCAAGCCUCUACAGAAACCUUUUUCAUUCCUUCUGGGCAAACUUCUGAGGGCUCUAGUCUAGUGGUGAGCAGGACCAGAGGCAAAACUGAGCAAAGCAAUUAAUGUAAGAUUUACCUUUGGACAGCAGGCUAGUUUACUCCAGGCAAGCAAGAGCCAUGAUCAGAGUUCAGGGAUACAUUCCACCCAAGCAAAAAUGUAAAGGCAGGAGCAAAGCGGGGUGGGGGGUGAGGGGUGUGGCCUGGGAAGAGGGAUAGUAGCUUGGGGAGAGUUCCAAGACCCAGCUAGAGAGACCUGCAGAGGUCACACACCCUGCUGGGCCUCCUCUCCCAUUGACUGUUUUGACAGGUGAGCUAGUUCACUUACCUGCCAAUCAUCUGAUGCUUUGCAGGUGCUGCUGAUCAGCUGAUUGCAAUGCCUGCAAAUUCUGCUUUUCGCAGGAAGUCCCAUCUUUACUUGAGGCACACCUGCUGUCAUAUAAAAUGUCAGGUGCAGGGCAGGUGGGCAUGGCUUCUUGGACCCAGAGGCACUCCAUUGCUGCACCAGCCCAUCUCCUGAUUUUCUUGGCUAUCACUGCCUAUGUUUGUCUGCUGUCCCCAAGCAUGCAAGCCAUGACAUGAGUUGAAACCUUCCACUUGCAUUAUGUGUGCGCUCUCUCUCUCUCUCUCUCUGGUUGUGUGGAUUGGGGCCAAAAUGGGUGGGCAAGUGUGUGAGCCACAAUGUCUUGGGGGGGGGGGCGGCUAUAGAGAGAGGACCUGCCCCUCUGGAGUGCCUUGCCUCAAUUUCAAAACCUGGAGCCAGUAUUACAUGCAUAUGUAAUCCUUUCAUGUUCAUCCUGUCACCUUUAAAUGCACAUAGGAUCAUAAUCAGGAUGCCAGUGAUCAGCAGUGCAUAGCUGUCAACGUUUCCCUUUUUUAAAGGGAAAUUCCCUUAUUCCGAAUAGGAUUCCUCGCAAGAAAAGGGAAAAGUUGACAGCUAUGCAGCAGUGCAGACCAGGUUUAGGAAUUUUGUUCUAGGCAUAUUGCCUCACAAUCUUUUCAUUGUACUUCUUUGUUUAUUUGAUCAUGAACAAGAAAUCACACUGCAGCUGAAUUAGCAGAAACAGGCAAAAUUUGCAGGUUUGAGGUGAUCUUUCUCAACAGGAGGUCAGCUACAACCUUAAAAACCAGACUAGCCAAGCUGCCAUUGGUGGGGUUAGUGGAGGAGAACGCUGAAUCCUUUGAGACACUAAUAAUUAAAUCCUUUAAUCCAGUUGAACAAAUUGUGUGCAAUUCCUCUUGGGACUGCAGUAUUCUUUGCUCUGCUUUUGAGAGACAGGGAGAUUGCGCGGGGGUGGGGAAGCCACCUUCCCAUUUGUCAUCAUUCAAUUGAAGGGACGAGGCAGGAAAAAACGACACCUUGGUGAUGACAAAUGUCUUUUCCAAAGUGACUGUGGGAAACUUCACAGCUACGCCAAGUCGUCUCUCCUGGCGGGAAUGAUCAGAGGGCAGAGGAAACUAGUCCAGUUUUAUAAUCCUUGUCAUUUAUGUGGGGCCGGCUGACAUUGCUUUAGAAGUAUUUAUGCAUGCAUGGCUGUAUCAACACAGACUGCAGACUCCCUGUGCCACUUUGCAAAUGGUGAUAACGAAUGUGCCCUACUGAAAACCUGCUUUGCUGCAUAAAAAUGUCUUACAGAGGUUAAUUUUUUAGGCAAGAAAGCCUAAAACUAACCAACUAAUAAAUGAACAGGCAUGCCCUUGGCUCAUGAAGGCUGAUGGCUAAUAAACCCUUUCCCUUUCCAGAUUACAUCUUUGUCACUCCUGUUGAAGUGGACUCCAGUGGAUCGUACAUCACGCAUGAUGUUUUGCGCAGUGCUAGAAGGAAACGAUCAACCGUGAGCUCUAAGAGUUCCUUGCACUAUAAAUUUUCAGCAUUUGGACAGGAACUUCUCUUGGACCUCCAGCUUUCGGCCUUUUUUGGCAAUGGUUUCACUGUCCAGGUGCUUGGGGAAGAUGGCAUCAUGCAUUCUCAGGAACAUGAAGUUGAACAGUGUUUCUAUCAGGGAUUUAUAAGGAACUAUAGUUCUUCUUCAGUAGCCAUAUCUACAUGCGUAGGCUUGGUAAGUGUAUGCUGACCCCUUAAAUGUAACCUAGCCUCCAGUCCCUUUCCUUUAUUGCCUUGGCUUAUACCAAGAACUCCGUUAGGGAACAGUGGAAUCCUAAACCUGUUAAAGAGAAUGCAGGUGGGGUGGACUCAUUUUGACACAGUUAUUAUGACCCUGCAACAUUCAGUUUGACAUACAAUCCUUCUCCCAACUCCCCACCCCCAUUACCUGUCUUGCCAAUGUAAUCAUAUUCAACAAGAGAGCUAUAAUUACAGAUGAUAUCUUUCUGUGCUAAACUAGUGGUUAUCUUAAGAUUGGUUCCUGAAAAGACAAGCCUUCUGAAAGUACUUCUAAGGGCAAUUAUGUGCAGAUGUUAAUCCUUGGGAAUUUCUUUUCUGCCCAAAAUAUUCACAGUGUAUAUAUGUGUAACUGGUUGGAAAGGUUUGAGAUCCUUCCUGUGUAUGUAUGUAUAGUCUUUGCUCAUACUUCUUCUGCUGUUAACUCUCAUUUCCUCACAUGAACCACAGUGAAGGGCAGGGAAGCAUAGAGGUUGUUUUCACUGAAGGCUACUCAUUUGAUGGCCAUCAUGACUAACACUCUUACUAAGAACAUAGGCUAUCAAAAAAGGGUCCAAGUUUUUAAUUGCUGCAGUUGGUGCCAACCAAUUGUCUAUUAGACUCCUAGACUGUGUUUCUAGUCUUUAUGGAUGUGAAUAAUUUUGGGGGGAGUGUGUGAUGAAAUCACGGAGGCUGGGAAUGGAGAUGGACAAUGGAUGCUACUGACUGGGGACUGCACUUUAGUAAACUGCAGAAAAUUCUCACCCCAGAAGUCUGUUUUUUAAACUUCAUAGUUGAUGUUCACCAACUAACAGUGUCUCCAGCCUUCCACCUUCUAUCAUCCAAUACACUCCCCAGCUGCCCCUUUCUGCUGGUAUCUGUAAGAUUCCAGCGCAGUGCAGGAUCCCACAAAGAAGGUGGCAAAGUGAGAGGUGAGGAAAGGCAGGACCAGGCUGGAGGAAGGCAGAGCAGGAGGCAAGGCUGGGCAGAAGUUGCAGAGCUACAGAGAACUCUAGGGAUUCAGAGGUUGUGGCAGUACCUUUCUAGAUCAUUGCCUUGGUAUUUGCAUUUUUGAGGGGAAAGUCUUUUAAAAAUGUUAUUAGUGUGGGCUGCUAGUGUCAGAAUUCAGGGUCAUUGAAGCUCUCUCUCAGUGGACUUGAUAAUAUUGGGUACAUCCUUGUCCCUUGCACACGUGUGUGUGUGUGUGUGUGUGUGUGAACUUUGAGGCAUCUGUGCAUGCAAUUUUACAUCCCUUUAAUGCUCAGGGGUGUUUUUAACUGUACCCCAUUAUGUUUUGUUUUUCUGGUAUGCUAUUUUGGAGAAGACAUAGGGUUGGAUCCAGAUGAGGGUCCCAUUGAUAUCAAUGCAAAGAUUUAGUCACAGCUAACUUAGGUUCCACUGAUUUCAGCAGAGCAUCUGAAAGAGCAGCAUGGAGCAUCUUUCUGGUGGGGUCCCCAGAUGCUGUGUACCCAAAAAAUCAUAUACAAGGCUAAAAUGUGUGUAAACAUGCAUAUAUUCAUGAAAAUAACAUACAAAAAUGCAUUAUAUGAGUGGAAAUUGCUUACAAAAAUGUCAGAAUCAUUGGGUUGUAUGCAAUUAACUUUAGACAGAAUAGGCCAGCUGAAAUUAAUGGACCUAAGUUAGUCCUGUCCAUUAAUGUCAACGAGUCUACUCUGAGUAGAGCUAACAUUGGACCCAACUCAUAAAAACAAACAAACAAAAACAAACAAACAUUUAGAGCCUAGUUCUUAUGAUUAUAACUGUUAAGGUUGUCUCCAGAUUGUCAUAUUUUGUGGGAGGGAUUCAAGCACACAUUGGAAAUUUAGGUAUGUGCAACUGAAAUGUAUUAAAGUGUUUUUCGCUCCAGCACACCAGAUCCACUUCAAAAAACACAACAGACUUUUUGUAGUUAGGAACGUGAUGGAGAAAUGCACUACAAAGUGUGGGAGGACUAGUGGGAAGACAUAUAAACAUCAUGCAAACAUAUUAAAGUGAAUGAAAAUGAGAAGACUGCAUGUUGCAGAACUUUCCAGCAUUCAAAUCAGAAUGAAUAAUCAGUAAAGACCAGGCAUAGUAUAACCUCUGUAUAAGCUUUGUGCAAGCAAACCAAGAUGAAUGCUCAAUAAACAGGUCAUAUGGCAGAGUCCCCAUUUUUGUUUUGAAGUAAAUUGGUACAUAUGCUAAAAAAAUGUUCUAAACCUCAAAUCCUAAUUAAUUACUUAGCAAUAGGUUCAUGUAGGGUAGCUGAGUGAAAAAGAGACUAGGGGUCCUGCAUAUGUAAAGUUACACUUGGUGAAAUUCCCUUUCCUACUGAGUUCUUCAAAGCAUGGGAUCCCUGUUUCUUUUUUCAGCUGGCCACCUUCAAUUACUAUUCACUGUCUUUUAAGGUAACAAUAUCAGAAUGAGAUGCUAUGUUAAUUGCACACAACUAUGGGUGUUAUUGGAGGGACGCGGGUGGUGCUGUGGUCUAAACCACAGAGCCUAGGACUUGCUGAUCAGAAUCCCCGCAAUGGCGUGAGCUCCCGUUUCUCGGUCCCUGCUCCUGCCAACCUAGCAGUUUGAAAGCACAUCAAAGUGCAAGUAGAUAAAUAGGUACCACUCCGGUGGGAUGGUAAACGGCGUUUCCGUGUGCUGCUCUGGUUUCGCCAGAAACGGCUUAGUCAUGCUGGCCACAUGACCCGGAAGCUGUACGCCGGCUCCCUUGGCCAGUAAAGCGAGAGGAGCGCAGCUCAGAGUCAUCCACAACUGGACCUAACGGUCAGGGGUCCCUUUACCUUUAUGGAUGUUAUUAUAUUACUUACAUGCAACUAAAAUUAGCUGUGGCCCUGGUGUGAUUUCAUCCAGGGUUAUUCUCAGUAAGCAUUGAAUCCCUGGAGUGCAAUGUUGGCAGCAGAGUGGAUUUGAAUGUUUUGUGGUUUCAGAAAAGACUGCAAUGAUUAAACUUUUAAAAUAGCUUUUGAAAUUUAGCUCAGAAGUGCAGACAAGAAUGAGAUACUGACAGUUACAUUAAAGUAAUGUGCCUGGCUCUUACUGAUGAAAAUGCAUUGGGGAAAAUCUAGCACUUUUUUCUUAGGUGAAUAAAUGAAGUUGCCCAAUACUCUACAACUAAGUGUGAGAUGGAGAUGCAAGACAUUCUUCAGAGUGAUUUGUCAGAAAGGAUUGGGGAGAAGGUUAUAGCUUAGUGGUGAACAACAUACUUUGUGCACAGAAAAUCUUAGGUUUUGUUCCCUGUUUCAUCUCUUAAAAUUACCUCAGGUCUCAGGGCUGAAUAUUUUGAGAGCUGCAUUUGGAGCCUCCCCAACCUGAUGCCCUCUAGAUGUUUUGGACUACAUUUGUGAUCACCCUCAGCCAUCAUGGUCACUGGUCAGGGAUGUCUGGAAUUGUUGUCCAACCAGGCUGGAAUGGACAAUGCUUUGAUUAGAUGGACCACUGGUUUGAUGCUGUAGGACUCCUUGCCCCUGUGAGUGAGGAGUUGGACCACACCUGGUGGUCCUGCUCCUAAUGUCAGCUGUUCCCAGUUCUUACAUAUUCAGGUCUGAAUGAGAUGCCUUCAUUUACUCAGUGUUACCUGUUGCAUGGAGAACAUAAGUCAAUAACCACUUUUCUAUCAGUUUGCAAUAACAAUGCAAUAACAAUGAUCAAGAUUCUGUAAACAAGGAGUAGCUAAUGUGAUGCUUUUGUCCUCUGCACCAACCCUUGCUUAGAGGACAAACAGGCUUUUUGGCGCUGAAGUUCCACCUACUUAGUCCCACUCCUCUGCUUCUGGCAAUUAUGGUAGGUUCUACCUGUCUUAAUAAUGGGAAACCUGCCACCCUUCAUAUGUUGCUGGACUCCUGACUUCCAUUAUCCUUGACCAUUGAGCAUGUUGUCUGGGGCUGAAGGCAGUUGCGAGCCUAAAAACAUCUGGAGAACUACAGGUUCUCCAGCUCUGACCUAUCUCCUGGAAUAAGAAGCAAAGCUCUUGAUCAAGGGUGGGACCCUCCAGACAUUGUACUCCAUCAGCCCCCAGACAGCAUAGCUGAUUAUCAGGGAUGUUGGGGGUUGUAGUUCAACAUGCUGUGGAGGACACCAUUCUGACUGCAGGGGUGUAACCAUAUGCUUGGAAUCCUGUGCUGUGAUUGAGAGUCUCUUGUGGACAACCACCAUUUGUGUCUCCACCCCCCUUCCCUUACUAUGUUUUGUCACUUGGCUAGCCUUCUUUCCUAUUUGCUUUGUUCACUGCAAUUAAACCGAAAGUGGUGUUGCUUCUACAUGGUUGGUAGCACUAAUCUUUCCAUUGUUCCUUUCAUUAGCAGUAGCUUCUCCACAAUAAAAUGGCAGUGACCCAUUCUUUUAAGCCUGGAACACCACAAUGUGAUUUGGAAGCAAUUGUAUUUCAAUAGACUGCAGGGAUUCUUUGAUCUCACUUGUUUUUUGGUCUCUCUGUGUGUAGUGCGGGGAGCAGCAUGCUGGGGAGCAUUCUCUAAUUCAGCAGUUCAGAUGUCUACUUCGUGCUUUUGCCUGGAUAGAAGAUUAUGAAGAGAGAAGAAAAGUCCCUCUAUAAGCUAGCUGGGUGGGGGAGGACCGAGGACCUGGUGCUUUACUACAAUUCUGCAAUGAGGCUGACACUGAACUCCAUGUGUCAUUGAUUGACAUAUCCAUCAUGCUCCGUUCUUAAAAAAAAGGGGGGUAUAAGAAAUUGGACUUUUGGCCUUUCUAGCUCUGUCUUGUCUACACUGGCUGGCAGAAGCUCUCCAGGAUUCCAAAUGAGAGACUUUCUGGUAUUAUAGGAGAUGGAACCUGAAACAGUUGAUCUAACAGUGAGCUAUGUCCUCCACUCAAAGAAGAGCAGAGGAAGCGGACUUAUCCUGAGUCAGACAAUUGGUCCAUCUAACUCAGUGUUGUCUGCACCAGGGGUGGACAACCUUUGGCCCUCAGGCCAAGUUUGGCUCAGCAUGGCUCCCAGUUUGACCCAUGACUGUUUCCCAUAACUCAUGGCCACUUGUCCCACAUGCCAGUGAUGCCAAGUGUGGGGCAGAUAGAGAUGCAUCUGGGUCAGUUGCAUGGCUGAGUUCUGCAUGUGGGACUCACUUGUGAAGCCACUCCCUGCAGAAUACAGACUUGAAGUCACUGAAUACUGGCUGAUGUACUAUUUUUCAAGCCUGCUGCUUGCAAAUCAGCUGCACUUCAAAGCACCAUGCAGGGCUCUUUGCAAGGCCUUUGUAGUGCUUUGAAGUCUCAGCAAUCAUCACCUGACAUCUUUGUGAUGUCAAACCUGGCCCAUGAGGGAUAGGAAAGGUGAGGAUCUGGCCCGCUAUCCAGUUCAGUUUUCCAAUCCUGGUCUAUACUGACUGGGAGCAGAUUUCCAGGAUUCCAGAUACAAGUCUUCCCCAGCCCUGCCUGGAGAUGCUAGGCAUAACAGUAAUAAAUAACUUCAAUAAAUAAUCAGCAUGUCAAUAACAAUAAUACAGUUCAAACAUUAGCAUAUACAAGUGAGGCCUGCAACAAAAUGCUGCAGCAUAGUGUGCUGAUGUUUGGGAUUCCAGCUACUUUACUCCAUCCCCAACCCCCUUGUUUUCAUUCCUCUUCCAACUGUCAAUCAGCAUUCUCUCUCUCUCUCUCUCUCUCUCUCUCUCUCUCUCACACACACACACACACAAAAUUCAUGUAGACUGGACUGGCCCAAGGCAUUUUGCUUUCUGAGGUAAAGGACAAGAUGAUGCCACCUCUCCAAAUCCACAUAUAGAAGCCAAAUGGACUUGCACUUGAAUCUUCCUUCAGCAUUGAUGAUAGGGUAGCAUCUUCCACAGUAUCUGAGGGAAGCAGCCUAGGUUAGGGUUGCAGGGCAGAUUGGGUGGCGCAGGCAGCUCUGUCUGCUCCACAGCCCCUGGCGUCUGCUGCCUAUCUCACUCUGUCUAAUGGUAGGGCCGGCCCUGCAUGUAGACAUGGUCUGAGUGUAGAUUCCUUGGAUAAGAAAGCCACUGAUUAUGUUGCUGUCUGCCUUUCUGAUCCUAUCGGUGGGGAAAGGGACUUUGCUGCUUUCUUGCCAAAUUCUUUUUUGGCAGGUCUGCUAUGAAUUUAAAGUGCACAGCAGGCACUGUGCACUGAUACGCUCUGACAUUGAAUUGACUGGCUAUGGACUGAUGAAAGCUAAAUUAGUUUUGGUUUCAAACAGUAGGGAAUAGACUAGAAUGCUGUGUAUAUAAAAUUAUAUAUAUGGUUAAAAAAAUCAGUUUUACAAAGGUGGCAGUCAUGUUGACAAGGAACAUGUCAAAUGGGAAUUUCGUUCCAGUUUAAAACUGAUAACAGGGGAUGCCAAAUUGCAGUUGCUGACAAUGAAAUCUUUAAAAAAAAUAUAAAAAAUGCUGUCUUUAAAUACGGAAACUUGUCAGUUCUUGAAAAAUCUUGAUAUAUGGGUUUGCCGAUGAUAGGAGUGUUGAGAAAUAAUAUCAAGCAGAUACUUCUUGGCUUCCUUCUCCAUAUUUUUUGGGGGAGGGAUUUAACAGGUGCUGAAAAACAGUUAAUGUGAGUUGUUGAAGGUCAAUGCAGCUUAGCUGGAAAACCUUCCCAGAAAUGGCCUGUACUACCGUUAGGCCAGAUGUGGGGAACCUGUGGCCCUCCAGAUAUUGCCAAACUACAACUCCCAUCAGCCCUAGCAAGCAUGGCCAAUGGUGAAGGAUGAUGGGAAUUUAUUUAUUUCAUAACAUUUACACACCGCUUGAUAGUAAAAAACCAAACCAAAGCAAACCCUCAAAAGUGGUUUACAGAAAUAUAAAACGAUAAAAUCAAGAAAAAAUGACAACAGUACUUUAAAACAUACAAACGUUUAAAUAUUAAAACUGAUUAAAAUUACCUCAGCUUUCUAAGAAUCUAGGCAGGCUUGUCUAAACAAGAGUUUUUUAAGCAAGUGCGAAAAAGAAAUGAAUGCCUGCUUGAUAUCAGUAGGCAGGGAGUACCAAAGUGCAGGUGCUGCCACACAAACUGAAUUCUUACUAAUCAGAACCUGUAUUAUGCAACACCUGUAUUAGCAGGGACACCAUCUGGGGAGGGGCUGGGGGACUGAGGGCCUUCUUGGCAGUGGCACCUUCUCUGUGAAACGCUCUCCCAUCAGAUGUCAAGGAGACAUCUGAAGGCAGCUGUGUAUUGGGAAGUUUUAAACAUUUGAUGUUUUAUUAUGUUUUUAUAUGCACUGGAAGCUGCCCAGAGUGGCUGGGGAAACCCAGCCAGAUGGGUGGGGUAUUAUUAUUAUUAUUUAUUACUUUAUUAAGCUGGCUCUGGAUGGAUGUAAUAACAUUUGGGCACCCAAUGUUGAAGAACACUGCCCUAGAAGUUACGUUACCAAUCUUUUGCGACCGGUUUGCCCAAGCACUAGACAGCCUCGGCAUUGUCUUGCUAGACAUAUGGCUAGAUCUAGUCCUACUUAGCAUCAGUAAGAUAGUUUAGGUGUAAAAGCCUUUCUAAGGCUAACUCUCCUGGUGCAUACUUUACAUAUGACAAUCAUGAAGAGUGAGGAAUCUAGACUGAGCCUACUCUGUCCUGCUCUGGACCCUAUUCACAUGUAAUUUGUACAUACAUAUGAAAGAUCUGUUCUGACCUUCAAAAAAGUUUUUUUUUUAAUGCAUGAACAUCCGGAGUGGGGAAUCCAUAUGCAAUCCAUAUCCCCCUCCAUAUAUUUGUGGAACAUCUGUACAGGGCUACUGGUACCUCCAGGGUAGAAUCUUGGAGCAGGGGUGGCCCAAGACAUGUUGCUGCCUGAUGGGAAGGGCAAGAUGGAGUCCCAUCUGCAUUCCAUGGACAGAAGCUGGCUGAUCAGGCAAGUUGAAUUUUACUUCAGUACUGGUGAUGUGAUAGUAUCUGAGCACUGAUCUCAUGUCUAGUUUGGUCGUUAGAGGGACCACAGAUGCACUUUCUGCUAAAUUACCAGUGGCAAACCAACCGAAUGUUCAUGGAAUAAAUAGAUCAUCAUAACCCUAGCAUUAGAACCAGAACAGUCAUCCCCACCCCCAUCUCUCUCUGCAAAUUUUUAUACUUAAUUUGAGGAAAAAACACAUAUGCAUGGGAAUGUACUUAUAGGGGAAAAUAAACUUAAGUUCUGUGCCACAUUCCUAAUUCUGCAUUGAUUUUUUUUUCUCCUUCAAAGAGGCUUAGGAUGUAGGAUGUUAUUAUCAAUCCCAUAUGCUUUAAAUUAGUCUAGUCCAAACCACAGGAAAUGUUUAAAGUUAAUAUUGUAAUUGAAAAUGUUUCUUGUAGGUAGAAAUAUACAUAAAAAUAGUCAAAAUUUAGAAAACCUGCCAGUAGUUGGAAACUGUGUCAGAUGAGAAGGCUGGGAACAAAUUUGAGUUAGGAAGGCAAGUUCUGAAGCAUAGCACCUGUUGUGCUGAGAGGAUUUCCUGGGGAAGGGUUCAUGUGGCAGGUUAUUUGUAGGCAGAGAUUAUUCAUUGUAAAAAGAUGUGCAUAUUAGAGCUUGAGAUCUAGAUGUUUGAGAUUGGGUAGCAUGCUUCCUAAAUAUAUUUUACUUGGAAUCAAGAUUGUGCUCAUUUGCCCCACACCGGCCAAUUUUCAAAGCAGGAGUUGCUGAUCUGUACUUUCAGUCUAGAUACUGUUGGACACUAACUCCCAUCAGCUGCAGCCAGGGAUGAUGGGAGCUGGAGUCCAGCAACACUGGGGGUGCCAGAGGUUUCCCAACCUUGACCUAGGUGCUCGAAUCAUAGGUCACCUGUUCUGCACCAGUUACACUUACUAUCUGUCUGGUGUUCUGUCCCAACUCAAGGUUCUGGAAUUAAAGUUUUAAGCACCAAAUGUUUUCUAACCACACUAUCUGAAGGAUCUCCUAUGCCCAUGUAAACCACCUAAACUUUAAGGCUGGCAGCUGGGGCAUCUUCUCUAUUGUAUCAUGCAAUGCCAGACACUUACCUUCUCGAUGCCAGUCUUUAAAUAUUUUUGGCUGACAAAAGAAAAUGAGCAUUGAAAUAUCUGGACUGUUAGGAUUUUAUUAAUUAUUAUUAUUUUGAUAAAAGUUCAUCUGUGCAAGAGUCUAUGUUAAGCUUUGUAAGAUGUUUAGAACUUGAAAAGAUUACAGACAGUGAACAAAUGCACCCCAGAUCAAGGGCAAAUGACCCUCUUAGUAUGGCAAGCUAGACUAAGACAUUGGCAAGUGGAUGGCGCAACCCAACUGUCAUUCACUUGAAAUCAUUGACAGGUGGGUUGUCCUGCUUAUCAGUCAAAGUCCUAAAAAUCUUCAUUGUGACAGCAUGGUGGAUCAGGGUCUCGGUUGCUUUGUUUUUUAGGAGGCACAGGGCAAGCCACACAACUCACACAGCUCUGUCCUCCAUCUGUCAUUGUCCUUCAGCAUCUGCUUGAGAUGGUCACUCACUCUUCCUAAUGAUAGAACCGGCCCUGUUCAGAGUAUGGUGUGUGGCUUUCAACCCAACAGAUGAACACCAAGGCACUAUACCACAUUGCUUCUCUUUUAAAAGAAGAACAAAAGAACUAAUAUCCUAGUAAUGAUAAAUGUGAUGAAGAUAUAGGUUUCUACCUCAGACUGUGGAACAAGUUUCUACAACCUUUUGGCAUUUUUUAUAAAAUGAAUAUGCAUUGCAAGGGGUUAUUUGUGAUAUAUAUCUGCCAAAGUGGUGAGACUAUGUUGUGAUUUCAAACAUAGUUAAAUAUAGCAUAACACAUUUUGUACUGUUGAAAAUAAAUCACAACUCUAAAGUGCAAAUAUAAGGGGGGAAAUGUCUCACUUACUCCAAGGGCAGACUAUGGGGAAGCAGCCCUGAAAUGUCAAGGAGAUGAAUUAGAUCUGUUUGAGAUAAGUCUUUCCAAUAUAUCAUUGUAUGUGUCUAGAACAAGCAUGGUUACAUUUUGCAGGUGGUUAAAAAUAUAUGCUAGAUAUAUGCAAGUAAAAGAAGAUGGUCUUCUGCAAAUCAUUGCCUGAUCCUAGAUGGAUAGUUCAGUUCUGGCUGCAAUGCAAACAGUGUCACAUGUCUUUGCUGCUGAACAAGGACUCUUUGUAGGAGUAGCAUUUGAUGUGACAUGUAAUCUUAACUUAUGGUAGUUCACCUGUGAUUACUCUUAUAGGGUUGCCAAACGUCAACGGAAAGCUCAACAACUUUUCUGUCCAGAUUGUCACUGUUUGAAAUAUGGCAACCCUACUUUCAUGCAUUCAAGCUGAUUUGAACUUGCUUCGUGCAUUAUCCCUUUCAAGCAGGCUUAGGGCCAGCCCUACCAUUAGACAGAGUUAGGCAACUGCCUCAGAUAGUAGAUGAUGAGGAGUGGUGGUGAAGUGUUGUGGGACACAGUUGUGUGGGCUGCAUUGCCUCUGCUAUCCCCACAAUGUUAGUUUGCUACUCUUCGGAGAAAGCUGUCCCUGUGUUGAAAAAAAGAUUGUAGUCCAAUCAUUUACUGUAUGUGGGAUGGAGGAUGAUGCCACCUUCUUUCUCAAGUGGCAAAAUGGCUUGGACAAUGCAGAAGAUCCUGUAGGGUCAGGCUGCUAGCCCUGCCCCAAUAUUGCAUGCUUUCCUGCCUCCCAUCCCUGACAAAGAGUUGUGUGUGGCUAUCUGCAUAGAGAAAUCUGAAACCUUGAUUGAACAAGGUUCCAGAUCAUGUGGAAUCCCAUGGACAUAAAACUCUGCAUGCAUAGGCUUUCCCUGUUCAUAUGCCCAUAUGAGAUGCACAGAUGUUGGAGGACCAGAAAAUUGUAGGAUGUUGAAGGCUGUAUGGGUCCACUGUCCCUUUUGUACAUGGUGCUGGAUAACAUAUGAAUGGAGGCUUAGAUGUUGUUUUCAUCAAGUUGCAUGGGGCUUCUCAAAUCUGUGAAGACACACCAUUCCAAAAAUAGUUGAUCACUCUAGAAAGCAUCAGCAGUGCAUACCACCUAGAUAAAAAAAUAGGGUAACUUCUGGCCAAGGAAAUCCUCUGUUUGACCCCCAGGCCAUAACCUCCCUGAGUGCUUCUGCUGGGCUUCAAUGCAUGAACUGUGAUAGUGCCUCUUGCUUGCUUAGCAGAAGGCUGAAGAGAUGUGAUGUGUAUGGAAACCUCUGGCUUUUGUAUGGUUGGAAUGCAGCCUACUGCACAAAGUUAACAGCCACAUCCACUGCUUUGCAUACUCUUGUGUCUGAACCUGCCCAUCAUGUGACCCUGGAAGGUUGCCCACAAGAGAAUGCUGGCCUUGGAUUGAAAAAAAGGUUCCCCACAAAAUGACCACAUCAUUUUGUUUCAGAGCACUGGCUAGCUGUUCUUUAAUUCUGCAUAAGUGGUGUAAAUCUGAGUCCUGGAACACCCCCAGAAUUCAAAAUAUCUGAAGAGUCUGCCUUCUUCUUGACUAGGAGCACUUCUGCCUUGUCUGGAUUAAGCCUCAAUUUGUUAGCCCACAUCCAACCAAUUACUUCCUCCAGGCACUGAUUCUAAUUUCAAUAGCUUCCUUUGUAUUAAUCAUAAUGAAGCGAAAUUAAGACCAGGUCCAUGCUAGUGCAGUCCUGUCCUCACUGCAGCCUUGUCACACCCUAGACCCACCUAGGUAAUCAGCAGUGUCAAGUGGGUGGCUCUCUGGCUUUGUCCCACCUCAUGGGUCACAACUGCAAGCAAGGCAAUUCUUAUAUAGACCAAUGAUUUAAAAUAUCUGAAGCUUAUUAAUAUUAGCAGCAGUUCAUGCAUAUAAAUAUACUCACGCCUUGCCUACCAUUCAGAAAUUCUUCAGUUUGGGAUUACAGUUCUUGGAGUAACAGCCUUUUAGGCUGAACUCAAAGGGCCAAGUGCAUGUAGAAGCAUCACAGUAGAUUAACAAGAAUAACAUAUUCCUGAAAGAAAGAGAAAUUUGAGCCAAUAAAGGGAUUACUGACUGUCAUCCAUGAAUAAAUCUCCAAUUUGAUUCUGAAGAAAUCCUGUGAAGUGCACCCAAGCACCGAAUUUCUGAAUAUUGUUAUUCUGCUAGUCUGCACAAAUGCCCUGAAUAAUGAGAGACAAGUCUCUGCUCACUGUGCAGUGGUCUGGGUCAGUUGCAGUGAGGGUGUUCUCUUUAGCUCAUGGAGCAAUCAUUAUGAAUGGGCUAAUGAAACUCACCUGCUAUUCAAAUCAGCCACAGAGUUCUUGCAAAUUUUUUCUUGGAAAGUUUGCAAGGCUAAAUAUGGUAGCAUAUUGUCGCUUGGAGAAAGUGAAUGCUCCCAAACAACCUCUGUAUAAAAUGAAGGACAGAACAAUGCUAUUUCAUGGUGUUAUUUCCUAUCUACCCAAGACCACCCUCACUGAUGUAAUGUGAGUUUCUUUUGUGGUGCUAAUUUAUCUGGUUUAUGAAGAUGGCUGAUUUAAGAACUAGUUUCUUCUGCUACUCUGGAUUGCUAUUUUUCUGCGACAUUGCUGUAUUGUGGUACAAUGAAUUGUUUGUGUGCCCUUUGCGCUGAAAGGUGGGUUAUAAAUGUAAUAAUAAUAAUAACAAUAAUGGCAAGAGGUGCUUUCCUAUGAUGUCUGUUGCUGUUCCUAUAUUUCUGAUGAUCUGAAUAUACUAAUGUGCAUAAGGCAGUGAUUCAUGUAUAAACGAGAGCAGUGUGGAGAUUCUUGGUUUUGCAAUCCCACAGUCCCUGGGAGGGUAUUCUAGGGCCAUAAGAAGCACCAGACAAGAGAGAGAGAGAGAGAGAUUCAAACUUGAACAAGGAGGUCUGAUAUUGAAUGCUUCCUUCUUCCACAGGCCUUACUCUACUAUGUCAGAGCUCUGAGUUAUUCCAUCUAGGUCAGUAUUGUUUACACUGACUGGCAGAGGUUUUCUAAAGUUUCAGACAGGGUUCUCUCCCAGCUGUACCUGGAGAUACAGUGGUGCCCCGCAAGACGAAUGCCUCGCAAGACGGAAAAACCGCUAGACGAAAGGGUUUUCCGUUUUGAAGUUGCUUCGCAGGACGAAUUCCCCUAUGGGCUUGCUUCGCAAGACGAAAAUACCUUGCGAGUCUUGAGAUUUUUUUUCCGCUUUUCCCCCUUUAUCUAAUCUGCUAAGCCUUUAAUAGCCUUUAAUAGCCUUUUAGCAGCUAAUCCCCUAAGCCUUUAAGCCUUUAAUAGCCGCUAAACAGCUGAUAGCGCUAAUAGCGCUAAUCCGUCAAUGGGCUUGCUUCGCAAGACGAAAAAACCGCUAGACGAAGACUCUUGCGGAACGGAUUAAUUUCGUCUUGCGAGGCACCACUGUACCAGGAAUUGGACCUGCAAAGCAGAUUCUCUGAUACUAAGUUACAACUCUUCCACAUAUGAUGUCAGUAGGGCUGAGAAGGCAGCAUGGUGGGGGUGUACUGAAGGCAUGCUAGAGCCAGAGCAGGGGGGUGGGGAGUGUUGGAUCCAAUGCCUCCACAUUCCCCUGAUAUGCCCCCAAAUCAGGGAAGUAAUUAUGUUGGCCCUAAAGCUGGAAUAGUUUGUGUCAUCAUUUCAGUUAGGAGGAAAAUGGUUAUCACCACCACCACCACCACCAUCAUAGAUGGAAAAAAAUGGAGGAGCAUGAGAAUACCCUUCCACCCAACCAACAUGAGGCUAGUAGGGUGUUCAUUGGUGUGGUUCGAUUCUCUUUCCUACCACCCAUUUUAGGACUGUAGCCUUAGAAAGAUGAAAGAAAUUCUUUGGCUGCAUCUGACUGAGAGCUCUCACUAAGCAGAGAAAGUAGGCUGGAAGUUCAACAGUCAUACCCAGAGAACCAGCUGUUGCACAUAAUGUACUCCCAAGUCUGGCAUCUGGAGAUUACAGCUGCCAGAUUUACUUCCCUGUGAGACGAGAGUGCAUUGACUCUGCUGCCAGAGCGUAGUAGUAACUGCAAAAGAACAAAGAAAUAAAUGACUGAGAUCCAGGCCGCUUCACUGCUGGACUCUCAGGCAAGGCACUAAGGGAGAACGCUUAUUCCAAUGGUGCUCCAGAAAGGAGCAUCUUCAAUACUUUGCCUCCAUUUGUUCAACACUUUAUUUUCUAUUGUGCUCAACACCCAUUUCAUGAACUUGAUAUGUGAUUUGCAUGGGUGAUUUAUCACUAUCACAUGAGACAAUAAAUUUGAGCAUGUGGGCCUGAUCACAGUCAUUUUUAAUCAUUCACACACCCAAAGGUUGUUGAAUGGGAACUGCUGUUGUGAAUUUUCCCAUGAGUUAAGAACAAGCUAAUGUUAAAGCAGCACUGGUCACAUGUCCUGCAUCAAAACAAGGCCUAAUUGGGGUGUAGGACAAGUUAAGGUCCAAACACCCAACCCACUGGGUGGAGUGGAGUUGCUGCACUAGCCUCCUGGAGGGCCCUGAUGCUUUCCAGAAGGGAGAGGGGGAGUGGCAAGCCAGCAGAGAGGUCAGUGUGGGGCAAAUACACUGGCAAGACUGCCAUAUUAGCUCCAGCAGUGUGUUUUGAACCAUGCUGACCUCCACCUGCUUCCCCUUUCUCCUGUUCCCUCCCAGUCAGUGACAGUGACUCACAGCUAGUGUAGUGGCUCUGCUUUACCCAGUAGCAACCACUCCCCCAGCCAGCCAUCUCUGGACAUUCCCCACAAUUGUAGUACAGAGCUGGGUUUGCCAUGUGACCUACCUGACUCCACCUGCAAACUAGUUCUGCUGCCUGCUCAUCACCAUGUUGAAACAAUAUUCAAUUGCCUAGUCCAGUUGGCUUCUGUAUACAGAAUGUGGGGUAGGGAUAGAUGAAUCUUUCACUUUUGGUUUCUCGGUUUCUCAUUUUCCCAAUCCUAAAUUUGGUCCUCCACAUUUUUUGCAGAAAUCUGCAUUUAAAAAAAAAUAUUAAACAGCCUCAUGAAAAUGUUUCAGCAUUUUAGCGUAAAAUUCUCCUAACGUAUACAUUUUUGCAAGCAGUGAUUAAAAUAAAUCUUUUUUGCAAGCAAUUUCCCCAUAUGUAAUGCAUUUUUAAUGUUAUUUUAACCAAUGCACAUACUUCUAUGCACAUUUUCCCUUAACAGAUGCAUUUUUGUCCACAUUGCUUCUUUGGAGAACUACAGUGCAAAAUUCAGAGAAGCUGAACUUGGACGGAUAAUUGUGGUUUGGUUUCAAUACUGGUUUGAGAAGUGAAAAGUAGGUAGUUUUUCAUUAAAAUGCAAAUAAAAUCAACUUCUCCCCUCACCUCCUCAAAAGGGAUGGGUACUAUUUCUUUGCUGCAUGCAGCAAAAUGUCCUAGACUGCUCCUGCAGUUACAUAUUCUUUUUUCCAAGUCCCCCGAGAACAAAUUCAUUGAUAAUAUAAUACACAAGAUAUUAUGCAACUAUCUAUCUGAUCGAUUGAUUUUUUUUGUUCCCUUUUUACACACCUCUUUUAAGAGUCAACAUAUACCAGAAAUGGAUAUUAUUUCCCCUGGAGAUAUUCUAUUUGCAAUUAGGGUAGAAAGUUGUCCUAAUUUGUAUAGAUACUCUGUCAAUUAUAAGCAAACACCACACUUUGUCAAGCCACCCCUUCAUAGACUGUCCCUGGGGGCAUUUCCACUCUGAAGGCAGGUGAAAUUUGGCUGCUGUUAACAAAAGGCUUAUUCAUUCAUAUUGUGUACUUGGAAUAGCUUGCUCAGGGUGGAUAUAGAGAUAUGUGUGUGAAGAGGAAGCCCACCAACAAAAGAAAAAGAAUCUUGACUCAGUUGAGAAGUCGCUAAGUAGCCUAAAGCUAGCUACUGUCCCACAGUCUCCCACUUGUAAUAAGAGGAUAAUAUACAUUACAGAUCUUCUGAACAGAACUGUUAUAGUGAUGAUUGAGAUAAUGAAUGUGGGGUGCUUUGAACACUCUCCAGCAAGGACAGGAAACCUACGACCCUCCAGAUGUUGUUAGGCUCCCAUCAGUCCCAGCCAGCAUAGCCAAUGGUCGGGGUGAUGGGAUUUGUAUUCCAGCAACAUCUGGAGUACGUAGGUUCCUCACUUCUAAAGCAUUGUGCUAAUGCAGAAAAUAUUAUUAAACCCACCAUUAAGCCUCUUCUCGUGUCACUGAUUUGCUGGUGGUCCCAAGGACCAUCGUUUGAGAACAUGCUGUUCUAGGUAGUAAAAAUUGGAAACCCUCCACUUGGCAAAGGUUUGCAUCAAGAAAUGGUACUCGCAAGCUUUGAAACAAAAAUUAAUCUAAUACAUGUCUGCCAUAUGGUAAGAAAAUGUUCAGAAAUCUCUCCCCCCCUCCUCUGUCUACCCACCCCCAGACUUGUUUAUAAACAUCUGAAAAGAAAACAAAGUGGGGAAGGAGGGAAGGAGUAUAGCUCCAUGUAGCUUCUCUCAUGUCACCCAUUCCUCUCAUCUUGGAAUUUCUGUAGGGCAGCAUGUGACUGAUCAUCUUCAUGUAUGAAAAUAAGCAAAUAGAUGCUCCCGCAUGGUUUAGGGCAUAUACAGCCAUCCCAAGCAAACUGCAAAGGCAUAGCAUGUAACUGCUUUGUAUGGGGUAGGGAAGUGCAUAAUGUUGCUGUGCUAAAUGGAACAUUUUUUAAAAAAAUAAUAAUCUUGGGUUGUAAUCCCCAAACAGGUUGUGCUGGAAUGAUACUAAGGCUCUUUAAGGAUCUGCCUCCACAUUUCCUUUCUGCACCAAAAACGUGAGGCAUAUAGCUGUCAGUGUCUUAGAGCACGUACAGAAUGUGCCGGUGUGGUGUAGAGCCAGUGUGGUGUAGUGGUUAAGAGCGGUAGAUUCGUAAUCUGGUGAACUGGGUUCGAUUCCCCACUCCUCCACCUGCAGCUGCUGGGUGACCUUGGGCCAGGCACACUUCUCUGAAGUCUCUCAGCCCCACUCACCUCACAGAGUGUUUGUUGUGGGGGAAGAAGGGAAAGGAGAUUGUGAGCCGCUUUGAGACUCCUUAGGGUAGUGAUAAAGCAGGAUAUCAAAUCCAAACUCCUCCUCCGAUACCACAGAGUGACUGUAGAAGAUUCCCACCCACCUGGAAUUGGGGAAUGGGCUUUCAGAGGACAGGAUGAUGUUUCCAGGGAUCUCUCUUCCUAGAAAUUAAAGAUUGCUAGUGAACACAUUCCAGCCAGGCAAAAGCACUUGAGAAGGGCUUGGAACAAGACUGGUGACGGAUGUGGCCUGGGGAAAGUAUUGAGGGCUGAAUAGAGAGGCUUGGAGACCUAAAGUUCCCCACUGUAUAAUUCCAGAGCAAACUAUUUGUUCGUCUUUCCUAGUCUUGCCUACUCUGAGCAGCAGUGGUUUCCCAGGAUAUCAGGUGGAAGUGUUUCCCAUCAGCUACGUACUUCCUGAGCCUUGUAACUGGAGAUACCAGAAAAUGAAGGUGGGAUCUUCUGUGUACCAAACCACUAUAAAAUGGCUCUUCUUUUCAUAGGUCCUUCAUAAUAUUCAAUGUGUUGGGGAGGUUUGUAAACUUGUGUCACUGUGUGCACUUGCAUAGAUUUCUAGUCACAUUUGUUCCACAAAUCCUGUGUUUGUAUGCACAACUAUAGUUUCGUUGAGUGCUAUAAAGCCAGUUUUAUGACACUGGGGUUUUGGCUCAAGAAUGUGUCAUUUUUAACAGACAGCAUAAUGAUGAUUCAGUUGUAGUUUAAUAGGCAUGCUUUGCACUCUGGGAUCUGUUUGCUAUUAAAUCUGGAAGUUUGGGGAUGUUUAUCUGGUUUACUAUAUAUCUAAGGUUACAGUUGUUAUCUAGGUUUCUUAUUGUUGCAGAACAUCUUGAGGGAAAGAGCGAAGAGAUGGGAUCUUUAAACCUGUUGAUCUUUAGCAGAAAUACUUGCUGUUCUGGAAUUCAGAUUUAACACAGCCUGAACUGUAGCCAAACAGGAAUAAAAUUUACUACUUUAUCACCCUUUAAUAUCAGAAUGGGAUUCAGAUGGGCCAAGAAUGUUUCUUUAUUGUAUAUGGGCAAUUUCUGGAAAACAAAAUGGAUGACAUUUACUGUCCUUUCCCUGCUGAUUCCCAAGGACAAGCCAAGUAAACUAGUAUCAUUCAGGGAAAAAAUGAUCACAGUGAUCCUAUGAACAUUCCCAUUGUGUUCAAUACAAAAGGUACCUUUUGGGAUUGUAAAUGGAAUAAAUAAGGGAGAGUAGGCUGAGGAGCAAUGUGAAUACAUGUAGGAAAAUCAUGGUCAGCUUUAGACCUUCAUGCAUUUCUCUGCAUACCUAAACAGCAAUAGGGCAGAGGAAAGGUGUGCACUGGCCACAAACUUUGGUUUGGACUAGGGAACAUGGACAGAUUCAAUUUUGUUUGCAUUUAAAUGAGAAACUACCUAAUUCUCACUUCUCAAACCAAUAGGAGAACUGAAACACAGCUAGCCUUCAAAAUUCACACUUCUCUGAAUUUUGUGUUGCAGUCCCCUAACCCAACAGAUGUAUAAAUUCAGAGAAAGUUUGCCAUAUAUUGAAUGUAUAACAUAAAACAAUUAUUUUUAUUAGUGAAAAAUGCAUGCAAAAAUAUGUUUAGAGGAACUGAAUUAAAGACUGGAAGAAAGAGAAACAAAACAAAAUUGACAGAUUUCAGAUCACAAUUAGGCACUCAGCCUUCAGUGGCUGUCCAAUUUGGUUCAGGUGGAAAACUGAAUUGCUAAAACAUAUCUAUCUCUCCCUGAAGCUUCUUUUAGACAAUAAAUGCAUCUGUUCAAAACAUUUCACUUGCCCCUCUACAAAGGUCUGUUCCACAGAAGGAUGUGGUAUCUUAUGUUUUACCAUAUUUGGUGUGUUGGGUCUGUGGACUUUUAUGCAAGAGAUUUGAGUGGAUUGAGGUGGUGGCGGUUCCCAUUCAGUACUUAAGGUGUCUAGUCAGGAUGAGGCCUAGGGCCAAACGUGACUCUCUAGGCCUUCAGCACUAUCCACAGUCCUGCUUCGCAUCCAAGCGUUUUGCCUGUCUGCAAUGUGUCUUUGUACUUUAAGAAUGCCUCUUGCUUAUCUGCAUGGAGGGUAGAGAAGGGUGAGGGUUAGAGUUAGAGUUCGAUAGCAUAGGAAGGGGUGUGUGAAUGUGUGUAGAAGCUAGCCCACUGUAAAAAGUUAAAAUUUACAUUUGUUCUUCUGCCUAGUUUUGCCUCUGGCCUCACCUACUGCAGGCAUGUUGUUCUCAGUGCAUUGCAGUGAAAUAAAUGCGGGACUUGGACUGAAGAAGGUUCCCUAUUUCCUAUGCUUAGUGGUUCAGCUUUAGGCUCAUUUGGCAUGUGAGCAAAUGGAGACCAGAUAGUGGAUGAAUGGAGAAUGAUUGUGGCAGAUCAUUUUGAUAGAUUUCUUUCGUGAGCUGUUAAUCAGGAUAUCUCAACACUAGAAGUGGGGCAGGAAGUUCCAUGGAGGGGGAGAAGAUCUCACAGGAACCGGUGGUACAUUCAUUUUAGCAGCAGAGAUUAAGUGCUAGCCAUGGGAUAUGUGGCAAGGCAAGAACAUCAUGAGAACAUCUGGCUAGCACUAUUUUAAUGUUCAGUGUCUUUUUGUGUUUUAAUUUGUACAUAUUUGUGAAAGCAUGCAAAAUGAAUUAUAUUCCAAUAAAUCACUUUGCAAAAAUGUGUAUAUAAGGCAAAAUUGCAUACAAAAACGUUUAUAUUAAGAGAAAUUCACACUAAAUUGUUGAUGAAUUUUAAUGAGGACUUUUUUUUAAUGCAAACUGAUGUGGAAGUGUGGACAACUGAAGAGUAAAAAAAAUGAGAACGUGAAAGAAACUGAAAUUGCCACAUUCUCCCAUCCCUAGCUGAUACUGACCAGUUUGAGCCCAAUUUCUCCCCACCUGGUUUCACUUAAGAUUAAAGUUUUAGAGAGUGGCUUCCUGGUAUUUGAACUAAACCUUACAUUUAUUUCGCAGAAAAUAAAUGAUUUGUUGCUUUAUUAUCAUCAUUCUCUACAGGGAUGCAUUUGUUUCUGUUCUCUUUAUGACAACUCUUUCUGUAUCACUCACCUAUAUUUUCAACAUUUCAUCAUUGGUUCUUGUUGGUGCAUGAGAAACAGUUCAAACAUAUGAGAAAUACUGCACUGUCUUCCUUUCACAACAAAACAAGUGAAGCAUUAGGGAAUUCAGAGCAUAAUCCCAUGGCUUCCUGUUUGCUUUGCAAUGCAUUUUGGAACUGUCAUUACUAAUAAAAUAUCUAGAUUUUUAUCCUGUGCUCACAGCAGCCUUGCUUAAACAGUUCCCCUUGACAUAAUUGUCAAACCUAUCUUAGGCCUGUUUCUCACUGCGGACCAGAACUGUUUGGAAAUGCUAUUUUAAAAGGGUAACAUAUACUUUUGAUUUGAAAUGUAAUAGAGCAGGGGUGAGGAAUCUGUGCUUCACCAGAUAUUACUGGUCUAGGAACAUAGGAAGGUACCUUAUAAUUAGUCAGACCAUUGGUCCUUCUAGCUCAAUAUUGUUUACAUUGACUGGCAGUGGUUUUCCAGAGCUUCACACAGCUCCUUUAUCAGUCCUUCCUGGAGAUGCCAUGGAUUGAAAUUGGAACCUUCUGCAUGCAAAACAGAUGCUCUAUCACUGCGCCACAGCCCUUCCCAAUACAGCUCCCAUCAUCCCUGACCCUUGGCCAUGCUGGUUGGCAUUGAUGGGAUUUCAACACCAUCUGGAAGGCAGCAGAUCUUUCUAUGAAGGACCAUGGAAAAGGGACAAAAGGGGAUAUUUAAGGGUGGAUUUAAUCAUUUUUGUAGUAUUUACAUAAUGCUCUAGAGGCAGGGAACCUGUGAACUCUAGAUGUUGCUUAAAUGCAGCUACCAUCACAUUGAGCCAUUGGCCGUGCUGGCUUGGGCUGUUGGGCUACAGUUCCCCACCCCAAAGUAUGCAAAGUAUAUGUGUAGCUGGCAAGCAAAGUCCUGCUUGCUACUUUAAUUGGAGUGUCCCUAACCCCAGCUCUAAAAUUGGGGUUAAAUCUGAUGCACAUUGCAAAGAGGUGGGUCUAGGAAUAGGGCAGUUUAUAUCUCUGCUCUCCCUUGCUACAGGCAGGCUUACACACUUUGAAGGUACAUGCAAAUAAAAAUCCAUCUGGCAUCCAUUAGAGUGUGGUUUUGCACUGCAUUUAACAAGGCAUAUCUUAUGGCUUGUAGUCAGCAAAUGCGGAUUUAGGAUGGAGUUUGGAUACAAGGAAUUACAAAAAAGGAAGCAAUGAUUGCCAAAGAUAAAGGGAUGGAAGAUGCUUCCACCACCUUCACAGCCAUGAGCAGGAAGUGCUUUGCAUAUGUUGAAUUGCACUGCCUGAUGAUGGCUUUGUGCUUGUGGUAAACAUUUCUGCAUCCUCCCAUGGCACCCCAAAAAUUGCUUGAAAGUUGAGUGACUAAUGGAAAUACUAUGAGAUAUGGAACAAAUUGCUGCAGUUCACGAAGAGAGACUGAUGAGAAUCGAGUGUUUUUUCCUUGAUGAAUGGAAGCUCUCAUACCUGGUGAGGCCUGUACUUUCCUACAUGCAGAUUUAAUUUGAAGCCUUACCUCAUUCCUGGCCACUGACUUUGCCUUGAGUCUUCACUGGUCCCACAUGAGCAACACGAGCAAGCACACUAGACAGGAAGUACAAAUGUUUCCCCACAGGUCAUAGCAUUGGCUAAAGAGAGUACACUUCCCAGAAGACCGUGUAGUGUGAUGCACAACAGGGUUUGGGAACCUGAAGCCCUCCAGAUGUUUUUGGAUGACAACUCUCAUCACCCCACCCAACAUUACCAAUGCUCAGGGAUGAUGGGAGCUGGCGUCCAGUAACAUCUGUAGGGUACCUGUUUUCAGAUCUAUAUGGUGUAUGAUGAAGGCAAAUGAAAGAUAGGGGAGCUCCUAUGGUGUACAAAAGUCACACUAUUUAUUCAGCCCAAUGAGUUUCAAAUAAACCUUACUGGGAACACUGGGAAAAUAAAGCAACACUAUUCCCUAUGUGUCCCUCACCAAAGCAUAAAGGAAAUUAGUCUUGCUAUGUUUCCCAGGGCCUCUGAUGAUGAUGAUUACUCAAAAUGAUUUUGUUUGAAUAAACAGUGUGUUUUUCCACAAACUGUCUACACAACAGAAUACUACAGAACAGCAUACAGCAUACUAUGGCGAGGCAGGAGAUAUGAAACUAUCAUAAACAGGUCCCGUUUCAACAAUUACUCCCUGCUUCAUAAACCAUGCUUUAUGGUUAAACCAUAUUUCAUGAACUGAGGAUCAGGGCUGAGUGCUCCUACCUCAUUCAUCCCCUCAUUCUACAGGCAAUCCUUGUUUUGUGCAGGGGGUGCAUUCUAGACCCCAUUUUUGGCGGGACCCGUGUAAAGCAUUCUGCCCUUUCCUUGACCUAAAGAAAGCCCAAGCUCUCAACGAAAUAAGUCAACUAACCACAAAACAAUUGUGCAGAGAGAAUACCAGCAAGGGCUUAGGAGUAUCUGCAUGAGAUUUCUCAAAUAACUGAAAGAUGAAAUUACUUCUCUUCUGUGUAACUUGUCCCUAAGAACAGUUUGUAUACCUGAGGGCAGGAAAGCAGCCAAUAUAACACCAGAUUUAGGAAAGGGAUGCUGGACAUUUCAGGCCAGUUAGCUCAACAUCUGUCCUCGGAAAGUUUUGUUAAAGAUAAAAUAAUCAAGCACAUCAAAGAACAAACCUUGCUGAAGUAGAGUGAACAUGAAGCAGUGAUGACUACCUACAUGGGUUUCAGACAGGGGACAAUUCCAGCACGGCUUGAAGAUGCCCGGACUGAACUUGAGACCUUCUCCAUGUAAAGCAGUUGCUCUAUCACUGAGCAAUGGCCCUUCUCCAGUAGUGCCAAAUUAAGGAUGGUGUGAGCUGUACCUCCACACAGGACACUGAGCUGAGGGGGUGCAAAAUAAUGAUAAUAAUACCUAUAUUAAGCAGGUAACUGGCGUGUGUGUGCAUGCCAAAUUUUGCCCCCUCUUAUGGAGCCAAAUGACCAAAGUCUGCCCCUCCCCCAAGCAUGAUGUUAAGAAUAGCCAUGUCCUUUUUUGCCUUCACUUUGAAUUCUACUCUUUGAAUCUGUUGACUGUAUGUGUGGGAAAAAAAUGUUAAAGAUUAUGAAAGAAGAAACCACAGGAUUACAUAUAAAGUGUAAUUCCAUCAGACAUUCAUUGAUGUAGGGAGCAGGGGAAUAGGAAGCAAGGCAUCACUUUAUUUUAUAUUUCAGCAUUUCAUUUUACAGAGAAAGCCAAAUAAUUUAAGUACAGAGGGAAACAUUCUAAGAUUGAAUGUAGAGUAUUUUACUUUGUACUUAAAUUCUGUACUUUAUAGUAUGGAACAAUGCAUGAUUUCUUAAAAAGCCCAGGAAAUGGAUUUAAAUACUGCAUCAUUGCUACACAACGUUGGAAACGGAUGUUUCGGAGAUGUUUUUAAAAGAUCCACUCAACUGCCAAAGCACAAAGGCACCAUUCAGUGGAACCUCGUCUCUCUCUUUCUCUGUUCAUAUCUGAAUAAUUAGAAGGGAGACUAGUUUUCCUACCUUGUUUUUAACCAUUGCUGAGCAUUCAGAAAUAGCGUUCAUUCUUGUGGCACUAACUUGAACUGAGCGGUCUUCUAGCCAGAGAACAAAAUGGUUGUUUGAAGGUUCAAGAUCACUGAAGAUCCUUUAAUUUGUGGGGGAACUAAAAUGCUAUGUAGUUUAAGCCAGCUUAACAUUUGAAGCUUAAAAAUAUAGAGUCUUCAAGAAAGCUAUGUCAUUAUGCUGAAUGCAUCCACACACCCCUUUCAUAGCAAAACUGAAGCCAGGCAGCUUGAAAGCAUUCAUCAUUUAAAGUUUGUCAGGAUUUUUGUUUUGUUUCUGCUCAUCUUUUAGUCUUAUUUUUAGCCCAAGUCCACUCCUCAUCCUACAACACAAGUUGUUCAACACUUGUUACUUCAUCUGACUAUCUAUCAAUCAUUUGGAUCCUAAAUUAACUUAAGGGAUUUUUACUAGUUCUGUGACUUGUGUAAUAAAAUGUGUUGUUGUAACCAAAGGAAGUUAAUGAAACAUUUCCCCUCCUCUCCCCUGAAAUGCCCUGAAAAGGCACUCUGGAGAGUAUGGAACUCCCCUUGAACAAUGUGGGGUGGAGUUCAGGAGGCUGUUAGGGCAGUGGGAAUUACAAUGUGUAUCUGAAGAAGUGUGCAUGCACAUGAAAGCUUAUACCAGAAAAACUUAGAUGGUCUAUAAGGUGCUACUGGACAUUUUUUAUUUUUAUUUUUAGUUUUAAUGAGAAUAAGAAUCAUCAUUGGCAAGGUAGAAACCCACUUUGAGUUUCUGUUUUGGAUCUUAUGGUACCUCUUCUUGGGCCUCAUACUCAAACUGCCAUUUCUUUCUCCUUUUUCUAACUUGUUCUAUCUUGAAGUUUGAUGGUUUUUCUAGCUACUUUGCAGUCUCAGUAGCAUCUAUCAAAACUUGUUGAAAGUCCCAUCACACCUGCUGCCCACAAGGUAAUUUUUGGUCACUUGCAGUUGGUUUGUAGCUGAAUUUAAAUCAGCUUCCCUAUUUUGUAGUAGCUUGCUUGUAAAAUUAACUUCAAAAAAGGAUGUUGCACCAUGUAAAAAGAGAUACCACAAAUUUGAAUUUACAAAUUGCAUCAGCAAGGGCUUCAGCUUCAAUUUGGGAAGUAUUUCCAGAUAAACUUUUAAGGCACGUGUCAUCAAAGAUCUCUAUUAAAGCAUCAUAUAUUUCUCAGUGGUUUCAAAGCAUCGAUCCAACUUUCCAUCUUGUUUUGCUCAGUGGGUUAACGGUUAUACCUAAGUCUGAUACAUGGCUAGUUAGAAUUUGCUAAUGCCAAGUCAAUGCAGAGAAAUAAUUACCGUAUAAAUCUGUUGAACCAAACUGAAGAAACCAGUUGCUUCUAGGCAACACGUAGUGGCAUUAUUGACUACUAAAUUUAAAGAGUGUGCAUUUCAGGGCAAAAAGAAAAGAAAAGAUGUGUGUUUAUGUCCAGGAUUCUCUUUUAUACUUAAUUUUCUUUGCCUUUCAUGUUAUCAUAACCUUGACCACACAGAUAUUCAAUUCAUAAUCCCAUUUGUUCAAGAGUUUCCAUCAUAAAGGCACUUGUAGCCUCCUUUAGUGGAACAAAUCCCAAUAAAUGUUCUCAGGUUCAGACAUCUCAUUAUCUGAUAGUUUGAUUACAUCAACAUAACAUUCAUUUGCUCAAUAUGACUAACAUCAGGUAUGCAGUCUGGAAUAAUUCAGUAGUAUUUGGCUGAGUUUGCAUGCGCUAAAUUUUUCUGCUUUAGUAUCUGCUGGAAGCUGUAUAAGGUCACCCGGCACCCAGCUGAUAUCUGCCUUGCUUUGCCUCUGCACAGAACAUUCUCCUCCCUGUGGUCAUGGCUGACCAUUUACUUUCCGCCUUCUUCUUGGCUCUGUCCACACAGCCAACCAGAGAGAGUGAUGGAUGCUGAAGAGAGAACCAAUAAACAAUGAGCAGCAGCAGCAAGGGGUGGGGGCUGAGCAGUUACCCCUCUGCAGUGGUAUGGGUCAUGACAUGCAUUCAACAUCCAAUGCUGCAGUGAUCAAGUGUUGUCUGUGGAAGUGAUACUUUGGCAUGUUUGAAUGCGCCAAGAGAUAUAAGAUGCUACAGGUGAAACUUCAAUAUCAGCUCAGAUUAUGUCAGAUGCAAUCCUUUUCAACUGCGUCACUUUGCACGUUCAGCUGUGAGUCAUCGAGUAAUGAGUAAUGAAGUGAUAUCUAUAUCUAUAUCAGAGUGUGAACCACUUCUAGCAGAUGCAUCAUUAAAAAGCUUAAUGUUUUCUGUCUGGAGGCUGGGCUCAAAACCACGGCCACCACCAGAUUUUUAUUCUCUCUAACCAGAUGCAAUGCAAACCACCAUGACAUAAUAGCGAUACAGCUAUUGUUCAAUUACAUUUGAAGUUUUCCAGCAUAAAAUCUAAAAGAAAGAAGAGGGGAAAUGCAAGUUGUACUAUGUAAAUCAAGGAUAGCACACUGUGAUCAGCUGCCAACCUGUUCCCUGCUGUCAUCAGCACUGGCACGUCAGCAAUAACAAUCACACUAGACUGUGUUAUGAAACCUAUGGCUGAACCUAUCUCUGGCCUUCUGGGUGCACAGAUCUCAUGGCUUGAUAGUAUAUCAGCAAUCUAUUUUUUUUGUAGUUGGCAUGGGGCAAAGACUAGGUCAUGUUUUCAAGUUGUUGAAGUGGCAGCCUGAUGUUCUGUGCAUGCUUCCUAAACCUUUUAAAAAUUAUUUUAAAAAUAUUGUAAGAUACCAUGUUACAACACACACACACACACACACACACACACACAUUCUCUCUCUCUCUCUCUCUCUCUCUCUCUCUCUCUCUCAACUUUUCCAGUUUGUUUAAACAUUCAGGUAUUAUGCAGAUUUAUUUUGAUGAUUCAAAUAUAAUUUCUACUUAUGUUUAGUCUCAGUUGGGCCUUUUUUGGGUACAUCAUUGCCAUACAUAAGAAGACAAUGGCUUCUAAUGAGAGAUUGGAACUAGUGAUGUUGCUGAGCCUCACCAUUAUUACCUGGUUUGUUAUAUGAAUUGGUCCAGCUGUCCAGUGAGCAGAUAUAUUACAAUAGAAUAGACUGUGUGGUGGAGGCACUUAGCCAACAUCCAGGCAAGUGAAUUGCUGCUGGUUGUUGAGGAAGAGACAGGCAAGGUGCAGGAAGGGUGGUGCAGUACUGAUAAACCAGAGGGAGUGUCGGAUUGACUGUACUAGUUUCAAGGGCGCCAACCUAAAUAAAAUAUUGGGUGGGGGCAAGUAAGCCCCACCCUGCAUAAUCAAUCACGUGAUGUGGUGCACACACACCAUUUGAAUGACAAUGCCCAUCAACUUUGCAUGGGCCUGACCCCCUCAAAUAUUUUAUGGGGGGGAUGAAGGUACCUCGGCCCCUCGCCGUUGGCUCCUAUGAGUGGUUUGAUUGUGCCACAGUGCCCUCUCCUUCCCCUCCUGGUAAACAGUAAUGACUCAUCACACCAUCCGCGACUAGUUAUGGAAUUAUGGUAAGAUUAAUAUAUUAUACUAGAAUAAGGGAAGGAAGACAGGGCUAGAACAGAUUUAUGUACAGACAGAAAUACGACACAUCUCACUCUAAUGAGGACGACUUUGACCAAAGGAUCUGAAUACCUGCUCAGUCUGCUGUUGAUGGCCAAAUUUAAGGCCCCUGGUCUCUGUCCUUAGGGUACUUUGUCUAUAAAUGGACCUUGGACUGAACAGCCCUACAAACAGAAGAAAGACUUCUGACAGCACUUCAAACAGAGAACUGUCCUCUGCGAAGGGGACAACCAAUCAAACAAUACGAACAAUUUGAGUGUUUCACUGUUUUCAGUUAAAGUCAUAGGCCUCAGUCAUAGCUUCAGUUCACAGCUGAUGAAAUACUUUAAAAUAUGGCAAUGUGAAAAGAUGUAAUGAACUUACAAGCCAACUUAUGACUUUUUCAAGUCAUAAACCUUACCCAUUUUCUCCCACAAUGUUGUGCAAAGGGAAGUUUACCCCUCACAACUUUGAACUGGACUGCGGGGUUUAAUUGGCUUAAUCAACUGAUUAAUCAACUAAAGCUUUGAUUAAUCAAUGGGGAACAAAUUUAAUCAGGGAGGAAUAGUUAAAUUGGCAAGGCUCCAAUUAAGGAUACAUUCCUGUUUGUUUGUUUUUUGAUGUAGUUUUGGCAUGUUACAGUAAUAGGGAAAAAACCAAAACCAAAAUAUGAAUAACAACAUGUUGCUAAAAUUAUUCAUUAAAUUAUUCUUACAUUCUUUUCAGUAUCUCAAAAAGGAACCCAUUUCCAGCCUUCUGUAAUAUGCAGAUUUAUAAUAAGGGAUGGUGAUCAAUCAUCUGAGCAUUCUUUAAUCAGCGGACAGUCCUAAUAAGUUCCUUACACAUCAUUGGAAUUCUCAGCCCACCAAUGUGAUGUCUGCAAUGCAGUGCACAUCACAAGCAGGUUCUUGAAAGGGAAACACAGACAAUUCAAAUCAUAUGGUUCAAAUCAUUUAUGAAAUGAAUCCUCUAGGAAUAAUUUCAGAUGUUGGAAACCUUUAGAAUAGCAAAAUAAAGAACAGAUUUACUAUGUUUUUCUGCCUCUCUCUUUCUCUCUCUCUGUAAAAUCAGUUAGCAGAUGCCCUGUUUCUCAUGCAGAAUACCAGAAGACUAUGAGGUUCCCUUCCCCCCUUUUGCCCAGAACUUCGUAUGAAUGGUGUCAUUUCUUAAUAAAUGAUGACAUAAAUCUUAAGGAUUAAAAUAUCAGUUCUGUCCCCUGUAGGGAUCUGCUUCUCCAUGCCCUAGUGUGGCUUGCCAGUUUGAAGAUUACCAGCACACUGAGCAAAGCAAGCAAAUGAAUUAAGCCCUUGCCAAAGAUGAACUUCUUUUGUAUUUUCAUUGACAGCAAAGGUUUUACUCCAAAGAAGAUGUUAGAUGAGGCUGGGCAGGCUUAGUUAAUUUUUUUUGAAAAGAGGAAGGAACAAAUAGCUCCUGGUGAAGUCUCUUUUCUUAUUUUCAUAGUGUAAUAAACUGCAGCCACAGCUGCAUGGGGUUUGAGGAGGCCCCUGAGCAAAGUGUCCUCUGCUGGGCCUCCUGCUCUGUCAUUGGCUUUUCAUAGGGGCUGCUAUGACAGUGAUCCAGGGAGCAUCAAGCAGCCCUUUACAUUUACAAGUAUGCCCCAGGGGGACACAAGGUCAGGAGGCUAGAACUCUCAUAAUGCUAGAACUUAAGGCCAUCCAAUGAAGCUGAAUGUUGGUAGAAUCAGACUGAAAGAAUGUCCUUCUUUACACAGCACAUUCAUGAAAUGAUGAGAUUUUCUCCCUGAAGAGGUAGUGAUGGCCACCACUUUGUAUGGCUUUAAAAGCGUAUUAGACAAAUUCAUGGAAGGUAGGAAUAUCAGUGGCUAUUUGCCAUGAUGGUUAUGUUCUGCUUCCACUAAGAGACAAGAUAAUAAUAGUUAUUUAUUAUUUAUACCCUGCCCAUCUGGCUGGUUUCCCCAGCCACUCUGGGCGGCUCACAGCGUAUAUCAGAACAUACUAAAACAUCAAAUAUUUAAAACUGCCUAAUACAGGGCUGCCAUCAGAUGUCUUCUAGAAGUCAGAUAGCUGCUUAUUUCCUUGGCAUCUGAAGGGAGGGGGUUCCACAGGGAGGGCGCCACUACCGAGAUGACUCUCUGCCUGGUUCCCUGUAAUUUUGCUUCUCACAGUGAGGGAACCAGCAGAAGACCCUUGGAGGAGGACCUCAGUGUCCAGGCUGAACGAUGGGGAAGGAGAUGCUCCUUCAGGUAUACUGGGCUGAGGCCUUUUAGGGCUUUAAAGGUCUGCUCAGAAAUGCACUGUGAGCCAAUGAAGAUCCUUUAGGAUCAGUGUUAUAUGGUUCUGGAGGCCACUCCCAGUCAUCAGUCUAGCUGCCACAUUCUGGUUUAGUUGUGGUUUCUGGGUAACCUUCAAAGGUAGCCCCACGUAGAGCGCAUUGCGGUACUCCAAGCAGGCGAUAACCAGAGCAUGCACUACUCUGGUGAGACAGCCUGCAGGCAGGUAGGUACUAUGAUACUUCUUGGUGUGCCAGACCAAUAAAUAAAUAGAUACAUGGAAAGGGUGGGGGAGGCAUCAGCAGUAGAAACUACUGGGCCAUUGGAGCCCUUGCAGUUGCUCAAGGAUACCAGGUGCUGAUCGCAGCAAUCAUAUCAUGGCUCAGUGAAGUAAUUUUUUUUAAAAAAACCCUUCUGGGUGACAGUGAAGGUCUAUCCAGUCCAGCAUCCUGUUUUGCACAGUGGUCAGUGGGAUACUUUAUGGAAACCUGCAGGCCAGCUGUGAAAUUGUUGGCCAACUACAAGUGCAUGAUUUUCAUAUAAACAUAUAAAACUGCCUUCCACCAAGUUUAGACAGCACUGGUUCACCUAGGCCAGUAUUUUGUUUUUUGUUUUUUAAACUGGCAGCAGCUCUCUGGGACUUUGGGCAAGUUAAAACAGCAACAACAAAAACUCCCGCUGCUUCAUUUCCUUUAGCUGAAGAUGCCUGGGACCAUGUUCUUUCUCUCUGAUCUGUGGUGCUGUGAAUCUUUUCCAAACUAAGAAUAUGCUCAUAUUAAAACUUAAUCUGCAUUCAGUGUGCUCCCACUGCUAGAUGUUGAAGCCACAGUCACGCAUUAGCCACAAUCCAUAUCAGUCCUGCAGUUUCUUGACAAAUGUUUGAUGCAUUUUUUUUUCUCAAACCAGUUUCAAUCUGACUAGAAAACUGGAUGCAGAGUAGGCAGUAGUAGGGACAUUUGAGAAAGCCAUUGCACAUGCAGAGAUCCUUGUGCACACACAGAUAACAGCUUCAUGGAAAUGAGUUCCAUGGGAGUGGGGAAACCAAUAAUGUACCUUGGAGGAAGACAUCUCUGCCCCUUCUCAGAUGUGAACACUGUACAAAUGAGGCUUGAAAUGCAGAUUGGGGAUGGGGGAUGACCUUGCUGUCUUUUAAGCUGCUAAUGUGAAGAUAUCCUAAUUUUCAACUAACAACAUGAGAUACAAUCCAUGUAGUAAGAAGGAUAAUAACCCAGGGUAUCCUAUUUGUGUGGAAACAUUUUAGGUCACCUCUAGGCUGUCAGUACUUUGUGAAAGGGAUUCAAGUGCAUACUGGAAAUUGAGGUUUAUGCAAUGAAAGUGGAUUAAAGAGCUCAGUCACAACAGUGCAACAAAUCCACUUAAAAACAACAACAACCUGCAUUUUUGCAGUUAGGAAAGUCACAGAGUAAUACAUUGCAAAAUGUGGGAUGAUCACUGAUUAAUGGGAAAACUUAUAAACACUCCACAAGCAAAUUAGAGUGUGUGCUCAUUGUUGUAUAAUCUCCCCGCAAACAAAUCAGGACAAAUGUGCAAUAAAGAUCAGACAUAGUCUAAUCCCCACAUCAAGUAAAUCAGGAUGAAUGCUCAAUGAACAGGCCAUCUGAAGGAGUUCUUAGGAUGUCAUCAUAUACCCAGUAACCCAGGAGGAAUUUAGGGUGGCCGCAUAUGUAUAGUCAAAAAAGUGUUACUACGUUACCAAAAGGUCAGAAGAGGACACAUAUCUGCAUGCUAUUGUAUUUCUACCACGGCAUUUGACCUCAUAGUAUUUAUCUGUGAAAAAAAUCUAUAUACUGCUUUUAAAUGUAAAAUGGUCAGGGCAGCUCACAAGAUACCAUUAGAAUACCAUUACAACAUGGUACCUUGCUUCUGAGUACACAGUCUUUGAGUAACCAAACUUAUUUGCACAUCUGGUUUUGAUGAAUCUGUUACACAUAUACUACAGAAGCUGACAAGUGGUUAACAAGGUUUGCAGCAGCACAGACCUCAAAGUCCAUGUUGGCCCUUUAAACUAGAGCUGGAUAUAUUAAGAACAAUAAUAAGGGAAUGGGUUGUUUUUUGCAUUUUCAUUCCUAAUUCAGGGGUGUGUGAAGGAGAGUGCACAACUUUGUGAGUCACAAAGCUUUGCCACCUUUCUGACUUGUGCACAGUUCUGUCAAUAUUUUAAGUACUUUAAUACAUAAGAAGUGAGACGUCAAUAGGACUAGCAGAUAUUUACAAAGAUAUUUGUAAAUGUUCACAUGCCUAGCUGCCUGCAAUUCCUUAAGAGACAUGGCUGAAUCUAUCAAUUUUGGUUUCUCUCAGUUUCCCAAAUUUGCAGUCUUAAAUUUGAUCCUCCAUAUUUCCACAUCAGUUUGUGUGUUUUUAAUUGUGAAAACAGUAACACUUUCUCCCAAAGAAUUCUGUGAGCUGUGGCUUUUAAGGGUGUUGAGGGUUGUUAGGAAACCCCCUAUUUCCCGCCCAAUUCUUAGAGUGGUUUACUAAUUAACCCAUCAUCACAGGGAACUCUGGAAAUGGUAGCUCUGGGAGGUGGAUAGGGAUCUUAGCACACUUAACAAACCAUGGUUCCCAGAAUCCUUUGGGGGGAAGCCAUGAUUGUUUAAGGAUCUAUCAUAGUGCUUUCAAUGUGUGGUGUGAAUGUGACCAUAGUGUGCUCAAAUCUCAUACAAGGCAACGGAGAAGGUUGGUGACCUGCUCUUAAGAUUCCUUGUGGCUGCAUUUGAGAAACUCUUUGCCUAGUGAACCUAAGUAUAACCUUAUCUUUUCUUUAUAUUUAUCUCUUUAGUCAGGUUUGAUAAGGACACGGGAGAAUGACUUCCUUAUAUCUCCAUUACCUCAACACCUAGCACAGGAACACCACUAUACGCCACCUGCCGGACACCACCCUCAUGUAUUGUACAAACGGACUGCUGAAGAGAAGGUGCACAAAGUAGAUUCCAAUCCCCAUCACUUCCCCCCUGGCCAUCACAGAAAUCACACUGCCCACAAGUCUCACAUCCAAGCUCACGGUUACCACCACGGAAGGUUUCAAAAGCAGCAUUUUUGUGGACGUCGCAAGAAAUGUAUGUAAGGAAACUUUCUAUCUCUUUUCUUGACGUAGUAGUUCUUAGAUUAUUAGGUGUUUGUUUUUUGCAGUGGUCUGCAGGCAUUGCUUUGGUGAUUGCUGCAUUUUUUUUAAAAAAUGUCCAAAUAAAAGAGAAUGAGCAGUGCCUCCCCCAAUCUGCACUAUACAUUUAAAGCCUUAUCGUACCAUUGUAAACAGUCCCUCCACCCAAGAAUCCUGUGUACUGUAGUCUGAAGUGUGUUAAGGGUGCUGAGUGUUGUUAGGAGACCACCAUUUCCCUUCCCAGAACUACAGUUUCUAGAGUUCCUGGGGAAGAGGAAUUGUUAAAUUACAUGUAGAAUUGGAGUGGAAUUGUGGCUGGUCUGAUGGGAAUUACAGUCCAAAACAUCUGGAAGGCACCAGGCUGGCAAAGACUGGCCUGCAUACAUAGCUUCCCAAAUCCAUAACUCUGGAUAAACAGAGGCUCUGGGCAUGUUGGCCUUAAGCAUCUAGAGUUCAAGGGGCAAGAGGCAACCACAAAUUCAUUUCUCCUAGAUUAAUCCAUGAUUAGGACUGCUUUGGAUAGCUUGUUUGCUUGCUUAUCCUCAUUAUGAACACCAAACCUGGAUGUAUUUGGCAAUCUUAUUAGGAAAGCAAACCUGAGUUACAAUGGGAAUUGAUUGCUGCAGCUUCGUCUGAGAUUCCUUGUUUUUUCUGGAUGUUAGUGUUCCCCAUUAGAGACCUAGCUAUUUAUUUGUGUGCUUUUCAUUUGCUUCAAUUUGAAAGAUGACUUUGUUGUAGUUUUUAAAAAGACUGUUUAGUUAAACCCACACUUGUAAUAGAUCAGCUUUAAAAAAUAAUAAUGGGGAAAAGAAAACUUUAGCAUUUACGGCAUAUGUGUAACAUUUGCCCCUUUUAACUUUCUUUAAUAAUUGCACUCAACAUGCAGCUUGUAUAGAAUCAGCAUUAGUCAGCAUUCUUUUCAAGCCACUUAUCCCAAGAUACAUAAUUACAGAGCAAGGCAUGCCAAGUGGAUCGUGUUUAGCAAGUCACGCUUUAGUAAAAUUCUUCCUCCAUUUUUUUGGUAACCCUUUUCUUCUUAAUAGUAACAGCAAAGACAAGACUAAUCUCAAGACAAGGUGGCCUGAGAAACUACUGUCUGCAUGCACUAAACAUAUAUAUUAUGUGAAGACCAUAUAAUCUCAUAUUCCCAGCUAAACAAAUGAAGUCAUGUGCUUUGUGGCUUGACUUCAAAAGGCAAGGGGACGGAAGUUUACUCACACAACUGAUCUUUCCCCAUGUUCUUCCUGCUGUUGCUCCCUUAGCCCCAACCCCACCCCCCAAAGCCUCUGUGCAGGAUUAGGGGAGGCAGUGGCAGCCUGAGGACCAGGCUAUGGAUCCCAGGACUGGGGUGCCUAAACAGCAGUGCUGCAUCAAUACCAGUCUUUUAUCUUUCCUAUCUUUCUAGAUAGUCAUGCUUGUUAUGUUCAUUUUUCAGAGUACUCUGUCUUUGGACCUUGUGAUUUCCUCUGCCACUCUCACCACCUAGAAAGAGGAAGGGAACAAAUGGAUCCAUUUGGGGGGGGGUGAGGAGAGAAAAGCACACCCAUUUGUUCCUUUCCAGUCACUUGAUGAGUGAAGGAGGGGAAAAAAGGAGACUGAGUUUGGUGUUUAUGCACAGGCAGGUGCACUGGAUUGGUCUGGUGCAGUUGUACUGCACUAACCUCCUCACUGCCUCACCCCUUUCCCUGCAGUAAACAGUAGUGACCCACAUGCCAGAAAGAUAGUGUAAUUGCUUCACGCCACCCAGCAACCUGCUUCUGGCUGGAGCCCAGUUCUCAAAUAAAGUAUGACAAGAUGAGGUGGGGGGGAGUAUGACAAGAUAGGGGAGUCAUCAUUAAAUCUACAGACCACCCCCUGACUACUUAACUUAGCUAAACCUUGCUUCCCCAAGUCAACUUCCAAAAUAGCAGCUAGCGGGGUAGUCAAAUAUGGUGAAUGUCAUCUUUGCCUCUCCAACCCUUUCCUGCUGCAGCUGCAGAACAGUAGCUUGUUGGCACAGCCAAAAGAUUUGGCCAGCUAGCUACAUUUGGAAAGAAUUUUGACACAGUUGUGGCCGGUUUCCAAGGGGGAAGCCUAUUUAUAUGGAGGCCGCAGUUGGUAGUGGGUUGCCACUGGUGGAUGAGUUCCAAAGGGAAAAUUCUGAAGGAGAGUAAGUUUCUUCCUUGAAAUAUGGCAAGAGUGAGGGACCUCUGGCAUGGACUAUUGCUUGUGGAUGUGUUUGUUCCUAGGUGAAAGGCUGAAGCAGCCUCUCUCCCCUCCCCCCCUCUCUCUGUGAUUGUCUCUCUCUGUGUUAGCCUGGUUUCCAAAUGAAAAGUGACAUGAUUAAUUGGCUGUACUCUUUACUGUACUUUUCUUUUGUAUUAAUAUGUUGUUCACUGCACUGGAGGCCUUUGGACCAAAAAGUGGGAUAUAAAUAAACCAUAACAUACCUUAUGGUAGAGCUUUUCUCCCCAAUGUGUCCAUUUUCUCUAUGCAGGUAUUUUACAUAUUUGUGAGCACCGAAACAUGUGGUUCCUACUUGCAGUUUGAAUAGAUAAGUAUAGUCAAGCAAAAGCUUCGUCUGGUACUACUGCUGAUCUCUACAGUACCUGAUUUGACCAGUCUUGUAACCCACUUCUUUGUCUAGCACAGAAUAGCUUGAGAAUGCUCAAAUGGCCCAAACAUUCUCUUGCCACAGUUUUUUUUGCAGUAGAAUACCAUAUGCAUGAUCAAGUGAAUGAAAAGCACAUUUUGUAGGGUUGUGCACUGGAUUCAGCUGACGCAGAAUGCCAAAAUCAAAUUGGGCCUAUUUGGGUCAAUCUGGGCUUUGGUCAAAUUGGAUUGAUAUAACCCUUGAUUGCUUCAGGUUGGGUCAGCUCACUUGGAACUAUCCAGAGCUGUCAAAAGGUGGGGCUGUCAGGCAAAACAGAUGGGAAGAGUAGCUGAAGCCCAUUUGUAUAAGCUGUAUGUACAUUACCAUAAUUGCUCCUUUGUAUCACUGUAGUACAUGGAAGUUUCUACUCUAAUCAAGACUAGUUCUAUUCAGCAAGGCUCUGCACAGAUACAGUAAAGAGACAUGGUAAAGAGCUUAUAGAUACAUCGAAUUCCAGGGUUUGAAGGAAGCAAAACCAAAGUUCAUUAAGGGUGGCCAUCUGCUUUAAGGCAUGGUCCUAGUCACACAGAUCUCCCCACACAGUUCAGGGUGCUACAAGCAGAGAUCAGGAACCAUUUGACUUCUGAACGGAUUGUAUCAGAUGACUCAAGCAACAGAGAAAAGUUAUACAGAAGGGAAAUAAUAAGCAGCUAAAGCAGCUAAAUGAUGGGAUGUCUGGAUUUAUAAAAUAAAGUAGUAUGAUAGACACACAUUUCUUAACUUAGGUGUAACAAUAGUUAUCUACCUGUCCCUAUAAUAAAACAUUGGGCACAGAAAUACUUUAUCUGGUGAGAGAAGCUAUGAAAAGUUCAAGGUGUUGAGUAAAAGGCUUUGGGUUGCAUCCAGCUAAGUUCUACUCAGACUUGACCCACCGAAAUUAAUGAGCCUUAGUCAUGUUCAUUAAUUUCAAUGGGUCAACUUUGAGUUGAACUAACAUUGGAUACAAUUCAAUGUUUCCCCUGCUGUAGAUACAAAUCCCAUGGUUGGCUCUGAGUCAUUUCACAAAUUAUGCAGAGGCAAGGGAGCUGCAGCCAAUCAGGAUUCCUAGUAAGUGCAUUUGCACAGUAGCUGUCCAAGCAGACAUGUACAGGCAUUCAUACUUAACAUUUUUAGGUGUGCUGUUAAAAUAAAUAAUGUCUACCAAGGGAUAGAGGAGAAAUUCAUUUCAUUUCACAUUGAAAGUUGAAUCUAAUUUGUAGUUUCAAAAACAGUAUAUGAACUACAUAGCCACUUGUCAAAAUUCACACUUCUCCAAAUUUUGCAAUACCGUAGGCCAGCCAAGCAGUGUGUACAAAAAUGCAUAUACUAAGGUAAAGUGUGCAUAAAAUGUCUGUAUUAAUAACAACAACAUGCAAAAUGCAUAAUAUGAGGGGAAACUGUUUUGUAAAAAUGUGUAUAUUAGGGAAAAUUGCACACAAGAGUGUUUAUAUUAAUUUGUACUGCAACGCUGACACAUUUUCAUGAGGAUUUUAAAAAUAAUCAAACAGAUCAGAAACAGAUGUGAAAAUGUGCAGGACUGAAUUUAAGAUUGGAAAAAAAUGAGAAAGUAGGAGAAAAUAAAAUUGACUGAUUCACCCAUCCUCAGAUGUAUCCUUGACAUGUCAUGAGUAAAGAGACCUGAGUGUAGGCUUCUGCAGCCCUUCAAAAUCUCAUGUGCCUAGAAGUGCAAGUACUGUAUGAUAAAGACACAGAAUCAUAGAAUCAUAGAGUUGGAAGGGAUCACAGGGUCAUCUAGUCCAACCCCCUGCUAUGCAGGAAACUUGAACCCACAACCGUGAGAUUAAGAGUCUCAUGCUUUACCAGCUAAGCUAGCCAGUUCAUCCACAAGCACAUACAAUUCAUUAUAGAAAGAAUGGCUCAUUGGUCAUCACACCUUCAACUCUCUUAAAAAUGCAUGGUUUCAACCCUCAUUUAGAAUCCUUUAUUUGAUGGAGGGGUUGAAACUUUGUCUGUUAGGAUAAAUUAGCAUGAACUAUACACAUCUGUUUUCAUUUGGUCCAGAAGGCAUUGUGCUUAUGGUCAGCAGGUUUCCUGCAACUUUAUUCCAAAGCAGUAACCAUAAUAUUGCUUGCUGUUGCAACAAUCCUAGCACAGUUUGCUUUGUGCAUGUGCUCUUGGGGCUGCUGCUGCUCUGAAGAUUGGUGUACAAUGCAGCCUGGGGUGUGUGGAAUCAUCAGUGGGCCACACACACAGUAUAGCUUUUUGAAUUGUUCCCUAGAUAUACAGGAGAAUGUGUGCGCGCACACGCACAUGCCCCAUAAGGAGAUAACAAAUAAUUAGGUAGAAAUUAGAAAUGUUUCCCAUAUAAGCAUGUGAAACUCAUUCUUUUCGAGAUAGAUUUUUUUCCUCUCUGUGACAUGUUGUAUUAAGUGUCUUUAAAAAGAAAAUUAACAAAGACGGACAAAUCAGGACUUAUUAAUGUAUUGAAAAGGACUCCCCAGCUAACAACCCAUUUUAAUCAGCAUUUGGCAUCUAUCACAAUAUCCUAGAUUCAUUCAGGGUUCUAGUCCCUCAACACUUUAGGACUGAGCUAAACUGGUCAUAAAGAAAGAAAAGUCAGUUCUGAGCAAUUUCCAAAUCUCUGCUCUGUUUCCUUUUAGACACACCUAAACCACCCACAGAGGACACAUUCAUCCUGUCUGAUGAAUAUCGGAGCUUGGCAAGGCUGAAAAGAUCCCCCAUUAAAAGUCAGAUGAGUGGAAGUUUGAAUGUUGAAACUCUAGUUGUGGCAGACAGGAAAAUGCUGGAGAAGCACAGCAAGGAGAAUGUGACUACGUACAUCUUGACAGUCAUGAACAUGGUAAGAAAGGGUAGUGCAGCUGAUGAAUCCUUUUUUACAGUACAAGAAGCCCUCAACUUGCACUUACUUUAGUUAGGCAGGUGGGGAAGUAAAAUUAAUAAAUGGAGAGACAGGGAAACCUACUGCUCUCUGCUCUCCAUUUCUUUAUCCCCCCCCCCAUCUGCGCACUCAGUGUGUUUUUCUCGUUUACUGGGAAGGGAGCUAGGAGGGUUCUGACAGCACCCCGGAACCCUUGCAACACCUUCUCAAAGCCUGGUAAGCUUGACAGCGCCUUCCUUACCAGCCUCUGCCACCUCACUUACUGGAACCACUUACCACAAUGUACAUUUUGAGAUGAGCUUCCUAGAAAAUUGUCAUUAGCUGGCAAUGCUACAAGCAUCUACUCAAGCUCCUUACAUACUGGGGCCAGUGUUAGGGGCUGGCAUGUUUGCGUGUCUAUUGAGCACCCACACCUUGGUACCAAGAGUCUCCUUGACCUGCUCAUUCCCUUCAUUGUUGCAACUUGCUUAAGCACUCUGGCCCCAACAGUGGUGGUGCUGAUGAUGAUAAGGAAGAACAGUAGAUGCUGCUGCCUGCAGUAGGCACUAUUCCAAUAACCUGUCCUGCUAAUGCAAGAUUUCAGCAAGAUUUCAGCAAGAGCAGUGGGAUUUUUCACCCUCUGUGCACCCUGCACCACCCCCAGAUUUGCUUCAUGUCAUGAAGCCUAUGAACACAGGGGUGGUCAGACGACAAGGUAGAGAUUGGGGAUUUGGAGGUGCCCAGCUUGGAAGAAGGUGCUGGAGGAUUGGAGUAUAGUAAUCAAGAACCUGGAGAAGAAUCUGACCUCAGGGAGGGCCAAAGUGGGGACCUGGACUGGGAGAAAGGGCCAAGCAGGUAGUCAGAAGAGCAACCCACCUUAAUAAUAAUAAUAAUAAUAAUAAUAAUAAUACCCCACCCAUCUGGCUGGGUUUCCACAGACACUCUGGGCCACUUAUAGUACAUAAAAAACAGUAAAACAUUAGACAUUAAAAAUUUUCUGAUACAGGGUUGCCUUCAGAUGUCUUCUAAAAGUCAGAUAGUUGUUUAUUUCCUUCACAUCUGAUGGGAGGGUGUUCCACAGGACAGUUGCCACUACUGAGAAGGCUCUCUGCCUGGUUCCCUGUAACUUUGCUUAUUGCAGUGAGGGAACCAGCAGAAGACCCUUGGAGGAGGACCUCUGUCCAGGCUGAAGGAUAGGGGAGGAGAUGCUCCAGUUAUACUGGGCUAAGGCCUUUUAGUUGUUUAGUUGUUUAUUUCCUUGACAUCUGAUGGGAGGGCGUUCCACAGUGCAGCUGCCACUACCGAGAAGGCCCUGUAACUUCACUUUUCACAAUGAGGGAACUGCUAGAAGGCCUUCGGAGCUGAACCAAAGUAAUCAGAUACCCUGAACACAAUAUCACUGCUGUUGGAGAGGGCCUUGGUGCCUCCCAUUAGUGGGAAGGGACCAUCCCUCUCAAGGGAGGCACCUAAGGAUAGUUUUGAUGGUGAGGUGCCCCAGUUGUCUCAGUGCCCCAGUUCACAAGGUCUCUGGCUUGAAGAGACCUUGUGAACUUUGUCUACUUGCAGGUAUGGCUGCUUGCUUGUCCAGUCCCAGGUCUGGGGGAAAUGACCACACAAAUAACUGUGUCUCCCUGCUCUUAAAAGGGGGAGCUCAGGGUGUGUGUCAAGUGUUGGAACAAUUUCUUUGUUUUUGCCUUGCCGUGUAUUGUAGAGUCCUACCAUGCCUUAGGAAUCUGUAACCUUCAGUUCAACCUUUGUUGGGACCCUGUCCUAUUUUUUGGAAUAAAGUUUACACCCAAGCUGAGAGUCUGAGUUUUGAGUUGGCAGUUUAGGGGCUGUGUGGUGUUAGAGGGAGAGAACAUUCUGUUGUGCAAGGAGAAUUCCUUGCGCUGACAGAAUGUUCGUCUUAGUGCUAUGUUGAAUACAACCCAAUUAUUCUAAUUUUAAUUGUAAACCAGUUUGGACAAGUAUUUUUGUGUUGGAAACGUGUGCACGCAUGUUAUCUUUUUUCUUUUUUUAAAAAAAAACCCAACAUAAAUGUGCACAAGUGAAUAGAUACAGUUGUGGGGGAGGGGCAAUAAUGGAGGGUGGCAGCAAGAAGGAGGGCGUUGAAACAAGGUAAACUUUCAGCAAAUGGAGUAUUCCCUCACCACCCUGCCAGUAUUUUUUUGGUUUGGCUGUGCUGACUAUAUGACUUCCAGAGCACAGAUGGAAAUGAGAGAAUCCUUGGCAGAGCUUUGGUUCAAAGCUGCCUGAUGGUCUUGUGUAGCAAAGAUAGAAUGAAAUAUAUGUAUGGAGAUGUGCUUUUCUUUCUUAAAUCAUUUCCUUUUUCACAGCAGUGCUUGGCCUGGUCCACGUAUGGCUUUUGUACUUGCAAGAAGCUGUGUCAUUUUAAAUUAAAGAACACAAUGGACUCAAACCCAAGGCCUUGUUUGAGUGAUUAAGCCUUGCUCCAGUGUGAGGAAGGAAAGAAGGUUAUGAACUUGCUCCUUCCUUCCCCUUCUGACCUCUCCCCUUGCUUAUGCUAGCAAGAGCAUUGCUCAGAAGUCUGAAUGCCUCCUUCUUUGGAAAUCAGUCCAGUCACCCUUCAUUAAUGAGGGACAGGGUACAGAUGGUUGGAUCUGAAGCUAAGGGCAGAGGGGAAGGAUGUGAAGGAAUACCACACUUGCUUUUUGUACUAGCUCAUAGUUUGUUUCCAGGCACAAUUCUUGCCCUAUGAAGUUCUAACCAGGGUCACAACAGUACUUUUUCACCUGCACUUGCUUCUAAUUCAUUUCCAGACCUAAUUCAAGGUUCUGGUGUUGACCUUUAAAGCCCUGACACCUGGGUAUGGAAUAGAACAGCUUCUCCCAUAAGUAACUACCCAGUGGUGUUUAACUGCACCUUGUGAUGUCAUUAAAUUGACACAAUAUGCUUAAUGUUAAUUUUCACUUCAAAUGAUGGGUUAUGAAGCUGGCUUGUUUUGCCAAACCAUAGUUAGCUGUGGUCACUGUUUAGGGGUUGAAUGCAACACUAAAGUGUGGUUAACAGAAAACAGAAGUGAAAGCUUCCUUUUGCCUCCUUAUGUGGCUGUGCCAGAAGAGGGGGAAAAGAGGGGGGCACAUGACCUUGGGGCUUGCUGUGGCUCAUUCAAUGUUCAGAUGUGACCAUUGGUAAGCAACUGGGCUGUGAACCUGGAAGAACCCCAGUUCAAAUUUUGGCACUGAAUCAUCAGGCUAUUGUAUUGAAGACAUUGGGCUGUCACUGCCAUUAAUGUUUGUCUGCAAAAAUGUUUAAGACUGAUGAUCCAAUUAAUUUCAUGUUGUGAAUUGCAUAGAAAUAUUUCCUGAAGGAUCAUGUCUUUGUAAAUUAAUAUGUCACCCAGCACAUCUGCAUUUAAUAUAGUACUUGUGAAGGGAUGGAUUAAAAACUUAUUUUCCUUUUGCUUACUGCUUGUUAUUUUCCUUUCUCUUUUGUUUGUGCUAACCUUCACAUAGGUAUCAAGUCUUUUUAAGGAUGGCACAAUUGGAAGUGACAUCAAUAUUGUAGUUGUGAGCCUUCUUCUUCUGGAACAGGAACCCGUAAGUGAUGUUUCAUCCGACUCAGAGAGGUUGUAUACAAGCUCAGUUCCGCAGAGGGGAUUCCAUAGGGGAAUUCUCAUGAUGUUGUAAAUCAUACAUAUGAACACGUGUCAUUUUUGUACUAUCAAUGAUUGAGGUUACAGUGUGCCCGGAAAGCAGGCACAGUGACAAGGCAGGCUUGUUGCCAUCUCAUUGCAUCUCUCUCUGGCAUGCACCCUCAGCUCAGCCCUACCACUCCUGCCUCACAUUUGCUGAGUGACAACAGCAAUCACCCACCCUGUUUCCAGGUUUAGAGGAGAAGGAGAUGCAGCUCACUGGCCUUGGAGCCAAUCCCUUUGGAAAAGUCUCUUCCCCCAUUCCUGGCCAACUGGGAUUUUGCUGCCCACCUAGCCUGCCACCCAGGUCAUACACGCCCUUGCUCCCUUGAUCUGGCCCUGUAGAUCUUUCCUCAUAAGACUUUCAUUGCCUUUGAAGCAUUCUUCCUUUUUCAGUUGCUAGUAGUAGAUUUCUUUUUCUUGUCUGUAGGGUGGACUGAUGAUCAACCACCAUGCAGACCAGUCAUUAAACAGCUUUUGCCAGUGGCAAUCAGCUCUGGUUGGAAAGAAUGGGAAGCGUCAUGACCACGCCAUCUUGCUUACUGGAUUUGAUAUAUGCUCCUGGAAGAAUGAACCAUGUGACACUUUAGGUAUGGGCAUAUUCUAUGGCAGCCUCCCCCAACGUUGUGUCAUCCACAUGUUUCCAGCUAUGGGGCUGAUGGACAUGAUGGAUGGUCUGGGAGGGGUGGCUUCCAAGGCAGGAAACCAUUUGCUAGGAUAUAUUAUAGGGUAUCACGGCUGAGAAAUGAACAUAUCUCACGUUGUGGUAGAUGCAAUCCAGCUGCAAAGUUAUGCCUGUUUUAAAAGCAUUGAGAGUUCCAGAGAGUUAAGGAAUCAUUACAACAAGAAGCUUUUAAAAUAAACUGAAAACAAUGAAAGAAACUUGAGAGGGAUAGCUUGGAAUAUGAUCUUUGCUUUGGUCAUGUUAUAAGGAAUCAAAGGAGGCACAUUGCCCAGGCUGUCCAAAAAACACAUAUGAGUUUCCCAAUUUUAAUGCCCGCCCCUCAACAACAUACUUACCUUCAUUGCUAAUCCAGUCCCAAAGGCAGCCCAGCACAAAUGAGUCAAUUUGAAAGUAGCAAGUUUAUAUGUCAGUCUUUCACAGUUUUCUACAGGAUUAUCUGAUCUGCAGCAUUUUGGACUCAGUGGUAUUGAAAUGAAGGAAAGGGUCUUCUGGAGGAUGGGCACUGUGCCUGGGGAAUCUUCAGUGCAGUCAGGUUGCUUUAGAUUUUUGAAAAUAUCUCUGGCCAAGGGCACUCUCAUUCUUUCUGGCUGACCUUCAGGAAAGAGCUGGCGCCCUUUUCCAGAAUAGCUUUCCUAACUGACGGGACUGUUGUUGAGUCAGCAGAGAAAAGGAGCCUGUGUUAGUUUUGUAGGCUAACUGCUGCAGACAGAAUGCAUUUUUCUUGGAUCGGGCCCAGCAUUGCCAUGUGCAUGUGAGUUUGCCUUGUGCAUUCUUCUACAUGACAAAGCUUAAAUGAGCACAAAAUCUUCCUAACACAAUCUAUGUUCUGAAUCUCUGUGAUGUUAUGCGGCAGAAUAAAGAUAUAAUGCCAUUCAACCAUCCUUUCCCUGGCAGGUUUUGCUCCAAUCAGUGGAAUGUGCAGUAAAUACCGCAGUUGUACAAUCAAUGAGGACACGGGGCUUGGUUUGGCAUUUACUAUUGCCCAUGAAUCUGGACACAAGUAAGCUAUUCCUCGUGAGUCUUUCCCUCCCUACAAGCUACUAAAAGACUGUUAUUAUUAUUACUAAAGACACAUACACACACUGCUUUGGCUGAUAUUUUAUUAUUAUGUUUGAUAGAAGAUGAUGACCUUGCUGAUCCAGCAGUGUUCCAUCAUUACAACUGUUAUCUAAUGCAGUGCUAAGUACCAUCAGUGAAAGGAUUUCUGUUCCACAAUGGGACUUUCUCCCCUCUUAUCCAACUAUGCACAUCCCAUGCCCUCCCCAAACCUGCUCUAGAGUGUUGGGGAAAACUUCAAAAGAGAUUUAGGGCAGAUUUCAUAUUGCAGCUGAUCCCUAGUGGGAUUUACAAUCUGUGCUGAUCAGCUGACUGGGACCUACAGAAAGCCCCUGUAGAGGAAGAUCUUUUCCAUCAUGGCGUGAAUUUAAACUGGCAACUCCAAAGGUAGAGCUGGGAGCAAUUAGCAUUUUUUAAAAAUGCUAAAAAUUCUUCAGCAUUUCAGUGUAAAUUUAUUUUAAGAAAUAGUUUUGUAUGUGAUUUUGACUGAUGCACACAUUUUUGCAAACAACUCCAAAUAUAAGGCAUUUUUGUAUGCUAUUUUUGUUAGUUUUAAUGCAUAUUUUUGCCUAAGAUAUGCAUUUUUUGUACAUUAUUUGGCGUUUAGAGAACUGCAUCACAAAAUUUAGAGAAUUGUGAAUUUCAAAGGAUAUCUGUGUUUCAGUUCUCACACUGUUUCAGCUUUGAGAGAUUCACCUUUAAAAGUGAAGUGAAUUAAAUUUCUCCCCCAUCCCUAGCCUAAACCCGCUGGAGGGUUCAGGAUCUGAGGUUUUGGGUGAUUUAGUUACAUUUGCAUUUUAAUCAACUAUCUUACAUUUGAUCUUUAAAAUCAACUAUUUGCUACCUGAACUUUUGAGAUGAGGGAUUGAUGAAUGUUGCAUAUAUAUAUAUAUAUAUAUAUAUAUAUAUAUAUAUGUGAAUGUUUGCUAUGACAUUGCGUUCCCAAGGUAUCAGUUGCAGGCUAACCGUGGCUUUGAGCACGGAGGCAGAAUUAAAUCCAGAAUUUCUUUUGUUCAGGAAUCUGUAUGAAAACACAUCCUGCACAGAAGCUCCUCAUUGUUGGCUUGACAGUUCCAUUCAGCUUGUCCCCUUUUGUCAAUGGGCAUGCUGCUGUCAUCCCAUUCACUUGCUACAUGGAUCUCUGAUUCUGCAUGACUGCUUGGAGCUAUUCAGUUCUCAUUGUGUAAAUAUACUGUAGAGCAUUGACUGUGACCUCAUGGCUAUAUGAGUGGUCCUUUUGCAGGUCCAUCUGAAAGGAAAUGAGGAAUUAAAGGCUAAUCCUAAACCUAGUGGUAACUUUGUCAGGGAUUUCACUGGGGGGAAACAGGAACAAAUAUCUGAUGCAAUUCAGAACUAUAUCUUUCAGGCUAUGUAUAGAUGUACAUAAUUGUGCUGGUGGGAUUGAGAAGGAAGCACAUUGUUAGUGGUUCAUAACCUUCUUCCUAGGAUCAGGUUCCCCUGUUGGAAAAGUCUGUUUUGCUCAUAACUGAUUGGCUGGACAUUGCGUCAGCCAUGAAGAAAUGUUACACCUCUUCUCAGAGCAGUACAACACAUAGCACAGAUUGGCUUGUCUUUCCAUCCGUCACGAAAUCUCCUUUCUCCCCAACAUAGGUGCCAUCUCACACUGAAGAUUGUGGGUGCCUGCAACAAAGGGCUUCAACUUUGCCCAUUGACUUUGUGGGGGCAUAGAGGGAAAUGUGGGUGGAGCCAGAAGCAAAAGCAAGUAGAGCAACAGAUAGGAACACAGAAGCUUAUACUGAGUCACACCAUUGGUCUCUUUAGCCAAGUAUUGUCAACCUUGACUGGCAGUGGCACUCCACAGUUUCAGACAGGGGCCCUUUCCAGACCUGUCUGGAGGUGCUGGGGAUUUUCUGCAUGCAAGGCAGAUGCACUACCAGUAAACUUCAUCUCUUCCUUUGUACAUACCAGACAUGCAAAAGUCAGAGGCUUCCAUGCCCAUCCACCAUGCAAACAGUUUAAGGACAUAUUCCUACCAAGCAAAAGCACUCAAGGAGAGUACAGAAAGUGUUGGUGAGGGGUAUGACCUGGGAAGAGAGAAAGAGACAGGCAGGGAAGGGGCCUGGGGAGAGUCCUAGGAGCCAGACAAAGAGGGAAUGCUAUACUUUCUCCUGAGGUUCCUGGCUUCUGCUGUAUUGGAAUUAACUCCUUAAGAGAAUGCUGCUGUGAUGCUCUCUUGUAGAAGCCCUAUAGAAAUUAAAUAGGAGCAGUGCAAGAGGACACCUACUAGAACCUGAUUGAUUGUGCCCAGAGAAAAUAAGUAGAUAAAGCUGGGUAAUAAGCACACAUUUUUGCAUCUUACAUUCUUCUUCUAUUUAUCUUUAAGUAAUAUAGAUCAUUUGUCAUUCCCUUUAGGAGUUGUUUCUUCUUCUUCUUCUUCUUCUUCUUCUUCUUCUUCUUCUUCUUCUUCUUCCUAUUAUAACCUUCCUUUUUCAGCUUGGCAUAUGAAUGCUGAUAUCCGGACAGGAAGGAUUUAUGAAAUGCCUUCCAAAAAAAGUAUCUUGGAAAGACUGCAAUUCUUUCAUUUGGCAAUAACUGCUAGAAAUUUCUUCCAUUGUCAUUUGUCCAAGCGUGUGCCUUUUCAGCUGUAUAAUAUAGGAAAUUGGCAGCAAUGGCCUUCGGAUGCCUAGAGGCAGAUGAUCCUUAGAAGUGUUGCCUAAUGAUCCUAUUAGCAGUCAGAUAGUAAUUAUAGAUGGGAGGGAACAUUUCAAACAAUUAUAGGAUUUUUUGUCAAAUAAAUCGUUUAAAGUUUGAUGGAACUUCCUUCCCUACAAAAUGAAGGAUACCACAGCUUAGCUCAAGUUUAAUUACAAAAGCCAGAGGCUUUAAAGCUGGAAAUCUGGAGGAAACUAGACCUGACAGUUAAACUUCCACAACUUGAACAUAAAGUCACAUAAAAAGAUACAACUGGUGCUUGAUUCAAACACCACUUUUGCUUUUUAAAUCAGAUCCCAUUUCCCCGUUUUGCAUACAUGGCCUGGUUUUGUGUUUAAAGAUAUGGGAUUGAAUCCAAAGGCUCCCUUUCUCUGACAUAUGGAGUCUUCUCCCCUCAUAGAAGGAGACUUUCCAUCAGAUAGAGUCAUUCCAUCAGAUGAAGACUCCUGCUUCCAUUGACCCUUUGGAACCAACCUGUUCUACUUUUGGUUUCAUACCUAGUUUGGCCCUUUGUGAAAUGAUGAGUGACACAUCUACAAUCUAAGGUUUACAGGCCCUUUAUCAUUUUGGUCGUCCUCCUCUGCACACAUUCCAACUUAUCAACCAACCAACCAACCAACCAACCAAACCAACUGCAUUCUGUAUCAAUUGUCAUUUCCAAGUGCUUACCCAUGUGGAGCACUCAUGAUGUAGUCUAAUAAUUUGCAUUACCACAACAUUGCCAUAUCAUUUGUCCUUACACAUUGUGAAGGCCUCUGCUUUUGUUUUUGUUUUAUCUUGGAACUUUCUAGUUUUGGCAUGAUUCAUGAUGGAGAAGGGAAUCCUUGCAGAAAAGCUGAAGGUAACAUUAUGUCUCCCACCCUCACGGGAAACAAUGGAGUGUUUUCGUGGUCAGUAUGCAGCCGGCAGUAUCUCAACAAAUUUCUCAGGUAGGCUUCAGCUUGGAAGGGCAUCUUUAUGUUUUCUGAUCCUGAGGAAGAUAGCCUUGAAAAGUAAAACCCUACUGGAGCAUAGUGAAUCAAGUGAUUAGCAUCACAUUGAGCAGGAUAGUGGGGUCACAGCUACUAGCUGAAUGUCGCAGUUGGUCCUAUUCCUUACUGACAUGGGCAUAGCCCGGGGGGGGGGAGGGAGCAGCUGUCCCCCAAUCAAUAAAACAAUAAAAAUCAAUACAAAUCUGAGGUUCUGUCCCCCAACAAAAGCCUGCCCCCCCUAAGAAAAGCCUGCAGCCUAACAAAAAUCCUGGCUACAUGCCAGUGGUGGGUGGGGCCAGUUUUGUACAGGUAGCUAGUUUCUACAUAAACUCACAUGCUGUUCAGCCAAGCAAGUAAAAGGCAUUAAAUUAAAUUAUUAAAUUAAAAUAAAAUAAAAUAACACGGAAACUUAUUUAGACAGGAAUAAUGAAAUGUUUAAAAGUAAGUGGGACUUGCAAGUCUGUUGGAGUACAUUAUGAUAUAUACUGCCCGCCCAUAUGUGAAAGUAUUUGUUAAAACUCAACAAUAUAUUGCUGUACUCAUGAUGCAAUUUACUGCCCUCCCUACACAGUUUCCCCUCUCUCUUUUCUUUCUUCUUUUAAUUUCUGUAUCCCCCCUUUUCUUAUAAUUUUAAAACUUCAAUCAAAAUUAUAUGGAAAAAUAAAGUAAUAUUUAGAUACAUAUUCUUAGAGACGUAAAUAAAAAAUAAUAAAACCAGACUAAUACAGAAACAGACCAGAAUAGAAUUAUGGGUGAAAACAUGUGGACGUGAUUUGAGCUAGAAAUAAUUAAGUCCCUUGAUCUCCUUAUCUAAGUCUCCCAUUUCAAUUACUGUGUUGUUUUAAUUGGAUUGCUUUAUUGUAUAUUUAAUUGCAAAUAUUUCUAUUUUAAUGUUUUAGUGGGACUGUCAUUUUGUGAAUUUUAAUGAUGGAUCUCCAUAUUUUAAUGUUUUUUUUAAUUCUUGUAAACCGCUUAGACCACCACAUGUGAUAAAAAGACCCUAAGCAAAUGUAUUCUUAACAGAUGCUUCCCUUCCUUCCCUUCAGUACUGCUCAAGCAGCUUGCCUGAUAGAUGAACCCAAACAAGCCGGACAAUACAAAUACCCCGAUAAGCUCCCAGGACAGAUCUAUGAUGCUGACACCCAGUGCAAAUGGCAAUUUGGAGCAAAAGCAAAACUCUGCAAUCUGAGUUUUGUAAAGGUACGAGAUUCGCAUCUUCCAGACAGACGUUAGAACUUGCACUGAGGAAUAGCAAUGAAUUAUAAAUGGGAAGAUUAUGAAUGAGUGGAGGGGUUCCAAUGAGCUCCAGGGUCUGCACUGUUUCUAAAUCUUAAAUAAUUUGGCAAAGCCAUUGCUUGCUUUGAAGGUGUUGGCUUGGAUGGAAGUCAAGGUGGUCCAGCAUAGCUGCAGGGAGAGAUUGUGCUUACAGGAUGCAGAAUCUAAUUGCAAUGCACAGGGGGUGGGGGGUGGAUAGAGGCACAAGGGGAUGCCCAAGCUUCACUGUACUUUUAAGAAUAUUUUAGUGUGAUUUCUUGCCUAAGAUGGAACUAGGCCGAUCAGUUUUUUAAGCAGUGCAUAGUUGUAGCAGUGAAAGGGAUGUUACAGAUAUGCUUGCAAACUGCAUAGCGCAAUCCAGGUCUAAAAUGGCAUUACCUGUUGUAGUAACGCUACUAUUGCUACUAGAAGUGAUAAUAAUUACAUUUGUAAAGCACUUUCAAGUCUAGAAAGCUCUUCCCAUGCAAUAGCUAGAUGACAAAAGAAAGUACUUUUCCAUGCAGUGCAUAAACUAUGGCAUUCACUCCUGCAAGAGGUAGCCACCUACUAGGAUGGUUUUAAAAGAGGAUUAGACAAAUUUGUGGAAGAUAAGGCUAUUGGGGCUCCUAGCCACAAUGGUUAUAUUCAAGCUCCAUUGUUGUAGGCACUAUGCUUCUGAAUAUAGUGGUACCUUGCGUUAUGAACUUAAUUUGCUCUGGAGGUCCAUUCUUAACCAGAAACUGUUCUCACCACUUUAGCUAAUGGGGCAUCCCGCUGCCGCCAUGUCACUGGCGCACAAUUUCUGUUCUCAUCCUGGGGCAAAGUUCUCAACCUGAGGUACUACUUCCGGGUUAGCAGAGUUUGUAACCCGAAGUGUUUGUAACCUGAAGCAUUUGUAACCUGAGGUACCACUGUCCCAGUUUCUGGCAGAGCUUGGUCGAGCUCAGCUCCAGCUUUUGGGCUUCUCAUAGGCAUGGUCAGCUGCUGUGAGAACAGGAUGCUGGACUAGAUGGGUCAUUGGCCUGAUCCAUCAAAGCUCAUAUGUUCUAAUUCUUGCAAGAACCCUAUAUCAGAGAUCGGGGACUGAGGGUGUGAGAGAGAGGGGCUUUGUCUCAAGGCCACCUAGUGAUUUCAUGGCAGAGAUGGAAUUUGAAUCAGGAAAUUCCUGAUUCACAACUCAGUUUUUUAGCCACUAUGCUACUCCCAUGCUUAGGUUUGAGUUCUCAUUUAAUUAAUAAAGCAGUCAAUAAGAUGCAAAAACCUUUAAUUAAGCACAACUUCAUUAAAUUGAUUAAUCUUUUACAUAUACUUGGGUUUAGGAAAAAAAAGAGUUAAAAACUAGUUAUGAGCAGAGGGGAACAGUUGCAGCCUCUUAUUGCACCAGGAUUCCAACAUCUCUUUAGUUCCAGUUUAAUUUUCUGUAAAUCCAUAUUUAGUUUUCCCUUGAAAGAAUUUCAAAAAUAUACCUCUGGAUUCUGAACUUAAUACCCAUUCCACGAUUUCAAGUUACUGCUUGGAAAACAUGCUUGAAACAAGCAACAUCUGCUGAGCAAUUCUUGUUGAGGCAGAUUCUAGAGCCUCAAGAUUCUAGAGCCUCAAGUACAGUCAUCAAGUACCGCUUGUGACACCUGUAAGCAAAGUUUAUACGUAUAUAAGAUAGCAUCGUGACAAUUCACAAAUUAAUUAUUGGCAGUAACACGAUAUUGCUGGUUUUCCUAUGCUAACACUGGUUGUUAGAGAUUUAAAACCUUGGUCUCAAUUGAUUCCUAAAUGAAUAGAAUCAAAUCAAAUCUAACAGCUGACACAGGCACUGAGAGGUGACCAGCAGUAGGUGGGAAAAGGAAGGCAAUAAGAGCAUACUAGGCAAAGUCAAAGACUGAUAUGAAAGAGUAAAUGCAUCUAUGAAAGGAGAGGAAGAGAACACAGGAUGCCAGGGGGCGGGGAGAGGCGUACAGUUUCAUGCUUUUAGACAGAGUGGAGGAAAUGGAGUGAUAAAAGAGAGCUAGGGAAGAGGAGCAUGCAGUAUUUGAGGCAAGCCACAACAAGACGUAGGGGACAGAGUUUUGGCAGCUAUAAUGGGGAGGAAGGGGUGGAUCUUGUUAAUUUCAAGGAGGGAGAAGCAGAAGCCUUUGCUGCAGCUUGAAUUGUUAAGAGGCAGGUGGGCAAAGGACAGGGUAUGGAAUCCAAAAUAGCCAUGAGGGGAUUUGUUUAGGAAACCAGUUGGAUAGUAAUGUUGAUGAAAGAGAAGCAGCAGAACAAUAAUAAUAUGAGUCAAGCAUGCAUUUGGAUCAGACUGGUGCACAAGUUGGGGAAAGCUUUUCAGGAGAGCAUAAGAAUAAGCCUGUUAGAUCAGACCAAUGGCCCAUCCAGUCCAGCAUUCUGUUCUCAUAGUGGUCAACAAGAUGUGUAUAGGAAGCACAAAAAGAAGACCUAAGCACGAGAGCACCACUGGAGCUUUCCAGACUAGAGCUUUCCAGAUGAAGGGCUCCUUGGACCCAUUCUUAUACCCCAGUAGCAGAGUGAGUGCUCUUUCCUCAAGGCCUUCUGCCCCCAAAUUAUACCUUGAUGGCACUACUGUAGAGGAGGAAAAGUUGGGAAAGUAAGUUCGUAUACAAUACAGGUUGGUUCACAUAUCCUUAGUGACAGCAGCAGCAUGGGAAGACUUGAAGUUGACUAAAUGAGUUAUCAAAGAUCUAAGACUACAGAAAGAACCUGUGACAAUUACAAUGCAUUUCAAAGCAGACAGUUCAAAGAAAAUGGACACAAACGAUGAUGCGUUGUGGGUGGGGGGGUAAGAGUCAUCUGCAUGUAUGUGUGAAUAUUCUAGAUUUCUCAAAGAUUUGAGUUUGUUGAUUUUAUUGGGUUUUUGUUUGUUUGUUUGUUUGUUUUUUGUUAUCUGUCAUUAACAUUGAAUGGAGAAAAAUGAAAUGAAACUGUAAUAACAAAACAGUACACAAGCACCUAUAUAAAUCUCAGGCCUCUCAUUCACAUCAGAAUAGACAAGUUGGAUUUUUCCAGUCAGGAAAGACUGAGAUUAAUGGGAGUCUCUUCUUCUUCUUAUAAAUUUCAGGAUAUCUGUAAAUCACUGUGGUGCCAUAAAGUAGGCCAUCGAUGUGAGACAAAGUUUAUGCCAGCCGCAGAAGGAACACCCUGUGGGAUAGGCAUGGUAAGUUACUAAGGCUGCAAAAGUGGGGGAAGGGCCAAAGCUCAGUGGUAGAGAACCUGCUUUGCAUGCAGAAGGUCCCACCCAAGAAUUUCCAAGCAGAGCCAGAGGAGCUCCUUCUCUGAAACCCUGGAGAUCCGAUGCCAGUCAAUAUAGACAGUACUGAGGCUGACCAACCAAUUUAGCACGAGGCAGCUUCCUAUGUUCUGAAAAGGCAUAUGCACAUAAAAUCCACUGUGUAUUGUCCUCAACAGUGUUAUAAACAUCCCAGAUGAGAUCUAGGAAUGGCACACACAUUCUGCAUCUAGGCACAUUGAAUUGUACGUGUGUGCCCACCCUAAUGUAUUAUUAUACCCAGUGACGGCUGGUACCCAUUGCCACUGGUAGGGCAGAAAGCUGGGAGCCCAAAUGGUAGGUGGAGCCAGAGCCAAUGACAGGCAGAGUCAACUAAUUCUAGCUUCGUCCCUAUCCUCCCCCUUCCUGAGUUCUACAACAGGCAACACUGAGAUUAAGGAGGAGGAAGUUGACUGCCAGAAACACCUCCUGGACUGGUUGUAGAAAGGAAGCAGGUGAGGGCCGGCUGAGGACAGACUGAGGCUGAUGGAGCAAUUAUUUUAAAUUUCUAUAUUGCCCUUCACCUGAGGAUCACAGGCCAGUUUACAAUGCCUCAUUCUCCCAAAGCAGGGGUUGGCAAGGUUUACCAGCCAUGGGCUGGAUCACUCCCAUAGAGAUCGUCCGUGGGCCGGACUGGCACAGCGCGACACCAGAAAUUGCUUCUGCGCAUGCCCGCGGCUCCAAAAAUUACUUCUGCACAUGCCCAGAUGCCAAAAAUUGCGCCUGCACAGAAGCUAUUUUCAGCAUCUGGACAUGCGCAGAUGUGAUUUCCGGUAUCUGCACGUGCGCAAACGCUAUUUCCCGUGCAGCCUGGUGAGUCCCUGCACCACACUGCGCCGGUUUAGCGUAGCACGCAUGGAACCCACCGAGCUGGCGGCUUGGUCCGGUCGCAGCUCAUGGGCUGGUAAAAUGGUCUUCAUGGGCCACAUCUGGCUCAUGGACCACACGUUGCCGACCCCUGUCCCAAAGGAACCAACCUCCAUUGGUUAUAGCUCACAUGGGACUGUUUUGACCUUAAAGGUAGGAUAGGGACAAUGGUUGGGAAGGGAGAGGAGGUGCAUUCACUCAGAUCUCUGCCACUAAUUCCAGUUCCCCCAUUUUCUUGCCACCUACUCUUUGCCUUAGCUUCCUUUCCACUCUAGUGAUUCAUAACUGAUUAUAACUGGUUCUUUUUCCAACCUUACCCAGCCAUCCUGGUAGAUACUGACAAAGCAUUGGUUUUCUACAUUAUCUCCUACAGUGGUGUCGAAGAGGUCAAUGUGUACAAUAUGGAGACCAUGGUCCCAAGCCUGUUAAUGGCCAGUGGUCUAUGUGGUCUGAGUGGUCCAGUUGCUCUCGGACCUGUGGGGGUGGAGUCACGUACCAAGAGAGACACUGCAAUAAUCCAAAGUAAGACAUUGAUAUGAAAAGGUAUUAUUUUUUAUCAUUAUUUGUAUCCUAACCAGAAAGGUGGCAAAGUAAAUAUUUGUGUUCAGUUUACAUACGCACACCCACACACCCCUUUAUAAUGUUUAUGGACUGGAUUCAACCAAAUUUGAAUGUUUUGAAUGUUAAAAUUUUUAAAGAGCAUAGGGAAGGGAAGGCUCAGGAACAUAGGAAACUGAUUUAUACGAAGCCCAGACUGUUUGUCUUUCUAGUUCAGUAUUCCCAUACUGACUGGCAGUGGCUCUCCACAGUUUCAGAGAGUGGUCCUUCCCUACCUGGAGACAUCAUUAGAUUUACCACUGAGCUAUGGCCUUCCCCAAAGGUAUUAGGUUGAAAACAUAGAAUUCCCCCAUCAGACCUUUCCAGUAAACAUGGGAAAUUGGGGUGAAGGGGGUGGUGCACAUUUAUAACACCUGACAUCUGGAGGACCACAGAUUCCUUCACAUCAAUUCCUUAGCAAAAGAAUAAUGUCAAGUGAUUCAUUUUUUUAAAAAAUGACACAGCCUCACAAGAUAAUUCUGAAGAAGGUAUCUCUUAACUGUGGAGUCUCAACUAAAUUGAGUGUGUGACAUAUUUCAUUCAGAGCUGAAUGCUGUUUCUCAUGCUGCGUCAGCUAUGUAUGGAGAGGAUUGCAGUAGAUUGCAUUUCAUUUAUGGAUUAUGAGGGUUCUGGUAUGAGCACCUGCUCCAAUGUCUGAUGUUGGUUGAUCCCUCUUUCUAGUGAUAAUUCACCUAGAGCUGAAAGAAGUAGAUCUUAAACCCUAUCAGGAUUAUGGCAUGUCCAGACAACUCUAAUUUUGGCUAGUUAGUUAUUUGUUUGCAUGUUACACAUAUUCAGCUCUCUCUUCAAAUUAGGCUUGCAGCCAGGCAAUAUAGAGGAUUAUAUAAAGCUAAGAUCUGCUUAGCUUUAGCUCUAGGAUUGUAGGGCAGUUCUCACAACAUAUCCCCUACAAUGCUCAAGUGGAGCCUAGAGAGAAGGAAGAUCACCCCUGCUGUCCCAUUGUUGAUCUCUGCAUAUUGUAAGCUUGUUCAGGCAUUAUACUUAUACAGGUACAAGCUGUAUGUAAUGCUGUGUGAAAGAGUGUACUCACAUUGAUUUGUACAGCUACACAUGAACAUAGUGCACUCAUUGAAUGUUACAUGUAUAUAGCUCAACUAUUUGUGUACACAAGUACACAGAUUACACAGUCAUUAAAUGCAAUGUGUGAACAUACGUUAGCACAGGCUUCCUCAACCUCGGCCCUCUGGAUAUUUUGAGACUACAGUUCCCAUCAUCCCUGACCACUGCUCCUGCUAGCUAGGGAUCAUGGGAGUUGUAGGCCAAAAACAUCUGUAGGGCCGAGGUUGAGGAAGCCUGCGUUAGCACAUGCCACAUGUUCAGAACACUGCAUUCUGCAAGAUCACUGAUCAAACAUUUUGCAGGAUCUCUGAGCAUACAGAGAUGAUCAAAACAUGGUGUCUGGGGGACAGGGACACUGGACUCAAUCUGGUUUCCUCCCUCCACAUGUAGAUCAGACAUAGAUAUGUUAUAUGACCAGUGGACCCCUGCCAUGGAAUUAUUGUGAAAAGCCAAAUUCAUGGUGGAAAUAUUUGUUGUGGACAUGAAACUUCAGUAUUAUCUUGAAUCAUUGAAUCUCAACCUCCUAAUCAUAAAAUGAGUACAAAAUGCAUCAAGCUUUUGAAGUCAAAUGCCACUGAGAGAUAGAAUCAUCACUCCAUUGAGUUAUGGUGGUGGCAGAAAAUUAAUAUUGCCAUAUACUUGGUAGGAACCUUUUAAUCUUUUUUUGUGCCAUAAUGAUUCAUUAGCAUUCGUGGAAGGCUCACCUGGCACCUCUGUUACUUAUCUUUAGGUGUCAGGCAAAAAUAUUCCUAUUCUCUCAGGCCUUUGGCUAAUUAAAGAAUCUAUGGGCUUUUAAACUGUAAGCAGAGGAAGGGGGUAUUGUUUUUGUUUGUUACUAUGUAAUGUCUUUUUGUGUUUCUAUAUUGUAAACUGCUCUAUGAUCCUCGGAUGAAGGGUGGUAUGGAAAAGUCCAAAUAAAUCAAUAAAUCUUAUUAUUCUGUUUUGUCCAGUUAGUACAUACUAUGGAGUUCAUUGCAUGUACAGUCAGACAAUCCUAGUUCCAUUGAUUCCUACCACAUGGUGACCACAUGGCUCCUAUUGUGGGGCUGUUGUCUAAGCCUACCAUUUCUCAUAACCUUUUGUGUUUAAAGUUAUGAUUCUAGCUUUUUUCCCCUGGCAUAAUCAGCAAUUUUAUCAUUAGAAUGUACAAUAUAAAUGGAAUGCGUUGAGCUUGUAAGAAAAUUGGCCCUGGUAUUCUGAACAUCUCAUGGCAUUAGAUACGACCUUACAGCACCAAACACCUUUGGAGGUCAUCCACAGUACAACAGAACUAUGCAGAUUUGCUAAAAUCAUUAUGUUUGUACAAGCUGCUGUAGUGUAAAUUCGUGGAUCUGUUUCCCAUACAUCAUAACAUUUUACAAUCGAGAUAUUUUUCUCUGAGAAAGAAAUAGAUUACAUAAUUUAAUAGCUUGGCUGUAAAGAACAUGAAGAGAGCCCAGGAGACAAACGUUCAUAGUAACUCAUAUAUGUAGGAUUGAGUCUUACCUGCUGCAUAAUAGUGUAUUGUUCACAAAAAUAUUAGAAUGCAAUUUUAGAUGUGCUUGUACUUUAAAAAAAAAAUCUACCAAAGCAACAAAAUAGCUUCAACAUAUGUACUUUUUAUUUGCUGCAUGCUGUAGCUUGAUGAGUGAUCAGGAGGGCUGCAAAUGAAAUUGGAGUGUACAACUAAAAACAGUAAUUAGUCUAAUACUGGAGGGAUGGCGCAAGCAUGGAAUUCCAUAAACCUUUGACUAUACAGAAAAUAUAGAGCUUUAAUAGUCCAGGCAUGACCAUGCUUACUUUGAAGAGGUGUGACUUUAAUAGACCAUAAGAAUGUAAGCAGGGGCCUAGCGGGUGAAACCGAAGGCCCAUCUAGUCUAGCAUCUUGUUUCACACAGACUCCAGCCAAAAGCUUCUAGCAAGUUCUCAAGCAAUGCAACACAAUAGCAAUAGGCUCCCCCCAAUGUCUCUUUCCCUCCCCACAUCAUCAACUGGUAUUCAUAGAUUUACUGAUUGUGAACCUGGAGGAAGCUCCAUUCACCUCUUGGAACUAAGAGGCACUGACAGAUCUGUGCCCCUCUUUAGUUGUUAAAGUCCCAUUUGAAGCCAUCCUAAGUAUAGGACUUUAACAAAUACACAGAAUUUAACAAAUUCUAGACAGAAUUUAGUUCCAUUUAAUUCAGUUGUGCUUGCUCCCAGCUAAAUGUACGUAGGACUGCAGCCUAAGCUCCUAUCUUGUUUAUUAAUUCAACUUACAUUAUUUCUAACAUUUAUAUCCCGCCUUUCCAAUGAGAAGAUCAAAGUGGCACCCCUCUCCCCAUUUUGUUUUCACAACAACACUGUGAUAUAGUUAGACAUGUCAACCAUGACUGGUCCAAGUUCACUCAAUGAGCUGCAUGGCUUAGUAGGGGUCCCUGGUUCCUAGUCCAAUAGUGUAACCAUGGGAGCCACCUCCUAAGGGCCACGAUCCCUUCACCCACCCAAUAAAAUAUUUGAGGGGCCACCAAAAGUUGAUAGGCAUGUGCUGUAUCUUGUGUUCGAUUAUGUGAGGUGGGGCUUACCUGCCCCCUCCACCAUAUUUUAUUCAAGUUAGCACCCUUGACUCUAACCAUUAUGCCACACCGAUAAUUACAAACUCCAAAAAUUAAAUGUUUCUGACUUCAGAAUGUGAGCAGGUUGUAGUAAAAGCCAGACAGUCUGGUGGCAUCUUAAAGGUUUGCAAAUUUAUUGCACCAUAAAGUUUUAACAGAUUUAUUGCGGCAUAAAGAUUACUAGGACCUAUUUGAAUCUGAUCAAGUGGGCACUGGACCAUGAAUACGCAGUAUAUACCAUGAUCAAUCUGCUAGACGAAGAUGCUUACUAUUGCACAGUCUCAGAUUCAUAAAGAGGCUGUUUGGGGGGUGGGAUCGGGGGUUGCAAGAAUUUAGGCCAGAACCAAGAACUUCACAUUUAAUAAAAAAUUAGAUCCAAUGUUAAUCAAUUGCCAGUGGUUGCAAGAGAAUACCGUAUUUUUCGUCCCAUAGGAUGCUCCGUCCCAUAGGACGCACCUAGUUUUUUGGGGGGGAAAUAAAGGAAAAUUUAUUUCCCCCCCAAAACCAGGUCGGGGAAACCGAACCAGGUCGAGGAACAGCGGGAUGGUGGUGCUGCGCCUUCCUGCUGUCCCCCGAGCUUGUGGGGCUGGCCGAUGUCUGCCCAGCGCGCGGGGCGCUCUGCUUCAGCACGCCCUGCCCGCCAGGCGGCAGGCUGCUAUCUGCAGUGUGGGGAGCCCUGGGGGGAACUCCUGCAGGGCUCCCCACGCUGCGGAUGUCUGCCCGGCGCGAGGGGCGCUCUGCUUCAGGGCGCCCCUCGUGCCGGGCAGCAGGCUGCUAUCCGCAGCCUAGACAGCCCCGCGGGAACUCCCGCAGGGCUGCCUAGGCUGCGGGUAUGUUCCCGAAGCGCCGGGCGCUCUGCUUUCAGCGCGCCCGGCGCUCCGGGAAGCAAGCUGCUAUCCACAGCCUAGACAGCCCUGUGGGAACUCCCGCAGGGCUGCCUAGGCUGCGGAUGUCUUCCUGAAGCCUGGAGAGCGAGAGGGGUCGGUGCGCACUGACCCCUCUCGCUCUCCAAGCUUCAGCGAAAGCCUGCAUUCGCCCCAUAGGACGCACCCAGAUUUCCCCUUCAUUUUGGAGGGGGAAAAGUGCGUCCUAUAGGGCGAAAAAUACGGUAUUCUGAAUCAGAAUUCUAGCUUUCAAGGCACACAAACCAUGGAAACACGUUCCAGCUUGUUUUGUAAUAAUACAAGAAUUAGAAUGCUAAGUCUGAGCAGAGGAUAUACAUACAUAUAUAUAUAUCUAUCUCACUCACACCUGGAUUUCUGUCCAACAUAUGUUAACAAUUUCCCCCCAUGAUGGAUUCAACUGAAUAGGAUAUUAAGAGAUAUGUAUUUCUAAUACCUCAAAAUAGGGCCUCUGUUCUGUUGUAUGUAACUGACUUAACAUUCAGUGGUAACUAUCUAUACAGGGAUUUGAGCACCACUGUUGAGUAAAUAUGGUGGGUUAAUUUGGAAACAUUUCUCCUUGUCAUGUACCAGGGCAAUUUAAUAUAAUGUAAGGGGUCCUGUAUCAGGUCAACCAAGAUUAGCCCAGGGCUACAUGUCAUGUGUGUAUUUAGAAUACAUGCUUGGGUGGUUGAUGACAUUUGAAGACAAAACAAAAAAACAAAAAAAAAACAACUGGAACAAAAUUGAUCUUGCUUGCUCAAUGAAUGCAUUGCGUAAUCAGACUUGUGGGAGAACCUUCUUUAGGUCAGUCGAGGAAAAGUUGCAUGAUGUGUAGAAGUUCAGUGACCAGUGGAGCCAAAUUAUUUCUGGCCAAUUACAGCUACAUAAUAACCGUUAUUUUAUUUUAUUUUAUAUUUUAUAUUAUUUUAAAAUGUCUUAGUUUUCCAGCAAUGCCUUGUAGUCAUGUGUGUGUGUUUCAGUAAUAUUCAGAGGCAUGUGUGUUACACCUGAAGAGAGAAAGUAUAAAUCAUCCCUCCCUGUGUAUUGUGAUCUUGGUAACAAUCACCCAACAGCUGUAAUGUGUUUGAGUUACACUCGAGAUACAGCUGCAUGCUGCAUAUCCUGGUCUCCCCACACACUUGUCCCUGACUCCCUCAGUAAGCUAAGGUGUCCAACAAGCCAGGAGGCUAGCAUAGUGACUCUGCCCUAGAUAAAGGUACCCCUGACCAACAGGUCCAGUCGUGACCGACUCUGGGGUUGCGCGCUCAUCUCGCUCAAGAGGCCGGGAGCCGGCGCUUGUCCGAAGACAGCUGCCCUACCAGCAAACAAAUUCUGGUUGAAACCAUAGAUAAAAGAAAUAGGAGGGAGUUCAUACCCCUCUACCACUGCUCCUCUUCCCAAAGCUAUUUAAAUGUAAAAUAAUAAAUAAAUGUUCAGUGAUUGACUGGAUUAGGAAAUUUACUAUGUUCACAUGCUGACAUCCAUUGAAGGGAGAAAAGGAAGUACUUUUUCAUGGAGUGCAUAGUUAAACUAUGGAACCCAUAGGAGGCAGUGAUGGCCAGCAACCUCGAUGGCUUUAAAAUAGGAUUAGACAAAUUCAUGGAGGAGAGGGCUAUUGAUGACUAUUAGGCUAUUCGUGGCUACUAGGCAUGAUGGCUAUGCUCUGCCUUCACAGUUGGAGGUGGGAUUGCUUCUGAAUACCAGUUGCUGGGAGCCAUAAGUGGGAUGAAAAUGCUUUUGGCCACUUUGAGAACAGGAUGCUGGACUAGAUGGGCCAUUGGUCUGAUCCAGCAGACUUCUCUUAUGUUCUUACCUCCUGGACAUGGAAGAUAAGUUGAUCCAAAACAAGAGGGUGUUUCUUGAUUUUAUUUAGGAUGCAUUGACCUAUCAGGUAACAAAUCAUUUUGUUGAACAUAUAUUGGCUCUUACCGGAUGGCAUGUUCUAGCCUCAUUGUUUUGAUUAAUGAAGCAAAACACAGGAUCUGAAACAAAUCUUCCUGGAUUAGAAUUUUUACUUUGAUGUUGCUUACAAUUGAAGUAGAUAUACAGUGGUACCUUGGUUUACAACCAUAAUCUGUUCCGGAGGUCCAUUUGUAAACCAAAACAGGUUGUAACCCAAGGCGUGCUUUCGCCAAUGGGGCCUCCCAAAAAAAUUUGUUUGUAAUCCCCCCAAAAUGGGUUGUAAUCCAAAAAAAGCUUGCAAACUGGGACACGCACUUCCGGGUUUGACGUGUUUGUAAUCCAAAAUGUAUGCAAACCAAGACGUAUGCAAACCAAGGUACCACUGUAAUGAUAUGCAUGUAAAAGUUGAUCAUCUGCUCUGCGUCUGGUCUUGCAAAAAGGUGUUUCUUUCUCCAUAGGCCUCAGUACGGUGGCAAAUUCUGUCAGGGCUCAAGUCGCAUUUAUCAACUUUGCAAUGUUCAACCAUGCAUGUCUAGUAGCCCUGACUUCCGUGCCCAACAGUGUGCUGAAUAUAACAGCAAACCUUUCCGUGGAUGGUACUAUAAGUGGAAGCCCUACAUGAAAGUGGAAGGUAAGCCAGGAACAGCAUGCAAACAGUUUCUGAUAUGUCUUGCAUUAUUCAUUCAAAAUUCUAAUACCCUGCCUUGCCAUCAUAACAGACCCUCAAGACACUUUCCAACAAAUUACAGAAAAUUGACAAUAAAAUCCUUAAUAACAACAGUGGCAACAGUAUAAGCUGUUGACAGCAACACAGAGAAAUGUUGUUUAUGAAAAGAUCAGGCAUCUAAAGCUUUACUUAAUCUGACAGUCCAUAAAGAGAGAUGUAGCUGGAGGAGAAUGACUGUAAUGUAGUGGUUGAGAGACUGAGAGUUGCAGCUAAUGCUAGUCAUAAUCAAAGCAGACAUCAAUAGUGUAAGUUCAUUAAUUUCCAUGAGCCAACACUAAGUAGCAUUUAGUUAGUUACAAACCAAAGCUGCAAAUCAGGAAGCCCCUAGUUUGAAUCUCACCUCUGCCAUGAACCCACCAGGUGGUCCUAGGGAACCACUCCAUUUCACCCUCAGUUUUCCCAGCAGGAAUAUGGGGGAUGAUAGUAAUAAUAAUAAUAAUAAUAAUAAUAAUAAUAAUAAUAAUAAUAAUUUAUUUAUACCCCACCCAUUAUAUUGUGUUAUGCAACAGCAGAGGCAGUGAGCUUCAGGCCUCUAUCUGUCUCUCAGGACUCUCCCAGGCCACACCUCCUCUCUAGUCACACAGCCUCUCCCCUGGCCACAUACAUCACUAGCCCAGCUUUGCAUCCUUAAGUGUUUUUCCUGGCUGGAAAGUGUCCAUGAACUUUGAGAGAUAUUAAGUGGACUAAGACCUGGGUAAUCAGAGUUAAAAUCACUACUCAGCCAUGACGUUUACUGUGUGACCUCAAACCAGUCAUUCUCUCUCAGCCUAACAUAACCCUUGGGGUUGUUGUGAGGAUAACAUGGCAAGAAGAAGAAGAAGAAGAGUUUGGAUUUGAUAUCCCGCUUUAUCACUACCCUAAGGAGUCUCAAAGCGGCUCAUAAUCUCCUUUCCCUUCCUCCCUCUCAAUAAACACUCUGUGAGGUGAGUGAGCCUGAGAGACUUCAAAGAAGUGUGACUGGCCCCAGGUCACCCAAUGAAUGCUAUGUUGAAGGAAUAUAAAUCUAAUACUGAUAAAUAAUGAAUGAUAAAAAUCACAAAUUCAUCUCCAGCCUGCCUGUCCCUGAUUUUGAAUUGGGGGAGGGAUGUGUCUUGGCGUGGCCAGGUGGUAAAAUAUAUUCCAAUUUGCUGACCAUUCAGAAACAGUAUGAUUAAUUACACAAAUGUUCUGGCUACCUCUGUCCAUUUUAUUCCUUGUGCUGUCAUCCAUCUCCAGGAUGGAAUGGCAACACUGUUUAAUAAUUCUACUCCAUAGUUUGCCCUUUUAAUGUCUUUUCAGAGGAAGAUCGCUGCAAACUAUACUGCACUGCAGAAGACUUUGACUUUUUCUUUGCAAUGUCCAACCGAGUAAAAGAUGGAACCCCUUGCUCCCUGUACAGAGAUGAUGUGUGCAUUGAUGGGAUUUGUGAAGUAAGGUUAAGCUAAAAGUUCUCUUUGCCACUUUGCUUUUUUACAGCUCAGUGGUAGAGUAAAUGUUUUGCAUGCACAAGGUCCCAGCUUCAAUCCCUGGCACCCCCAGUUUAAAAAAAGAGUAUGGUGGUAGCAGGCAAUGGAAAAUUAUCUUUGUCUGAAAAUUCAAGUAGUUUCAGCCAAGUGGCAUACAGGACUGUAUGAACCAAUGGAACUGAGGCCUUUUCUGCAUAUACAUUUAACAUGCUAUGAUACCACUUUAAACACUCAUGGUUUUCUCCAAAGAAUUUUGGGAGCUGUAGCUUAAAGGUGCUGAAAUUUGUUUGGAGAUCCCUGUUCUCCUUAUCUUGUAGUUCAUUCUCUUACAUGUAUUUUUCUUCUUCUUCUUCAGACUUGUUUGACCUUUAAGCUGAAAUAACAUAACUGUUGGGGGAAAUAACUGAAAUAAUUCACAUUUCAUGAUGUGUUUACCCUCCCCCCUUAGCCUUAAGUAUAUUUUUGACUUCAGCACAGCAGCUUGUAACCUUCUGAAUGCUGCAAAAAAAACAACCGAGAACCAUUUAGAUGAACUUGAAUUGAACUGUGAACUGAACUGAAUGUGAAUUGAACUUGUUCAUUUUGUUAAGCAACAAAUGUAAACUAGAAUUAAUUCCUUUUUGGACAUGUUGAAUUAGAACUAGAACUUGUUUCUUUUAAAAAUGAACUUUGCAAGCUUGGGCGGGGGGGAAUAGCCUAACAGCCUAAUGUACCCUUUUAGUCCCUCACUCAAGUUUUCUUUGUUGCAGCAAGUUGGGUGCGAUCGUCAGCUUGGAUCUAAAGCUGUUUUGGAUGCAUGUGGAGUUUGCAAAGGAGAUAAUUCAACAUGCAAGUUCUUCUCUGGCCAUUAUUUGACCCAACAUAGAACUAAUGGUAAGAAAACUCAUUGAGCUAGGACUUUGUGGUAUAUAUUCCUAUGCACUGUGAUUUCUCAUAGUUCAGGAUUCCCGAUGUGGAAAACUGAGAUGAGAUAAAAGGUGAGAUAAAAGUUAGAAGUGUGUGUAGCAGCAAAUCUGUACCUUCCACAGAGAUAGAGUUGUCCUAAAAAUGGACCCUUUCUUUGUUCCACAGGUAAACUCACCCUUCCACAGACAAAAGUAGAUCAUUCUACCAACCUUUUGCCCAGCCCCAUCUCAUCCCAAAGAGAGGCAAUGGCAACUCUACAAAUACAUAGAGCCCUGAAAAUUUACAUGGUCGGACUUUAGUCAUUUUGGAUGAUUGACCCCCAUUCCACCACCCCUUCUUCCCUCAAAACUAGGUCAUAAAGUUUUCUCUUCCACUCUUGCUAAGUGGAUCGAGGCCUGCAUCUCAAAGGCCUGUGGUGUCCAAAGGAUAUCUCUGCUCAUUUUAUGAUUCAACUAAGCAAGUUUAUUGUGUUAGCCAAAGGCCAUGACAAUCGCAAUAUACUAAUAGCAUAAUAAACACCAAUUUUAUUAGCGUGGUGGCAACCUUCUCAAUUAAUGUCCCCUGUGAGAUGUGUGCUGGGCAUCCAUGUAGACCAACACAAACACCUUCAGCCAGCACUACAAGAACCUGCCCAAAGGAAAUUUUGCUCUGGUUCUUGCUUGUAAUCCCAAAGCCUUGCCUGUCUAUGGCCAUAUUGUAGCCAGAAAAUUGUAAGUGGGGUUCUCUAUUACCAGAAAUUACUACCUGCCUGAUAAGGUCCAUGAUCUGUGGAUAAUAGUCUUACCUUUUACAACAGAAAAAAGCCUGUGAUAUUCUGGUUUGAUUAAAAGGAAAUGCUUUCACGACUGGAAUGAAAUCCUACAUUACAACUGGAAUGAAAUCCUACAUUUUCUCCAACUUUUAGAUUAUUACCCCAUUGUUACGAUUCCAGCAGGAGCCCGCAGCAUUGAAAUCCAGGAAAUGCAGAUGUCUAGCAGCUACCUUGCAGUGCGCAACUUGAGCAAAAAAUAUUACCUAACGAAAGACUGGACAAUUGAUUGGCCUGGGAAAUUCUAUUUUGCUGGGACCAUGUUCGAGUAUCAGCGCUCGUUUAGCCAUCCAGAGAGGCUUUCUGCAACUGGGCCAACUAAUGAGACACUCAUAUUUGAGGUAAGCUUUCUUUUCCUCAUUCUUUUCUUGAUGCAGACAAACUGAGCUUGGUGCAGCAUCUGUCCAACAGGUUAAAUCACACAAAAGAACACAAAGCCAUGUUCCUGUUUAGGAUUGUUAGCAUAGUCAUGCUGGAAGGUUUAAAAGCAUGGUUAACAGAGGUAUGAGACAAUAGUCUUGGGUGUUCUAGAGAAUAUUGUUCCUGCCGGUCAGGGUGAGGGGUGGGGGUGUUUGCCCUCAUUCAUCUAUUGCCUAAAGACUUGGGUAACUUCAGAUGCUCCAGUGGGGGGGGGGGAGAUCAUGUGACAGCCUGAAGGCCACCAUUCACUUCAGCAGUUCAUAUUGAUGUUGAAGAUGUUCUGAUAGCUGUUUGAAAGAUUACUGAACUAUAAUUGACAUGAAUUACUUUCAACGCUAAAGGCACAACCCUGUGCAUCUUAACUUGGAAGUAAGUUCAACUGUAUUCAGUGGUGAUGGUGAUUACAGCUACUACUACAGCUUCUUUUUCCUCCUCCUCCUCCUCUUCCUCCUCUUGCUACUACUAGCAAAAUAAGUAUAUGGAUGUUUAAAGUAGGCAGAACAUGGGGAGUCAUUUUGCAAUGCUUCUUGAUGUCAAAAGAAUGCAUUAUGUAUAGCUUGCUGAUUGUGAAUUUACAGAAGCCCAUAAAAACAGAUACAACUAAAACACAGCAUCUCUCUAGUGGAUUCCAAACUUAAUCCUGCAAAAAUAGGCAGAUUCUGACUGGAGGGUGGAAAAUAGACCAAAAUGGUAGACGUAUGAUAGGACAAUGAUCACCUGGUAUUGUAAAUCAAUGCCAGCUUUUAGCACAUGGUUUUGGUAAUGUGGAUGAGUUGCCUUAAGUGGAGACAUGCAUAUAUUUUUUUUAAAAAAUGUGUAAUCCAGUUAAACGUUUAACACUAAAACGUUUUGUUAAAAUUCCAGCAUAGGUAAUUUAAGGUCAUCUGGUUUCAAUUUAUAAAACUUGUUUAAAGACUUAGAUGGGAGGUGGAUUGGCUUUGGGCAAAGAAGACCCCAUUCCUGGUUCAUCAUUGCUUGCACUGUAGCUUAGCCUUAAAACUCAAGCCUUUGAAAAAAGACAAUGAAGCCAUGAUCAAUCUUAGGUCUGACCAUGGAUUCAUUUUUGGGUUCAAUUUCUGUUUUCCAAUUUUCUAAUUCUAUGUGUGUGAAUUAUGUAUCUAGAGAUGAGCAAAUCUGUCACUUUCAGUUUCUCUGCUUCUCAUUUUCUCCAGUCUUAUAUUCAGUUCCCCACAUUUACCUGUCAGUGUGCCAGGGGUGGGGGUGGGGGUGAUGGCCUUAUGAAAUUCAUCAGCAUUUUACUGUGAUUUUCUCUUAGUAUUUAAUUUAUUAUGCAAUUUUGCCUAAUAUACACAUUUUUGCAGAAACCCCCCUAAUAUACUGUAUUUGUGUAUGCUCUCCUUUACAGGUGUGUGCAUUUGUAUGCACACUUUACUUAACUGAAUUGCCUUGUUCAGCUUGAGAAGCAAGUACAUAUUACUUGGCUAGAGAGCUGCAUUGCAAAAUUCAGAAAAUUGCAAAUUUUAAAAGAUUGCUGUGUUUUGUUUCACAUAUUGAUUCAGAAAAUGCAAAUUAGGUUGGUUCACCUUUAAAUGUGAGCUGAAUCAAAUUCUUCCCCAUCCCACCUUAGGCCUAAACUACUUGCCAAGCAGCAUUCUGUGAAUCUUCCAACUAUGUGUUUUGUUUUGUAAACCCAAAGGAAGAGGGGGAAGAUUGCUCUGAAGUAGGAGAAAGGCAGACUGAGAGUGAUUAAGUAAAGAUGUAAAGACCAAGUAUCUUUCCCCUUGUGGGAGCAAAAAGCAGUUUGGGGUGGGUGAUUUUGAGUUGGAGAAUUUUCUUCAGUUCACAUUAAAGUGAACUAACCUAAUUUACAGUUUCUGGAUUUAUAUGCAGAUUAGAAUGCAGUUAACAAUUGGAUUGCAGACAUCUCCAACCUUUGUGAUACCAUUUCUGUUUGAAAAUGAAUAUGAAAAUGUAUAUUUUAUGGAUGAAAUGUGUACUCAAAUGGAUAUUUUAGGCAGAAUGCAUAGGGAAGCAUACAAAGUUACGUAUUUUAAGGGUGAAAUUCAUGCAAAAUGUGCACAAAGUGCCUAUUGUAGAGAAUAGUGUGUAUUAAAAUAUGUGUAAUUUAAGUGUGUGUGUGUGUCCAGAAAAUGGGAUGGAACAGACUCGGGACUGAACAUUUGUAAAGUUGAUAUGGAACAGAAAUAGACUGAUAGGCCCAUCCCUAUUUUUGAGCUAAAAAAUACCAGGAGGGGAAAGAGUUAAGCAGCCUCUCCCAAUUUGCUUUGCUUCCACUAGGAGGAAGCUUGCUCCAGGCUGAUUUGGAUUAUAAAUAAAAUCAAAUUCUGAGCAAAGAGUCCCGAGCUUAAUGCAUAGUUUCAACCUCAGAUUUCAAGUCUGAUAGCUUGACCUAUAUCAGUUUCUCCAGGCACUCGAGCAACAAUCAGUAAUAACAUUAAUCUGAUAACAAAACCACCUGCUUCCAUCUUUUGAAAUGGUCUGCCAUGUGUGAAAACUUUAAGAAGGUUUAGGUUAAAAAAGAAGAUUAUGACCUGUCACAAUAUAAAUGGGAAUAUGGCAACCUUCAACAAAACUGUCUCGUAUUGAAUGAGAGAAUUACCAAACUGUCAUAGAACUGGAUAAGUUUAUCUCCACUGCAACCUGUAAGAAAGGGAUGGGACAUUAAACAAAGUGGCAAUCAUUCACUCAGGGUGGAAAGAGAAAAGAGACAAGGCAAAAGGGAACCUACUAUCAAUACAGGAAAAGAUGUCUAAUUAAAAUCGAUAAAUCAUUUCUUCCCCUCUUUGGUGAUGGGAAAAUGAAAAAAAGGAAGCCAGGUGGAAGGACUUUGCUGAUAAUUUAGGUUAGCAGUCACUGGGUGAAAGCCAGCUUGGAGUUUGAAAGCCUUGCUUUUAUUAUUAGCUACUAGAUGAUAAUUUAGCUCUGAUUUCCCCUAAAGAGAGUGUGUGUUGGACAAAGCAAAGCCUGGCUUAUGAGAUACAGAUGUAAAUUCAAUGUAAGGGAUAAAAGGGUUCUGCUUAAGUGAAAAAGAUUAGAUGGGCUCUAUCCUUUAAAUGGGUGCCUUUUGCACAUGAUGUUUACAAAAGAAGAGGGAGCGAGAAAUAUAUACCAUGACAAAUAUAAGCCAGCUGAAGAAGAAAUGAGAUCAUAGGAGGACCUUUCAAAGGCUACCUUUUCCUGUCAAUGCCCUCAGUGGGCUUGUGUGAACUCUCCAUUUUUCAUGUCACUUUUAAGAUUUGCUUUCUAAAUGCCCUCUAGAAAUAGCAAGGCACAUAAAACUUCCCUAUCUUCGAUUUCAAGAUUUUUCUCAGUACACGCAAGUUAGAGUUGCCCACCCUAAAGUCUCUCUGAGUGUGUUUUACAGUCAUUCUGAAAAGACCCUCAGUAAGAAGUCUGCAUUUUCUCCUGUGGACAAGAUCCAUUUGUAGCACUCUGGUUGCAUAAUGGACUUCCACUAGUGCAGCCCAUCAGGGCUAGUAGCCAUUGACAGCCUUAUCCUCCUUCUGGAGUUUGUUCUAGGAAGGAGCUGAUACACACACACACACACACACACACACACUUUCUGUUGCUCCAGAGUGUAGCUUCUGGAUCAGUGUCCAGAAGAGGGUGACCAAGAUAGUGAGUUCUCUAGAAACAAAAUCCUAUGAGAAAUGGUUGAAAGAGUUGGGUAUGUUUAACCUGGAGAAGAGGUUAAACAUAAUGAUGAACAUCCUGCUUGUAUGAACUGUUUGACAGUGGAGCAGAUUGGCUCAGGAGGUAAUUUACUCAACUUCAUUAGAGGAUGUUAAGUAGAGGCUGGAUAGCCACCUAUCAGGAUACUGUAGCAUUAGACUUCCUGUAUUAAAUAUUAGUGGCUGGUGCUCACUGGUACUGGUUAAAGCAAAAGGCAAGAUGGCCAGUAGUAGAUGGAGACAGAGUCAAUGCUAGGCAGAAGCAACUAAUUCUAGUUUUGUCCCCAGCCUCUUCCAUGACUUUUGAGAUCCAUCCCAACUUUAUGAUUCUACUUUAUGAAUCUAUAACCACAGUGUCACUUUAAGCAGACCCAAACAGUUGGUACAUGAUGCGGGUGGCGCUGUGGUCUAAACCACUGAGCCUCUUGGGCUUCCCAAUCAAAAGGUUGGCAGUUUGAAUCCCUGCAAUGGGGUGAGCUCCCAUUUCUCCUGCCAACCUAGCAGUUCAAAAGCACGCCAGUGCUAGUAGAUAAAUAGGUACUGCUGUGGUGGGAAGGUAAAUGGCAUUUCCAUGCGCUCUGGUUUCCGUCACAGUGUUCGUUGUGCCAGAAGCGGUUUAGUUAUGCUGACCACAUGACCCAGAAAGCUGUCUGUGGACAAACGCCGGCUCCCUCGGCCUGAAAGUGAGAUGAGUGCCACAGUCCCAUAGUCGCAUUUGACUAGACUUAACCAUCCAGGGGUCCUUUACCUUUACCUUUUACGUGCCAUUCCAUAUUUGCUAGCUGAGCAAAUCUUUAAAACAUCCAUUGAGUAUAAUUCAAGGUAAUUAAUUGCAAGUAAGUACUAAUUGCCAGAUGCAUGUUUACAGCCUAAAAUCUCCCUAGGAAGUUUGAUGACCUAAAGGAAGUGUUGAUGUACAUUUACAAGGAAUUGCUUCAAUGAUCCACAAAUGUACAUAGUCAUUUACACAUCAGUAAUAGCCAAGGGAAGGAAGGGAAACCAAGACAGAGAAAUAGAUGCACAGCUGGUUAAGAAUAUUUAUUGUUUUUACUUUGAAAUAAAAAUUAACAGGAAAAGAAAAGGGCUGUUUGUGCAAGAGAGUUCAAUUUGUCCAUUGUUUCAAUUUUUUUAUGCCCUAAGCAAAAGUUUUGCUCUUCCGAAUAGUUCUGGCAGAUAUUAGCCAUUGAACUUGUGUUUUUUUCAACGUACAAAGUUGUAAAUUUUAUAACUCUGCGCCCUGCGGUCAAAGCUGCUGAGUGUUGUGUCUGAAGUCAGGUGGUUGGUGUGUUAAAGGUAGACAUUAAACAGUUCUGUGGAAGACCUGGAAAUGUUUAAGGAGGUUGUUUGCCAGCUGUAAAUUUGGGAGCAAACGCCAAUUGGCAGGGAAGUCUCUGGAAUGUGUCCAGUUAAGUAGACUGAAGCACUGGAGGUCUUUCCAAAUUUGUAGUUUUAAUAAUAUGCUGCUGCUCACUGACUUCAGAUAUUGGAUUCCCAUGGAAAAGCUUUCUAAGUGAAUGCUUGACACUAUUCUAGGAAGAGAUAAUGUUUUAUAUUCUACAAGUUCUUGUCACUUUGAAAAAUGACAAGCUGAGAAUAGCUCUGCCUUGAUAAUGGAAAAUAAAUAGUAUCCUUAAAUAAAUAUUAUAUGGUAUUGUAAGCUUAGACUAUUUACUCUGCAGCUAUGCAGUGCUUGAUCCACUGUUAAUAUCAGAAAUGGAGAGCCUGUGGCCCUCCAGAUGUUGUCAGGAUCUCACACCCAACAGCCCCAACAAUCAUGGCUGUAAGACUGUGUCUUAAGAGCAUGCCAUAAAUUGAAGUCAGCCCUGAUCAAGUGUAGCACUUGCACAUUACCAGAGAUAUUGCAGAGAGCAGUAGGGGACAUGUAAUAUACAUUAAUUUUGUAUGUAAGGACAUAUGCUACCUAUUUCUGUAGCCAUUUUUUGUGCUUGUGUGCUGUGUGUGCAGGUGGGGCUCCUCUCCAAAAUGUACACUUUUCUUGCAUACCUCAAGGUUCUCACACUCAUUUUAAGUUUAUGCAGGAUUUGCUGUUUCAUUCAUAGCACAUUCACACAUGCCUUACUUUUAAGAGGAGUGUAAUUGUAUUCUAUUAGUGGCAGUGAAUUCUUUCUUGCUGAUUAGUGGAGGUAGUUUGGUGGCAGGAAAUGUUCAGUUACUCAGAGGAGCAGUUUGCUAUCUAGUUCUGUGAGGGAAAUGAAAGUUGUCAGCUUGGAUGGGAUGGCUGAGGACUGGGAAGAGAUAGUGGAUGGGGAGGAAAGCUAAGGAAAGAUGAUCCAAAGGUAAGAGGAUGAAGGAAGGAUACACAGUUGGUAAUGGACUCAGGAAGACAUUGACAAAAUGGAGUGGUGUCCAGAAGAGGGUGACUGGGAUGGUCAGUGGUCUGUAAACUAAGUCCACUGAGAAAUGGUUGAAAGAAUUGGCUACAUUUAGCCUGGAGAAGAGAAGAAUAAGGAGGGGCGUGAUAAUGAUACUCAAAUAUCAGAAGGACUUUCACACAGAAAAUGGAGUAGGUAUGUUCUGCUUGUUUUAAAGAGCAGGACUAGAACCAGUAGCUGGAAAUUUCAGGGAAGCAUAUCUCAGCUAAACAUUAGGAGAAACUUUCUAAUAAUAAGAACCAUUAAACAACUGUCUGCCUCAGGAGGUGGUGAGCUCUCCUUUACUGGAGAUAUUUAAGCAGAAUCUGGACAGCCAUCUGUCAGGGAUGCUGUAAUUGCACCCUGUAUUGCAGGUCCUGCAUGGAGCAGGGGAUUGCAUUAGGUCUAAGGUCCCUUCCAAUUCCGUGAUAGUUGUAUCUGUGUAUCAUUGCAACUUCUUACAAUUUCUUCCCUUUCUCUCUCUCUUGCACAUGUGCACAAUGCGCAUGUGCUUGCUGUCUGUCUGGGUGGUGCAAAAGGGAGGCUGAUUAUACCCCUGGUCUCCAUAAAAUCUCAUACAUUAUUUUACAUUUGCCUGAUAUUAGGUGUUUCCUCAACCCUGGGUCUUGCAAUAAAGCAGAGAGCCAAGCUAUUAGUUUUGCUGGAUAUAUAUAUAUCUGGAGUAAGCCAUAUAUUUCCGGUUUGGAUCUCUACCAGAAUUUGUGGACUGAAAUAGAAUCUGGCUAAUGGGACUGGAAAAUAUAUCAUCCUUUUCUCUGUCUCCUCUCCCUCCUCACAACAGGCACACUUUUCUAUAACAGUAAAUAAUAGUGAGCUACCCAGAUUUUUUACAUGUUCGGUGUUAAUGGACUGAAUAUGCAAAUUUAUUUUACUGUUUUUCACUAUCAUAACUCAUUGCUUCUCUCCUUUACCUAUUCCCCUAGGUGUACAUUUUCUGAAGAGCUAAUAUCCACUUCUCUGCCUUGAAAAACAUUAAUUGUAUAUACUUGGGAUUUUUAAAAAUGUAACCUUUACUGCUGAUUUUUCAUAAGCCUUUCUCCACACCUGCUCCAAUUUAGAUUCCGUAUCCAUUCAUAGAUUUAAUCCAAGCAGGACUGGUUUGAUAUUGGCAAGCCACUGCAAUACCCUUCAGGCUUUGUUAAAAUGGAGAAGUUACCCAAGAUUCCAAAAUACAUGUGGAGCCUCCACAGAUAUAUAAUAACACAUAGGGAAUACACAGGGAAGGGCUGUAGCUCAGUGGUGGGGCAUGUGCUUUGCAUGCAGAAGGCCUCAGGUUCAAUCCCCAGCAUCUCCAGGUAGGGAUGGUUGAGAACCCUGCCUGAAAUACUGGAGAGCCAUUGUCAGUCAAUGUAGACAAUAGAUGGACACUGUAGAUGGACCAGUGGUCUAACUUGGCAUAUAAUGCACCUUUCUAUGUUCCUAACAUAGGGCACUGACUUAUACUGAAUCAGACUAUUGGUCCACAUAGAUCAGUAUUGUCUACUAAACUGCCAAUUUCUCUCUCCAUUGGGAAUUUCAGCUGGGGCUGAUGAGAAUUGGGAGUUCAGUGUAUGGAGGACACCACAUUGGCUAUCCUUGGGCUACAUUGUCUAGCAGCAGCUCACCAGGGCUUCAGACAGGAAUCCUUUCCUGCCAUACCUGAAGAUGUUGGAGAUUGAAUUUGGGCCACCCUGCAUACUUGUAGAGACGUUGCAGUCCUAAACUACUCAGAAGUAAACCCCAAUUGAGUUCAAUGGGAUUUACUCCUGGGUAAGUGAGGUAGGUUAGUCUACGAGAUGGUGACUGGCCCAAGGUCACCCAGUGAGCUUCAUGGCCAAGUGGGGAUUUGAACCCUGCACUCCCAGGUCCUAGUCAAACACUCUAACCAUUAUGCCAUGCUGACAUAGGGAUCUGCACAUUCCUAGUUUGAAUAAAAAUAGAAUUCGUUGUAAGCCUUUAUGAACCUUGCUUUAUUUAUUCCAUCUUUUGAAUUAAUGCAGCCAAAGUCUCAGAAACUGCUUCUGCAAGGUACAAUAGAAUUUACCUCCAACAGCAACCCUUCCUUGAGUUUGCAGUUAUCUGAACUGAAGCAGAUGGUUUUUAGUAAUUGGCCAUUGGCCUGUUCAGAAUCAGCAACAGUGUAAAAUUAAAUGGCCCAUGAUGGAAAAGACAGACUUUUCUACACACACACACACACACAUGCACACACACAUUUUGACUGUACAGUAUUGAGGACUUAUGAGCUAGGGGACCUGAGUUUCUUUCUUUCUUAUUCAUGUCUUCUACCCUUCCUCCCAGGAGUCCAGAGCAAUACACUGCAUUAUCUCCUUUUAUUCAUGCUAAAUCCUCAUGAUGAGGGUUACAUAAAGGUCGAGUUGUCACUGAGGUGGUAAACUGGACUGUUCCUUCUUCAACUGAAAGUUGGUGCUCAUUCCCACUCUAGCAAAUGGAAGAAGUCCUGGUGUGUGUGUACUUUUCUCUUUAGUGUGAAAGGAAUCUCCUAUGAAAAUGAUUAAUAUAUGGGACUUACCUGGGUACCCUUUGCAGGUAAGGAUCUUCAGAUACACAUUAGAACCACAGCAGAUCAGGGUGAUUCUGUUAUAUCUUUAACUGCAUAUUUUAGGCACAGUCUUAAAGGCAUCUGCUUCCUGGUAAAUCUUGUGGUAUUCAGCUGGGCUUUCACCCAGGUAAGCUUCCCUGAGACUGCAGCCUUAACCUUUCUUUUCCCUUCAUUCUUCAUAAUGUAUUUCUCUCUCCAUGCUGUCUAGAUCCUUUUACAAGGCAACAAUCCUGGCAUUGCUUGGCAAUAUACCUUCUCUAAGAUUAUAAAUGAGAACAAGAUAUUCACAAAAAGACACAGCUACUCAUGGGUAACAGUGCAGUCAGAUUGCUCAGCUACGUGUGGCGGGGGUGAGUAACUUACUCCAAAAGUCUGAAUUCAAUGAAUAUGUCAAAAUGUCAUGAAAUAUAGUUUCCAGCAUUAUUAUUUUUUUAAUAUUGAAUAAUACAUUUGAGUAGGGGCUUCUGAUUUCAGGAAUCCUGGUUGAUAAACUGAAUUUCAGUUGAUUGAAUGUGAACAAUACAUUAUUGCUUCUGAUUUCCCUUUCUUUAGUCUGUUGUCGUUUAUAGGUCUUUGUGUUAUUAAUUUGUUGCUUUUAUUUAUAUUUACAUAUAUACUAGACUUUCCAUACCUACUAAACACAAAAUAUCUUGCAAUUUAAAAUAAAGAGAGCAUAAGGGGCUGGAUUCAAUUAAAUAAUUGUGCUUACAAGUGUCAGCAUAACAGCAUCCUUCUAGCUCAGUGGGGCUUUCCUCCUUCUCUCCCCCAUAUCUGUGCCCCCAUGUUUCCUCCUUCUCUCCCCCAUAUCUGUGCCCCCAUGACCCCCAUCAGUUCUGAGGGUGAGAAAAAAAAAAAACCCUGGACAGAGAGGAGAUAAGUUUGUAUUAGUGCAAUUCCACUGCAUUAUUAGGUCACAUUUCAUCAAUUCUUAACUUCUUCUUCUUCUUCUUCUUCUUCUUCUUCUUUCAUUUAUCAGUCACAUUUUUUUUCAUACCAACUCAACAAACAAACAAACAAACAAACAAACAAAAAACUACAUUAAAACAUCCCAACCAUGCAAAAAGGCCAUAGAUAGUUAAAAACCAAAGGCUUGGUUAAAAACAAACAUUUUUGCCUGACACACAAAGGCAAUGGUAUAGGAUAGCCAUUGUUAAUACAGCACUGCUCUGAGCACUAUUGUAAAGGUUUCUGUUACUUAUUCUCUAUUAUCUAUCCCCAGUUUUCUUCAUUGUCUUUGUUUUCCAUGACUUUUUCAUAUUUUGUCUGCCAUUUCAUGGAUCAAUUUUCCCAAUAUUUUCCUUUUAUAUUCUCCAUUAUUUCUGGCCUUGUGCUAUCUAGAUUUUUAAACCCCAUUCUUUCCUUUUGUCUCUGAAUUUCCUUCUCUUUCUUGCCAUCUCACGUUUCUUAUCCGUCUUCUUACAUUUCUGAUCAUAUCUUUUCUUCAAAAAGAUCUGAAUUCAUGCCUUAAUUGUUUCCAAAGAUAAACUUGCUUGAGAUAGUGUCUCCUCCCUGUGACCCUAUUCCCCUUCUUUUUCCUGCCAUCUUCAAGAAAGCUACAGUACAUUAUUGUUUAGUCAUUCCCCCCCACCUCCAACUUCAAUGAAUUAAAUAAUCCAACACAGGCUCCCCUUCUUUUUAACGAAACCUCAAAAACCUUAUUCAGUGGUUCGAUUCCUUCAAAAUCUUCAAAUUAAUUGUAACUAUGCAACAUUUAAAAUUAUACUGAAAAAUAUCAACACACAUUGUGAGAAUUCCUCUGACUCAUGUUUAAAAACCAGUAAGAAUGCUUUGUAACAUUAAUAACACUAAUGCUUGUAUCCAACAUUAAGACCUAAGCUAGUCAUGCCAAUUUAUUUAUUAGAGCUCAAGGUGGUGGCAUUUUCAUCUGAGGGUCACAUUCCCUCAUGGAGAACCUUCUGGGGGCUGCAUGCCAGUGAUGGGGAGGGGGAAGGUUGAGAGGCAAAUUGCCUGAUGAACUACAGUGCUAUGUUCAGUUACUUUUUCAUUUCUACAAUAACUUCUUUCUCUCCUACAUCUUUUUUUUAUUUCUCUUGGUUUUCUCCAUAGGGCACUUGAUAGUGAAAGCUGUAUGUUUACAAGAUCAUCGUGUCCGUGUCAAUGCCUCUUUCUGUGGCCCAAGCACAAAGCCCUUGACAGAGACAAAGAUAUGCAAUGCAAAUCCUUGCCCAGCCUAGUAUGUAUUAUGAAUUUAUCGUCCCUUCCCAUUUCUUUUAUGGGUCUUUGUGUUUGAGUCUAAAUUCACAAAUCUGUAGAAUAAACCUAUUUUGCUUCCUAGAUAGAUGAUUCCAAACCCUCCUCUAUAAAACUUGGAAGAGUUUGAAUUGUAUGGGACUAGGGAUGGGGCAAUAAUUUGAACCCUUCCUCAAAUUAGUGCAACAGGAUCAAAGCAGACCCAUUCCAGCUCAAUUCUGCUUCCACCCCCAACCUGGAAAAAGCCUAUGAGUGCAAAUAGCAGGAGACAAUAGGCUUGUUCACAUGUUACACUGAACACAGAUACAAGGUAUCUCUACACAUGUACAUUGUGUGGAAGUGUUUAAGUUUGUUAAUUGGUACACAUACUAUGCACUUGGUGACUGUUACAUGUAAAUAACUGUGUGAGUGUACAUCUCAACUAUUUGUGCACACAGGUAUGUAGAUUGUACGUACUCACUGAAUGUAACAUGUGAACACUGCUAUGAACAUCCCAGUGCCUUGAGGAUGAAUAUGGUUUGAGUAAGGGAUUGAGUAUGGGAUCCUCUAAGAGCUGCUGGGGGGACAACUACAAUUGCGGGACAAUAAGUGGGGAAGAACAGCCAGAAUAAUGGAGCCAAAACGUAAUGUGAAUGAAAGUAAGUGUGUUUAGCCUAGAGCAGUGCUCUUUAGCCUUGGAUCUCCAGGUGUUGUUGGACUACAACUCUCAUUAUCCCCAGUCAGCUUAGCCAAUAUAGAUGGAUGAUGGGAGUUGUAGUCCAAUAACAUCUGGAGACCCAAGGUUAAAGAACAAAGAAGAUGAAAGACAGGUAUGCUGUCUGAUUUCAAAUGUGAAUCACAUAAAAAUUGUUUUAAUGAAAAAAAAGUUCUACCAAUUCUUCAUCCUGUUUCCAACAGCAGCCAGCCAGAUGCCUGUGGUAGCUCAUAUUUGUGCAUGAAUGUGAUAAGCAUCUUCUUUCUUUAUUUUUUCUCAGCAUCUGGUAUUUAGAGAGAUACUGCUUCUGUUAGUAAAGAUUAUAUCUUCCCAAUAUUUAAGCCAUUUAUAGACUUACCUUCUUAGUGAAAGGGAUAUAAGAAAGAAAGGGAACCACAGAUGGGGAAGCUCAUCUGUUAACCAAAUCUGUCCAAUUCAGAGGAGCAAAUGAAUAUAUACUGCAUUGGUAUCCAUAACAGCAUCCAUUAAAACAUUAUUAAAAUGUCAAUAAAAACUCAUUGGUUUCUAGGCACUUCUGUAUUCUUCUGUGCUAUUAGAAAUGUGGGCAUUGCUAUGGUUGUAUGAUGGUUGUGUCUUCAGAGCUGGGAAGGAAUUUUCCCUGCUCUGCAUGUUUUGCUUUUCCCAUAGCAAUUGUCACAACUUUGGCGGUUUAGGCCUUGGGUGGAAUCCUUUAGUCUGACAUCUGAAGUUGAGGUGAAGUGAUGACUCACUCGCUUCCUGAGGCAGCGAUAACAGGGUAACCCAUUAGAGGAGCCUCUGUCCAAAGCACAUGGCAGAAGUGCCAUACAGCUCCCCUCAGCGAUUUGGGGUGGGACCAGCUGGGCUAACAAGUGUUUUCUGUUGGUUCCACCUUCCCCUAACUGACCCUGACAUGUCUCAGACCCCCAACAGGGAGCUGAGAGGGAUACACACCCAGUGCCUGUGCCAAGGUUUACCUACACCUGAAUUCAAUAAAGUUGACAUUAUCAUGUCUUUUCCUUUUAUGAAGGCCUGGCCUCCAGGGCAGGGGUGCUGCAUCUGGGUAUGCAAAUAUGCACCUAUUUGCUGUGCAAUUCAAUUUGUCCAGUGCACAAUUUAAUAAGUUUUACAUAAACCAUAAUUUUUCACCCACGGAGUAAAAUCUUAUGAAGAAGUGUGUGGGUGUUUUCCUCCAUGGUGAUGAUGAUAUAUCACCACACAAAUAUACUGCAUAAGAUCGGAAAGGAAAUUAUAGCUGAACCACAAGAAGGCAGAGAUAAAGUUUAAUUGGAGUAACAUAGCGUGUGACAGCUUCUGCAAUUUCAUUGCCUAGCCCUGAGCCCCAACAUUGUCUGAAAACUAAUUUGAAGUAACCUCCCCUCACCAAACAAUCUGUUUUGCAUGUGACUAAUCUUCUGCCAAGUGUUAUUUCUGUACCCAUAGGCUCUACUUCUUGCAGACAGAAAAGUCUUCCAUUACGUUUCCUUCAGCUUUCUCCGGUUUGUUUGUAUUUGCCUUUUAAUUGUGGCUGGCAACUUCUAAAACGUAGCAUUUAUUUUAAUCGCCAGAAAAAGCCACACAAGUAGCUAUCAUCAUUGCAUGCCUCGACUCUGACGGGAAACUCUGUGUGCACUUUGAAUAUGGGUGUGUAGAUCCUAAAUGUUGAGUUUGCCUUUAGCUCUGGCUCCACCAAUUCUUGAUCACUUUGCCUUCCACGCUACCAGUUUCAAUGUCUCAGACCAUGUACCUGCUAGUCACAAAGAAAACAAAGCUCCCACAGCAGCCAAUGGUAGCUUUCCUCCCAUUGUGAGGAAAUUCAUCUGCUAGUUGGUAGCUUCUAAAUCUUCCAUACUCUAAUUACAGGAUGGUUUAAUUUAGCAAGAUAUUUCUUUCUUCCUUUAUUUGAAAGAUGAGUUGAGAUUGGUGAGAGCCUUUGUGGUAUAGCGGCUGUUAUGCUGGAUUUAGACCCAGGGAGACUCAUGUUUUUAAUGUUCACUUGAUGAUACUCAAACACAGGUCAGCGAUAGACUAGCCACAGUGACUCAUGCAUUUUGUCAUUCAAUGCAUUCCUCAAGAUUCAGUUAAUGCAAAGUGCUCCACUCAAGGGUGGUUCGAAAGCUGCAGCUAAUGCAGGAUGUAGUGGUCAGGCUGCUAAGUGCAGCCGCCUACCAUGAACAUAUAAUAUCAUUUCCAAAUGAAUUGCAAUGGCUACCAGUUGGCUACUGAACCAAAUUUAAGAUUUUGCUGUUUGGUCUGGGGAGGACCUGCCAAUGCUAGGAGAAUGAACAAUGGCCAAUGUUACGUUCAGAUUUGUUCAAAUUAGAGUAGAUAUAGCCUGUGAAUAAGGAAUUAUACAAAUGGGGUAAAAUUCAAAGCAAAAGAGGAAGGAGGAGAAAGUGUGUGUGGCAGGAGGUGUGUGAAAAGCAGUAAUAUAUGGAGAGAGAGAUUGAGAGAGAGAGAGAGAGAGAGAGAGAGAGAGGGGUCAACCCCAAUCUGAUGGGAAUUACCUCAAGUUUAAUCAGAAAUGUUAACUGCCCAUUAUGUUUUUGAUAAUCCUCCUACUGGGGGAGAAAUAUGACUACUUAUAAUACUCCAACUGAGGAUCAGACUAAAUAUAUGUAUUUCUAUCUUUCCUGCCAUUAUAGUUUUUCUCAUAAUGUUGUAUAUCAACAUCCUUUGAGGCUGUAGCAUCCCAUUUAAGUACUCCAAACAAUGAAUGUAUAGGGGAUUGCUGCUACUUUCUGGUUCCUUGAUGGAACAUUUUAGUAGGUGUGUUCACUGAAGAAAGGUACAAUCUGUCUCUACACAUGUACAAGUGUUUAUGUGAAAGAGUGUACACUUGUUGAUUUGAGUACAAGUGUACUUGAGUACAGCUCCACUCUUGUGUUCACAGGUGCACAGAUUAUACAUUCAUUGAACAUUACAAGUGAAUAAUUGUAUAAGUAUCCAGCUCAACUGUUUGUGUACACAAGUAGACAGAUUGUACACUCAUUGAAUAUAACAUGUGAACCCCCUAGUAGCUGCAAUCAUAGCUGAUAUAGAAAUGUCUCCUUUAUUUUGAGCUCAUUGUCUGAUUCUUGGCUAUCUAGUCAACACAUGCAUUCUUUCUUGAAGUUGGUCAGCAGGUGAAUGGAGUGUUUGCAGCCAGUCUUGUGGUGGAGGGCAACAAAGUCGUCCAAUCCAGUGUGUCCAGAAAAAGGCUUUUCAGAAGGAGGACAUUGUGGCCCAUGCUCUCUGCCCAGUAACCACACCAGCACAAAUCCAGGCAUGUAACCAUCAAGACUGUCCACCAGAAUGGAGUCCUGGUCCAUGGUCUCAGGUAAUGAAAAGAAAAGGCUAGCAUUAUUUUGCCCUGUAUUUAUUAUAGGUAAGAACAUAAGAAGAGCCCUGCUGGAUCUCCAUCUUCUUUAGCAUCCUGUUUCUAACCGUGGCCAGGAAGAUGCUUCCAUGAAGCUCACCAGAAGAGCAAUGAAGGCAGUAGCCCUCCCCACUGCUGUCCCAUAGUAAUUGGUAUUCAUUCACCAUAAGGGAAGACCUAACAUUAGUUUGUGGGGAACCUUUUAUGGCUGGAGGCCAGACCUUUAUUUCUUGACUCCUGCCAGGCCAAAUUUGACAGAUGGGUGAAGUCUGUGCAUUUCAGUAUCCUGAUUGUUGGGACAGUGCUGGGAUGUUCAAAAUCCCUUUUGCAAACAGCAUGGUGCUUUUUAAAUAUCUGAAACCUGGAUCUUCAAAGAACAGCUGGGUGCUGCUUCUUUGACCCUCUGGUGGGCUUGUUUGCUUUCUCACCAAAUCUCCCAAGACAGCACCAAAAGCAAGGUCUCUGAAAAUUGAUCUUAAUUCCUGGACCAGCAAGCAUGGAAGCAUGUCUAGAGAAGCUAUGAAGAAGUGCUCCUACAUAUGUGACCUGCUUUCAUGUUGUCAGAGGUGGUUUUAGGAUAGCCCAGCUGGUUUGGCUGCACUGGGUGCCACUCUGCAAGUGGCUCCACAAUAAUGAUAUAGAACAGAGCAUGAGAGGUGGUGGGGUGCCGAAUUUUAGCAUCGCACAGGGCACCCCUGAAAUGUGAGCAUUCAGAGACUGCCACUGGUGAUGUGGAUGAGGUCAGCGCACAUGCCAGUGGUGGGUGGGGCCAGAGGCAAAAGGGAGAGGAGCAACAAGUGCAAAUAUGCUUUUGUACUGUAGGCUUCUUUCUACACACUCUGUCACAGCCUCUCUAUGCUCCAUCCAGACAAGCAGGAGGCAUUGUCAGAGUUCAAUGACAUAUUCCAACCAGGGAGAAAAACAACACUCAGGGUGCAAAGCAAGACCAUUGAGACAUGUGGUCUUGUGAGAAUACUGAGGUCUAGAUAGAAGGAUGGAGGGUUGCAUUCAGCUCCUGAUCCUCAAGUUGUCCACCUCUGGCUUAAGAUGUUCAGUUGGAGUAGAGCGAAGACGCAUUUAGGGAAAGAUAUUUCUUAUCUCAUCAAUUUGCAUACAUUAACCCCCCACCCCCCACUAAUCAGGCGUCCAGUGUAACAUGUUUUUUGAUAAACCCAGGAUGACUGAUGUCUUCUUCUUUUUGAUAAGGUAUCAUUCCAAGCAGCUGAAAAUCCUGGUACAGUUUUUUGUUGUUGUUUAAAAAGCCCUGCACUUAGAAGUAGAGUUGGUAGCUUAGGGCCUCGGGCAAAUUCCAAUAUAUGCAAUAUAUGCACACACCCCUGCUUCAGAAAGAUGUGGGGUGUCUGAGAGCUUUUAUUCUGAAGUGAAACACAUAUACUUGUAAUGUUGCCAAGGGAGACAUAUCACAAUUUUUUAUUUAAGUGAAUGUGCUGGUGCAAAAGCAUUCUAAUCUAAAGAUUACAUUGUAGCUGCGAGAAAAAAUACUUUUCUUUGUUCAACUCACAUUAUGGGAAAUGGAUGCAUUUAUUUUUUCCUAAUCAUGUUGCCUACCUAAUAGUACUGGGUUGUAGUGGUAAUACUACUAGUAGUAGUGUGAUUGUGGAGGCCAUCUAAUGUAUCCCCACCUUACUCAGUGCAGGAUUCAGUUACAUUCUUCCCUGGCACAUGACUGUCCAGCCUUUGAUUAAACAUCUCUGGUGAAGGAGAGCCAAACAGCUUUUAUCAUUAUUUUAUCUCAUAACAUUUAGUCAAAAUUUAUGCAAUUUACACUAAUUAGUUUUACUCCUGCCUAAUUAGAGAGAGCAAUCUAGAAUGGCAUGUUACAGUUUCGCCCAUUGAGAAAUGGCUAGCAACAGCUGUUUCCUUUACUUUACUUUCCUACUUUGGAUUGGGUUUAGGUUCCUGAAGGGUGAGGCCAGUGUCCCUUGGCACAGUGUCAUCCAAAUAUGAGUCUCCUAAGGGUAUGUUAGGACCUCUUGGGGGUUUGCCAUAGUGGUGCUGGUGAUUCUAUAUUGCAACCACUUUUCCCCCAAACAGAAGACAAUGACCAACUUCUGAGACAUUUCGGGGGGCAGGCAGGUAACAACCAAUCCAAACCAUGACUGGUAAGAGAGUUUGGUGGUGUUUUUAUUUUUUUUAAGAAGAGAGUCAAGGGCAGGUGUCAGUGGUGAGAUGUCACAUGGCACUGGGGCCCUAGCCAUUAUCCAAAUAUGUUGGUUGCUGACAUGCCCCGGAAGGUGACAAUUAAAUGAAUUACCUGAGCAUUGUCCAAAGGCACUUGAUGCAGCCAACAUACUAUGGGAUGGGCCACCACCAGCCUGGAACCUCAUGAAUACUGCCGUGAAUUCCAGGAUGGGGUUGAGAACCAUUUUAUUUGUUGUACUACUUUGGCAUUUGUUGCUGUUUAGUUGUUUAGUCGUGUCCUACUCUUCGUGACCCCAUGGGACAUAGUAGUGUCUAUUUAAAGUCUUUAACAUCCAACUUUCUCAAAUUCCCAUAAAGUGUUCCAAAACUUGUGGAAGAGGACUUGCAAAACGAGAUGUCGUCUGCAAAAGUGUAGGGACUUCCACACUGAAAAUCCUGCCGGAGAAUAUGUGCAGCAGUCAAACAAAGCCAGAAAUGCAGCAGACGUGUGUGUUGGAACGGUGCCCCAAAAACGAUCGUCUACAAUGGGUGAUUUCUGCUUGGAGUGAGGUACAACAACCAACAUGCUCUACAGGACUUAGAUAGCCAUAGGGUGAUAUUUGAAAAUCAAAUGAUGUUAUAUUCAAAGGAGUGUCAGGCUUCAUUGGUCAGACAAUAUCUGUUGUUAAUAAUGCAAAAGUUAAUAAUGCCCCUUUGUCACUGGACUUUAUGAAGAGACGUUUGUCUCCUUGUUUGGAGCUGUGAGGGGAGAUAGUUGAUACAGGCCCACCCACUGUGGGGCAUGUGGACCUAUAGCAGGGAUGUAUAACCAUUAAUUUUUUUCAGCCGAAGGGCCACCUUCUGACAUUCAAAAUGCACAAAAUGCUGAAAGAGGAAGUGGGAAAGAGUCACUCUUCCAACGUUUUCCUUCAGCUCUCUCUGUAUAUUUCAAGGGAGAAAAAGCUAGCCACACUCACCACCUCAUGGCCAAGAGAAUAGUGGGCUUAGUGGCUUUGUGGGCAUCAGAGGAAGACCUGAAGGUUGCCAUUGUGCCAAUAGGCACUAAUUUGAUGGCUCCUAGCUUAACUCUCCGAAUGAAACUCCAUUAUCCAAUCAGUAUCUUUUAAAUAAAUUUUCUGUGUGUACUUUGUUGUCCCCUGUUAGGAAUAGUGGUGGUGGUGGGGCAUUUGAUUCAGUUUGUAUUUAAAGGCAAAGUUUCCAAGUCCACAUUUUCCAAAACAACAUGCAAACCUAAACAAGACAUCCUUCAAAAUUCACACUUCUCCACAUUUUGCAGUGCAUUUAUGCAUCCAAGGAAUGCACAUGUUUACCUCAGAGAUAUUGUAGGUUCAGUUUCCGACCACAACAAUAAAGUUAGUACUGCAAUAAAGUGAGUCACACACACGCACACAGAAAUUGUUUAUUUCCCAGUGUGCAUUAAAAUUAUGUUUAGAUGAUGCUGUGUGAAAUACCAUUAUGUUGUUGUUGUUUUUAAAAAUGUACAUACCUUGAUUAACACAUACUUUAUGGAUAAAAAAUCCUAACCAUCACCUGAGCCUUCAGCUAGAUGUAAUCUUUUUGCUCACGGAAGGUCAUGCCUCAGCGUCGAUGGCUGCUGAUGGAUCAGGUGGUGGUUGCUGAAGGUUGGGGUGGCUGUGACAGUUUCUUAAAAUAAGUAGCUUGAUGGCUACCCUGAGAAAACACGCUUAGCCUUCCCCCAGGCCUCUCUGGCUACAGAAGUGGGUGGGCUUUACUCCUAGCCAGUUCCACUGCAAUGGCCAGAAGAGGGGAAGCAGGGUGGGGAACUUCCUUCCCCUGGAAAUGGUUGGGCUGCCUGUUGCUGCACUCACAUUCUCGUAAGGAGCAGCUGGAGCACGUGGGGGAUAGGGUCCUGCAGCCUCACCACCAACCCAGCAGCAGCAGCAGCAGCUGUUGUUCCUCCAGUCCUUAAAUUUGUAAAAAAUGCAAUUAUCUGCAAAGUGCAAUAAAGUGAGGCAUACCUGUAUAUAAAAAUGCAUAUACUACUGUAAUGUCUGCUUAUAAAUGAAUAUAUUACAUAUAAAAAUGCAUUAUAUUAGGGGAAAGUGCUUGCAAAAUAUUAGGCAAAAGUGCCUACAGUAAAGUGUAUAUUAGAAGAAUUUCAUACUAAAACACUGAUGAGUUUUAUGAGGACGUUUUUAUUUUCUAAAAUGCAAAUUGAUGUGGAGAAAAUUAGUCUGGAAAAAUGAGAAAAGGAGAGGAACUGAAAGUGAUAUAUUCUCCCUUUCCUACCCAUAGUGCUCUGCCACCUGUGGCCCAGGUGUGAAGCGGCGAGAAAUGCAGUGCAGUGAGAAAAGUAUCAGUGGUAAACUGAUCACUUUCCCACAGCGCCGUUGCCGAAACCUUAUGAAGCCAAACAUCGAACUGGAGGAAGGCUGCAAUAGAGGAGCAUGUCCUCUGCACCAUUUAUACCACAGGGUGCCAGGGUGGUAUUCUUCACCUUGGCAACAGGUGAGAGAAGAGGCUCCAUAUGGAGAUCUAAAUCAGUCAUUUCUACCAUGUUUCAUAAUGUUUGUUAUCACCAAGUGCUUCCCUUUCGCUAGUUUAGGGAAAGGGAACUUUUAAAGCCUGAGGGCCACAUCUCCCUCUGGGCAACCUUCUGGAGGCCAAGUGACAAUGGUGGGUGUGGCAGAGGCAAAUUAGGCAAACAAAAAAAUGCAUAUUUUGCCUUUGCACAGUAGACUAGUUUCUUCAGACUUGCACAUCUCUUUCUAUCCUCCAUCCAAGCAAACAAGGAAGCAUUCUCAGAGUAGAAGAGCAUAUGCCUGUCAGGCAAAAACACUCAAGCAAAGCAGGGCUGGUGUGGAAUAUGCCCCAGGAGAGUCCCAAGGGCCACAGAUAAAGGUCUAGAGCAGGGGUAGGCAACCUAAGGCCCGGGGGCCGGAUGCGGCCCAGUCGCCUUCUAAAUCCAGCCCAUGGACGGUCCGGGAACCAGCGUGUUUUUACAUGAGUAGAAUGUGUCCUUUUAUUUAAAAUGCAUCUCUGGAUUAUUUGCGGGGCAUAGAAAUUCGUUCAUAUUUUUUUUCAAAAUAUAGUCCGGCCCACCACAUGGUCUGAGGGACAGUAGACCGGCCCACGGCUGAAAAAGGUUGCUGACCCCUGGUCUAGAGGCUGCAUUUGGCACCUAGACCUGUUCUUCUUCUUUGUUUUCCUGUCCAUUGACAGUGUCACUGUGAUUUGUACAUCACUUAAGGAAGAAGAGGAGAAUCAACAGCACCAUUUUGGUAUAAGUGAUUCAUUUGUCUGGAAACCCAUAAGUGCUUUAUAUAACAAUGUUUCUGCUGCUGCAGCUAUGUUGCAUUCCACCGUCUUUUCCAUACCAAUCUUCAGAGGGCUGCACUGUGGUUGAACCAUUACAAAUCUUUAUGCACAAUGUCCUUGGGGAUCUGCAGAGAUUGUCUGGAAUUCCUUAAAUAGUGUGAUUGAUUACUGGAUCAGUCUGUGUUUGUUUCCACAGUCUCUCAAACAAGCUUCUGUAUUUUGGAACUUGCUUACUUUGUCAGUCCCAUAUCCCUAAGACAAGCAUUUAUUUGAUAGCAUAUACAUGUACCUUUUGAACCUUAAGCUUCAUAAUCAGAUGAAAGUGUCGUGGGGACAUGAUCUUCAUGGAUAGUGGGGUUUCUUGAAAAUAAAAUCAGUGUAUUUCAACCACUCCCUUGAGAAGGAUAGCAGGCAAAUUCUUAAUACCUCUUAGCCAUCCUGAGGGAUUAUUCAAAGCCAAGUGGCAAGGGGUCUUGCACAGCAUUUAAUUAAUGUUUUAAACCCUGAUUAAACAAGCAGUCAGGAGUUGGGGAAGGAGAAGCUUGCAGACUGCCUACAUAUUUCCUUCUUCUCCCAUUCUCCUCGCUGCCAGAUUCUUCCCCACCUUUGACAGCCUUAGGUUGCUCGAGGGGGGGGGGGUUGACCCAGUAUGACCUGAAGCAGCCUCAGCCCAACCCAGUUAAAUCCCUGGUCAACCCCAGUUGGCCUGAUUUAUUUUGAGAUCUGGGAUUUAGGUGGAUCCAGUGCACAGCCUGACUAGAAAUACAGACUCAAAUGUGUAGACCUAUCCAGGGAGAAAGUUCUACAAUGCAGGUUGUAACACUGAAAAGACCCUACUCCUUGCUACCACCCUUGGGUUUUCCCCUCAACCUUUCAGGGAUCAAGCGUCAAAUGCAUAUACUCCUUUGAUGGCUUUGUAUAGAAAGAUUCAUGUGGAAGAAGUGUAAAUGGAAAGGAAUUCAAUGCUUGGAGCUCUGGAGGCGCUCAUGGAAGUAAAAUCUCAUAUCCUUUCUGUCACUUACAGUGCACGGUGACAUGCGGUGGAGGAGUGCAGACACGGACUGUCCAGUGCCUUCGUCAGGGUCAACCAGCUGUGGGCUGCCUGCCUCAACAGAAGCCCGCAAUGUCAAGAGCCUGCAAUACUAAUUUCUGCCUUGCCCCUGAGAAGAAAGGUAAAGACUGUCCCACUGUUUAAAGUAAAUGUGUAGCAGACUAGAUCUCCCAAGCUUUGCCCCUUUCUGAGAGCUGAUACAUAAAGGCCAGUGAGAACUGAAUGACUGAAAUGUUUGACAAGACAAUUCUGCCUGAGUAGUUGGCAAAAUACGGGUAAAAACAUAUGGAAGACCUGCAGAACUAGACAUCACCUGUCCAUGGUGGUCUAUUCCAUGCAGGCCUCAUGGGAAGUUUCCUUAUUCCUGAUAAGACUGUCCACCUAACCCAGUGUCAUCUACUCUGAGCAGCAACGACCAAGGGAGACAUUAGCAAAUGGGAUACUGCUCCACCUGACGUCAGCCACCCUGCCCUGGCAUCUGCCUGCUUACUUACAUCCAGCCCAGGAGAUGACACUGGCUGUCAUCUUUCCCCUUCCUAGUCUCUGUACUGCCAUUAAGUAGCUAGGAGGGUGGGGGCAAACCUAGAAUUAUUUGGCUCUGUCUGUCAUUGGCUCUGGCUCUACAUGCUGUUGGUCUCUCUGCCUUCCACCCCGCCACUCCCAAUGGGCACCAACCGCCACUCACAGCAGAGCAGCUCUCCAAGGAUGCAGACAGAGGUCUCUCCCAAGACCUGCUACCUUGUUAUUUUAAAUGGAGAUGCAAAGGAUUGAACCUGUGACCAUCUGCACAAAAAGCCUGUGUCCUGUUACAGAGCUGGAGUCCCUCCACAAGUCAAAUAGUGAGUCGUUUUCAUCUGUGAGGUAGACCUAAAUCAUUAGAAUCAACUGAAUCUUGGAUGGUCAAAAUAGAUGAACGAAUAAAUCCUAGCCUGAAUUUACUGCUUCCUUAUUUAUUCCUACCAUUUUUAUAUAAAAACCCACAAACAUAACAACUUAUUUUUGCUGAGUUCCAGAGGUUUUUUGGUGUGUGUGUAGAUCUCCUCCCCUCCUUGAACUUCCAGGAAUGGAUCAUUCCAAGAAGUUCCUGGGUCUAGUUUCAUCCACCUUUAUUUUUGCCCAAUUAAUACCAAUAAUAAUAUCCACUUUCUGUCCUGAGACGGUAUUUUUUCCAUUUCUCUUCCCCUAACUGGAUUUAUUGUCCAGUGUCUGUUACUCAUUUCACUCCAGUCUCUUCCCUUCCCCCUCCCUGCAGCUGUAGAAGUCCUUCUGACUUUAUUGUAACUAGGUCUUCAGGCUCUGGAGAUCAAUUAUUUCUUCACCGUGCUGUAAGUCUCUGUCUCCACCAGUGAACACAGCCAGCUGUGCUGGAACUGUAUUGAAGCCAAUCACUCUCAAUUACCCACCACAUAGUUCCAGCCCUGUGAGUCAUUGGGGAGAGAUCAUGAGAAAGAAAUGAGCCUUUCAGGGAGAGUUAACAUGCUUCCCUAGACAAGCUGGGUCUGCUCCUCUGUUCAUUUCCCCCUCUCCUCAUUUCCAUCACUCAGCAGGGUACUGUAACUCAAAGCUCAGUGGUGGCUGAAAGGCAGAGAGGCCAACAGUAGGUGGAGCCAGAAACAGGUAGAGCUAACUAAUUCUUGUUUUGCUCCGAUCCUUCUUCCUACUUAAUGGCAACACAGAAAUGAGGGAGGCGGAAGCUGACAGCCAGUGGCACCUCUUGGGUCAGAUGUAUGUAAGAAGGCAGACUUACGUGAGUAAGACGGCUGGUAGAUAGCAGGAAAACCUGUUCUUUACUGCUGAAUCAGAACAAAUAGCAAUGCAGAUUUUCGGCGGGUUGCUGUUUGUGCUGAUUCAAUGGUAAAUAACGGGUUCUCUUGAGGAAAGUGCCAGCAGGGAUUUGGGGGGGAGGGACAAAGGGGCUCAGACAUGGAGUUUUAAACUACGGAUCUAUGCCUAGAAACAUGGUACAAAAGGAAGUCUGGAUGAGCCCUUAAUGAAAACAGUUUUGGAUAAGUAGAGAUGUUGGAUAAUUCCAACAGACAUAGAAAUAGGAAACUACCUAUUUUCACUUAUUUGUUCCACGUCUGGAAUGGAAAUCAGUCCAGUGAAUACAAACAGUAUUUGCCUUCACUGUUGCUUUUAGACUGCAAAUGAUACAUAACUGGUUACUGCCCCCCCUCCCAAUCAUUUGCAAUGUGUUUACUUUGCAAUGAAAUGAAUGGGGUGGAAUAAUGUAACAGCAAUAUGAUUAAUUAUAAAAAUUACAUAAAUUAUGUAAUUUUGCCACAUCAGAUGGUGAGAUGAAUAACAUAGGUUUUGGAAGAAGAACUUCAGUGGAAUGGAAGUGGUGUUUUGUGCAAUGAAUACAGGGCAAAACUGAAAAGGAUGUAUUCUUACAUCCUUGUGGGCAAGACAAUUGUUUGUUUUUGUCUCCAACACCUAGCCUUAUAGGGCAGGCUCAUGUGGUCCUUACUGGACCACAUGAUCCAUCCAUAAUUUAUGGAUUAUCCUGUGACCAAAGCCAUGAUGAGGGAAAUCUGUAGUAGUCAAGCCUCUUUCUGCCACUGAUCUAUUCAUGUCACAGGAGAUCUUUGGGCCAAUAGCGGACAGCCUGUGUAUUAUGUCAAGACGUGAGUGAUUUAUACAAAUGAGAAGAGUCUCUUCUGUGCCAUCAGUUUUAAGCCUUUCAUCUGAAAUAAAAAGGAUGUAGAUUAAAAGCCAUGUCAAUUUCCUGUACUAUGAACUACUAGUUUUGAGGGCAAACUGGAAGGCUUUCCCAUGUUCCAAUAAUAGCUGAACUCAGCAGUAAAUCUUUCCCAAGUUUCACUUAUGUUGCUUUAAUGCUGCAAUUUAAAUUGUUAAGGAAUGUAUUUCUAGAGUAGCAACAUGAUUCAUUGCUAUUCACUUUUAGGUAAAGCAUUAAUCAGUUGCAGCCAAACUACAGAAUGCUUCAGCUAUGCAAUAUUUUAAACCAACUGAUAUUUGUUUUUUCAAAAUGAUAGUCUAAAAAAAGGGGGUGGUGUUUCUUUUUUGGAGAAUUUGGGCCAUACUUCCAGUGCAUGGAAGGAUUCUUUUCUCCUUCUCUUUCUCUACCCUCUCUUUCAACCAGGCACUCUGCAAUGCACUUACUGAUGUCUCAGUUUGCAUAUUUUCCUCCUCCUCCUCCUCCUCCUCCUCCUCCUCCUCCUCACUAUUUCCUUUUGUGUCAUGUCCUUUAGAUUGGGAGCCAGAGGGGCAGGCCUUGGCUUGUUUUUCUUUUUAUCUGUAAAUUGCUCUAGGGGACUUUUGGCUCAAGAAUAGAGUAAAAAUAAAUACAUAAUCUGAAAUCCUCCUGCACCUCAUAGACAUUUGUCAGUUUGCUUCCCUCCCAGUGUGCUCCAUGACAUAUGGACUACUCUAACAGAUAGUAUGCUGUGGCUGCAUAUUCCAUGUUGAGAGAGGAGAAAGCCAUUGAAUACCGGUAUAUUGGUGUACAGGAGAACUUCAUGUAACAAGCAUAGCACAAUGUGUCCAGCACAUUAAGCAGCAUAUCUCUAAGCAAAUGUUCUGUGGCUGGAGUAGGGACUAUUUUUCACACUGAGAGCCACAUUCCUUUUUAACCUUAGGGGUCAGGGCCCAUUGAACUGAAUCUGUAAAGUCAGUCAUGACUUAAGUCCCACGGGAACUAAGUGCAACAGUCUCAUUCUGGAUCAAACUCAAUACUAUUACCAAAACUUAAUUCACAUAUAUGUGAAAGAGAUUUCUUUGGCUGACUUUCUUGGGCAUGGGAUGUGCUGAACAAGAGAUUCUCCUUACAGGUGUUUUCAGGUAUCUGCAUUUUGGUGGUUUGUGUUUGGGUUUUUUUUUGGUAAGAAACCCAUCCCCUGCCCCACAGCUCUUGACAUUCUCAGACAGAAAAUGCAUAAGUCCUUGGAGGCCGCUUACAUGUAUGAAACGAACCAGCUAAUAGGAGCAUUCAGCUCAUAUUUGCAUGAGUUGUAUUCCUUCUGAAAAGAAAGCUAGCAGAAAUUUACAGGUAAGUAUCCACGAUCCAGGCAUGCCAUGAGUCUUGUAUUCUGACUGAAGCUUUUCUGUAAUCCCGAGUCUUCAGUGUUAAUGCAGAUCACAUGAACAGAGCACUCCUGGGAGCAAUUAAAUGUCCAUGUCAUCAACCAGUCCAGGUGCAUGAAGUGUCCCUGAGCUUCAGUGUUCCUGAGACAUACUGCAAAAUACUAAAUAUUCUUGUCUGUAAUUUCACCAUUGCAGAUGAUCCUUCUUGUGUGGACUUCUUCACUUGGUGCCAUCUGGUCCCCCAGCAUGGUGUCUGCAAUCACAAAUUUUACGGCAAGCAAUGCUGCAAAUCGUGCACACGGAAGAACUGAUGUGAAUGGAAUCACUUCAGUGGCAAGAGCCUCCCUUGCAAGAUAAUGGCAAACUUUUCUAGAAGGUCUUCCAGAACUACGAAUGACCAAUGGAAGAGACUUGGGUACUGUAGAACAAGGUGUUCUAUGGUACAGCUUUUAACCAAGGAUUAGUACACAAGGACUGGACUUUUUCCAAACAGGGUAUUUUUGAAUGCUAGCAGGUGGAGGCAACUUUUAGCCUUCUUUCUAUUUGUCAUUAACCC